CAGCCAUCCAGGGAUUGGGGGGACGGCAGAUACAUCCAGCCAAGCACAUGGCACUGUAAGCAGCCCCCUGCACUGCCUGGCUGCCUAGAGGAGGGAUCAGUGGGUACACAGCCAGCCAGCACCGGGAGAGCCCACCAAGAAUGCCAGGUUACUAGCAGAAGCCAGUCUGACAUCCCUGGACCACAAACAUGCUGUCCUAUGGAGUGCUGGACGUGUGUGUGCAGGAUGUGGAGAAGAGGAGGAACCCAUCUAAGCACUAUGUGAGUGGGGUGCACUGUGUGAGUGGGGGGGUAGUCAAAGCACUAUGUGAGUGGGGUGCACUGUGUGAGUGGGGGGGUAGUCAAAGCACUAUGUGAGUGGGGUGCACUGUGUGAGUGGGGGGGUAGUCAAAGCACUAUGUGAGUUGGGGGGCGCUGUGUAAGUAGAGGGUAGUCAAAGCACUAUGUGAGUGAGGGGGACAGUUCAUGCACUCUGUAAGUGGGGGGAGGGGGAGUCAAGUCCAUGCACUGUGUGAGGUGUGGGGGGGAGGCAGUGCAUGCAUUUUGUGAGUGGGGGGCAGUCCAUACACUCUGUGAGAAUGGGGGCCCCUUCCAUGCACACUGUGUGAGAGGGGGCAGUGCAUGCAUUCUGUGAGCUAUGCAGUGCUGUCACCAACACACCCACCUCAUGCUAGUUAGAAAUGCAGGAGCACACUGCUGGUGAUAAUAUAUAUAUAUAAAUAUAAUGUACAUACAUACACAUGUAGCUGGGUAGUAUGUGGAUGUGUGUAACAAUGCAAUGUGGAUAUAUUUGUAUUUCUGACUGCUGAGCAGUGUGUAUACAUAGUGAGUGCUUUCCAUUCUCCUGUCUCAAUGUAUAUACAAUCAUUAAAUCCUGCAUGUCUGGGUUGAUAUACUGACUGUGUAUAUAUAGUGAUACAUGGAGCACACAGCAUUGUGGGAGGAGGCUCUACAAUCCCCAGGCUCUGCCUGCAGCCUGUCACAUUUACAGUAUUGUAUGACUCUCCCAUGGUAACUCAGUUAUACCAGCAGCUAUAACCCCAGGGCCUCCUGUUCUUUAAUUGUGUUACAGUGUAUAAAACGAGGGUUCCUAUCAGUAAAAUAAUUCUAUUUACCAUUCCUUUAACUUUGCCAUUGUUUUGGUUUUAGUUUUUUUUGUUUAAAUCCGAGCCCAGCGAUUGUCUUGCUGUUUGUGUCUUGGAUUAUUUUAUUAUUAUUAUUAUUAUUAUUAUUGUUAUUAUUAUAUGUAGUAUUGUAUAGGAUCCAGGUCACAUCCUGGCAGCUGUAACCAAUCUCUGUAUUUCCUAUGCUGCUAACAGGCCUGCUUGUUUCACACAGUACAUUAUUGGCUCUGACUACAAAGUCCAUUAGCUGGCUCAGUCAGACACUGAUCUGUUUGUAUUUUCCUCACAGUAAAAUCCUCUAGAGAAAUCGCUGAUUUGCCACUGUUUCUAUGCCUUCCAGAUCUGCGCCUCCCUCCUCUAUAUUUCUGCUUUGCGAAAAUGAUUUUGUGUGCUUUUCCCCCCCUUUCUAUAGUAACCCUUUUACUCUCCCCUGGAAUCCUAGUACUGACUGGCACAGUUAAGAGAAUGCUUUCUAAGAAUAGAAUACGUUUUAUGUGGUUGCAACUUAACAUUUAUUACUAGCACAGAGCUGCAGAAAGAGACUCCUUGAUUAUUUGGGAUUAAAGGCUAAAACUGAGAAAAUUGUGUAGCCAGGGACCUCCCAGUACAUAUUGCCAGUUGUUUAAAGGUGUCAAGAACUAUUGCAUGACAGCAAUGUCAUCUUCCAGUAUAGAGCAAAGGUAACAAUCAUCACUUAAAAAAAUGAACGUAUGAUCUCUUUUGUUGAUCUGAAGACCAUUGUCCAUCCUGUGCCCAGCCCAUUGUUGACUAAGAACCAUCAGAGUUUAGUUUAACACCUGGAGAACUGCCUGCGGCGCUAACAAUUAUCAAGAACAGGGAUAGGCAACCUUUGGCACGCAAGAUGUUGAGGACUACAUCACCCAUAAUGCUCUUAUCGCCAUAACACUGGCAAAGCAUCAAGGAAGAUGGAAUGCAGCAUGUUGCCUAUCCCUGAUCUAGAACAUUGGGUCUUUAGAAAGCCAUGUGAAAGGUGAUGCGAUCUACCAACCUAGAUCAAGCUGUGAUUGUAUGGUUGGCAGUAUAAAUCAAGCCCUUGUGUGACACUGAAGUUUGUGAACCCCAACAUUGAUCGUAAUGGCUCAAGCAGCAUAACUGGAGUUGUUUCACAGUCGGGAAUAGUGGGAAGAACUUUUGGCAAUAGUGGUUUCUUAAAACUCCUGUCUGAAUGUUGAAGUAUAGAUUGCGCUAGUGGGGAAUAAGUUUGCAGAUUACUAGUUUAGGUUAUCAAUUAUCCAAACUCCAGGGUCAAGUUUUUUAGCAAAUUAUUGAAUGUUUCCUAUUUUGGUCCAUUUUGAAGUAUGUAUCAUUUAUCAUGUUACAACAUAUUCUGCAGCGAUGUACAAUAUGCGUCCGUGUGUCUAUCAGCAGCUGAGACUCUGUUUUGCUUUUCUUCGUAACUGUGUAGCUGUUGCAGCUGUUGUAAGAAUGUUAUUGAAUAAAUUGUGAAUUGCUGAGACCCCAUCAGAGACUUUGAAAUUUUAGGGCAAAAAUGUCUCGGUUGGGAAAAAUUCUCCUACUUGGCUUUGAAUUCUGCUAUUUUGAACUAAACUUGUGACAGGAAAAAGUAUUCCAAGUGUACUUUUAUCAGCAAACAAUGACCUGUCUUUACGUGUUGCUGGUUCAAUAAACAUAUGUAAAUAAGGAAAUUGGCCACUGCAGCUUACCUGCCCUUACUUGUGUAUCUUGCACCAGACCUAUGUAAACAGGGAGCAAGUAACACAUACCAUUACUUGCCUUUACAUGAGCCUGGUGUGAUUGACUCACACAAACAUUGACAUCAGAACUUUUUACUCCACUCUGUGUGCUAAGCAAACUGCCAAACCAUUUAAAUGUCAGUAAAAAGAGCAAAGAAUUGUACAUUAAAAUAAACCAACACAUGGAUUCUGGGGCACAGUGCUAAACUCGUGCAAUCUAGAACAUGGACAUUCCAAUGGUUUCCAUGGCAACUGCGCCACUUUUAGAAUUUGCCCCAAAAGGAUUCAAUGUCUGCCAAUAACCAAUUGCACAGUUAAAACAAUUGCCCACUUGAGUCCCAGGGACGGUGACAAUAAACUCCAUUAAAAGCUUGAUGGACACAUUGUUAAUCUUUUCUUCACUGUUGUGCGACGGAUAGCUGUAUGUGAAUCUUCUAUGUCCAAGUGUAGAAAACCUUCGGCACUCCAGAUGUUGUGGACUACAUCUCCUACAAUGCUUUAAUGCUGGCAAAGCAUCAUGGUCGGUGUAGUCCAAAACAUCUGGAGUGCCGAAGGUUGCCUACCCCUGUCUGGCACGUUAACGGAAGAGUUAAAUUCUACAAGUUCCGCCUUCACGAACGACACAAACUACUGCAAACAAAGAGCACGCUGGCUUGAAGUGUUCGUUGUGCGCAUUGACCCAAAAAUAGGUCAGUUUAGAUAGUGCUGUGUUAUGACAUUAAGGAGCUGCAUUGUGUGUUCAUUAGCAGAAAGCUUUGUUUUGAUUAUACUUUCCUGUGUCAUUUGCGCUUCUUGUUAUUAAGGAAGUAACCUUUUCCCUUGAAUCAGGUCUGCUUUAUGUUAUCCUGGGUUUUCCUGUGACUGCAUUAUUUUACUUGUCCUUAUCUUUUUAUUGAUCGCUGACAAUACUUUUUGGGUUCUGAAUGCUUGAGACGCUUUCUUUUUACUUAUUAUAUUACAGUUACUUUACCGUCCCAAACUGAUGCUUUUGUCAUAAUUCUGAAUCCAAUGGCUCUUUUAUAGCUUGACCAUACCCUGUUUUAUAGACUGAAUUGUAAAUUGGCCAAGCAAUGACAGAGUUUAAAGUUUUCUCAACUUCAAGUUGUUUGGCUUAAAGGGAUACUAUAGUGCCAGGAAUACAAAGCUGUAUUCCUGGCACUAUAGCACCCUCUGCCUCCCUUGACCCUCUCCCCAACCCCCCUCCACUUCGCAAUGAAUAAAAGGUUGAAAACCUGGUGCAGGGUUGCGGCUCUGUCUUCUCCGACGCUACUUGAAUGGGGGGGAGCUAACGUACAUCCCGCGUGAGCAUUAGACCCUCCCCACAGGAAAGCAUCGAUCAAUGCAUUCCUGUAGAAAAAUAGCUUAUGCUGGAUGUCUUUAUUCAGAGCAUGAGGACGUCCAGCGUCAUUUAGCAGACCAAAAGUCCGGUAACAUUCUAGAAGCGCCUCUGGCAGCUGUCUUGUCUAAAACUGCAUUUACCAUUGCAGCACUAAGCGCAACAGGGACACGGCACCCAAACCACUUCAAUGAGCUGAACUGGUGUGUGUGCCUAUAUUGUCCCUUUAAGAUUUCUAGAUCCUUGAUCAAGUCCUGAGAAUUCACUGUUUUAUGGAAUCAUUCUGACCGUCCUUUUGGAAUCCAAAUUGUAGAAGGGAUAACUGCUUUAUAUUGAAAUUUAAAAAUUAUUAAAACUAUUAGCUUUUACAAACCAUUGCUUGGUUUAACUACAGUUAUGCGUCUGCAUAUGUCAGUGUUUUUAAGGGAGCUUGACAAAGACCCAAUUCUGGGUCGAAAUGUUACAGUGUUACCUUGGUUCUAAUAAAUGUGCCUGAAGCUAUUGGAGUGCCUGGACUUUUUCUCUAUUACUUGUGUUUUUUAAGGAGGUCAGAGAAUAGACCGCACUGAACACCUUAAUCCAAUGCCUUUCACACAAUUUAUCUUCUAUCUGGUUGUCCCUCAACCUUGGAUAUAUUGGAGGACAAGACCCAAGCAAUGUGUUCAAUCAGCUCUCUAUUAAGAGAGAUUGCCCUCUUGUAUGCUGUUAUCGGAAGGUCACUUACAUUGGAGGACACACACUUUUGAGAUCUUUCACAACAAGCGCAUUUGGUUUUGAAUUAUUAUUUUAUCUCUCAAAAUUCAUCAUUGCUGUUUUAUCCUCUGCUACAGGAUACAUGGAGAGCAUCAGCUGGAACACUCAACCCAUCACUGGCGCCCAUUGAUUCUCUUCCGGCACUCUUAUAAAGUUUCAGAAGUCCCAUUUGAUUGUUUCAGAUGGUUAUUUGCUUACAAACGUAUUGAACUAAAGCCUGGGGCUUCCUUGUAAAACAUAUGAAAUGAUAGUCUUUUACCACCAAUAAAUGUUCCUACGAUAUUUAUGGAUGAAACGUUAAACUGUAGAGCUUUGUAUAUUUCAAUGCUUUUUUCCAGAUGUAGGAGUCUGUAUGUCUAUAUAAUCUAUCCAUAAACACACGUAUAGAUUAAAAGACCCACAUUCACACCACUUUCUAUGAGUGGACUGUAGUCUAUCAUGUCGUUCCAAUGACUUAGUGUGGCAUUCUCACUGGCCUACCUGUGUGCCCCAUAUAACUGGAUACAACACUGCACAUCUGGGACAAAAGCUGUGCUACUUGUUUGAGUCUUUCAUGGAAUCAGUAGCUAGUGAUCGGAUUUUAUACUGAAAAAAUUAAACCUUUAAAUGCUGUCAAAUUAUUACUGAUGUGACAGAUUGAUGGGCAGAACACACAUUCACUAGACCAGCGAACUCCAUGAGAGCCUGUGGCUGGAAAUAAAAAGUGUUUCUUGAUAUAAUAUGAAAAUCGUACGGUUAGUUUGAAAAGUCCCUAGUUCAGGCAAUGAAGGUCAAGGAAGCUAAUUGAUUCUCCAGUGAUGCAGAUUACUGUGGUCAUGGAAGCUGCUUUACUGAAUAGGUCAUUCUGUGUUGCCCAAGUGACUAACCGCACCGAAAAUAGUCAUGUCUGCUGUCUACAGAUGGUACAGUAUUCGUGUGAUUUAAUCACUCUGGAAGAAUGUCUGUAUAUACCAGUAUCCCAACUCUCUAGGAUGCUCUGUUAAGGGUCCUUGCCACAAACUGUUUUAUUAUGUAUUUAUGCAACACAUUUAUACACGUAGAACUGUGCAAGAUCAAUGCAACGUUCUUUUUUCAGGAUAAGGUAUAGAUGAGAGAGAGAGCUUACCAGGUGUCAGAGAAUGUUAGGAAAACCAAUCGUUAUAGCAAAUAUUGUUCUGGAAACUCUGAACAGUGAAUGGAGGCCUAAAGAUAACAGCAUUGCUUAUAUUUGCUGGUUAUGAGCUCUCUGCCAUUUCUCUUGUUCCCCUAGCACUUCUCCCUAACUUCAUAAACUCUUCCUUGCUCUUGAUGAUAGUACUGGAUCCUCAGUAAGCAAAGCUUAUGGUCAUCUAGGACUUGACAUUUCUUGCCCUCUCAUGUUUAGCAUCUGACCAGAUAUGCUGCCUCCAAUAUAAUAAUACCUCCAAGAUUUAACUAAUUCUACUGCUAGGUGCCAUAAACCUCAAAUUGACACAUUUAUUAGUUUCCCAUUGUUCCUAUGGCAACGUUCUUUUAUUGGAUCUCAACAAUGAUCCACACAAGACGUGUUGUUUCUCUUCUUUAAAGCCUUCACUGGCUCCCCAUCCCAUCAAGAAUAAAAUAUGAUAUCCCUUAAUUUAGUUUACACAAAAAACUUUAAUCUCUCUUGUAUCUCAAUCCUUAUUGAGUUUCCCCAAAAUUGGCCUCUCUUCUGCUCUUCAGGAAAUACAGAUUACAGAACCGCGCACAUACAACAAAUUAUUAUUUAUAAAGCGCCAACAAGUUCCAUAGCACUGUAUUUGUAACCAGACAAGUUGUACACACAGGAACAGAGGGAUUGAGGGCCCUGUUCAUGAGCUCACAUGCUAGAGGGAGUGGGGUAUAGUGACACAAAAGGUAAGGUAGAAAGGUAGGUUGAUAGGAUAGUAUUCACUCAGGGCUUAGUGUUUUGUUUUGAUGACAGUUUCAGGAGCGGAAUCAGGGUGCGGGGAGGGAAAGCUGUUCAGUUUUAUUGAUAUGCUUUCCUAAAGAAGUACGUUUUCAAAGAUUUUUUUUUUUGAAGGAGUAGAGAUUGGAUGAGAGUCUAACAGAGAGGGGAAGGGAGUUCCAUAGUAAUGGUGCAGCCCUAGAAAAGUCUUUAAGAUGAGCAUCAGAGGUUAGAUGUAGGUCUCCGGCAGAGCGUAGGGGACUACAUGGAACAUAUUUGUGUAUUAGUGAGGAUAAAUAGGUUGGAGCAGCAUGGUGUAGAGAUUUGUAAGCAAGUAUCAGGAUCUUAAAUUGAGUCCUAUAUCUUAAGGGAAGCCAAUGUAGGGACUAACAAAAGGGGGAGGUACAGGCGGCCUGGAAGAUGAACCUCGCCGCCACAUUCAUUAUGGACCGUAACGGGGCAAGUUGGGGAAAUGUAAGACCACUGAGAAGCCAAUUACAGUAGUUAAGGUGAGAGAGGACAGCGGCAUGGACACCUUUCAUCCGUAUCCGGUAGGUCGGAUGCGUGCAAUAUUUUUGAGAUGAAAGUGGUAGGGUUUGGCGAUUGAUUGGCCGUGAGGGGUAAAGGAGAGGUUGGAGUCAAAGAGAACACAUAGGCAGUGAGCCUUAGAGGAUUCUUUUUUUUUUUUUUUUAAAUCUUGCAAGGCUUCUUUAAAUAAUUUUCCUAACACAAAUAUGGUGAUCCGUUACACUAUAUGGCCAUAUUGUGUUAAGCCCACCACUACGCCACAGCACCCCAAUAUCCUACACUGAUUUUAACAUGGGAGAUUUGCAUGCUAACUGCAACACUUACUGCAUAAACUGCUUUCAGAGACUCUCUUCAAUGUAUGCUUCCCUCUAGUCGCCUCCAAAGGGGGAACCUGGAGUGGAAGGGCUGGGUGCUCAACCUAGAAGGAAUCAAAGCUCUUCAUAUUCUAUAAAACAUUAGAGUGAGAAUUCAAACAGAAUUUCAAGUUUAAGGCCAAAGUAACUGAACUGGUAACAUUCUAUCUAUAUAUCGUGCUAGCAGUUUUAAUAGCAAUUGUAUAGAUUAGUAGAAAAAAAAAGUUAAAAAUUACUUUUUUUUUCUCCCAGCUGCAAGUGCGGGCAGCAUUCUCUUGGAAGCAUAAACACAAGCACUGAAAUUUAGUGGUUAUGUUGCUUAGACUUUUCCAGACAAUUCAUCUCCUUCUAGAAUCUCACACAUCGCUCCCCUAACCCCAAUUCUUAGUCCUGUAACAUCUACAAUGCAGACAAUGGAUUUGUUCUUUCUUUGCCUAUAUUAAUCGUCUAAACACACCUAGUUCUCAAUUAUCCAUUUCCCGGUUAGACUGUAAGCUUGUAAAAUCUACCAUUUGUUCUCUCCCCAAUAAAAUAAGUUGAAUUUUAAAAUUCUUUAUAAUUUAUCUUUUUAUGGCGGAAUCUGUUACACCUUCAGCAAAUACUAUUGAUAAUGUUGGAAAGUCUAUAUAAUAACCUAACGAUGUAUUGAUCCAGAUGCAAUGCACACUCUUGCCCAGUGGGCACACUUGUAGAUAUUAUCCAAGUGUGAAGAUGCAUUAGUACCCCAACAGUCAGCCUUUUAUAUCCUGCUUCAUACUGUGUUAUGGAGAUAUCACCUAGACAGUCUUUCCGGUUUAUUUAUUUCCCAGAUUAAUUUUGAGUAGGCACACCUAACCCAUUCCUAUGUCCAAUGAAUGAGUCUGGGGCAAGAUUCCACAAAUGGAACAAUCAGCAGGAACAUUCUAUUGGUUUCCACGGUGACUGUACCAUAAUAGAACCUUGACCCAGAAAUACUAUUGUAAAUGUUUAUCCUUUUUCCUGUCGCUGGUGAUGUCUGGAAGAUAUGAAAAAAACAUUUUGUCAAGUUUUGUCAGAUAUAUACGAAAAAUGUGUGGAUGUAGAAAAUGCAAGACAAAGAAGUCCUAUCUUUUGUCUUAUGCCUUUUGACUGUGUUGGUAUUUCGGUAAAAUUCCAAGUCAAAGUGAGUAUUUCAUGAAAAUUGUAUCUUUACAAAAUAUUAUUUCUUUUUAAAUGCUUUUUGGGUGGGGGUGGGGGAGUGGUAGGGAGUGAUCAAGCCACAGUAAUAAAAUCCAGGAGCCCAGAAAUUCUAUGAGAUAAAUAGACUAAAUGCUGCAGAUAAUCAUUUAUAUCUGCUUCCUGUCUGUCAUUCGCUCUGUGUCUGUUACAUUGUAUAGCCGUUAGUGGGAUGGGAAAUGAUGUGGACAGUUAGCGUGGUGAAUCCAGGGAUUAUGGAAUACUUUAGUUGAUAAACCAUAACUUCACUAACUGCAAACCAUUUUUACAACUGUGCUAAUCUUCGCUUCCAUUAAACCAGUUGGCUGUUACCUCACUUGUUGAAUGAACCUCUGAGAAAUGCAAUGGUGUAAGUUCGAUAGCAGAUGAAAUCUAGCUCUGACAUGGGGCUUUGUAUUAAGGUCAAUGCUCUUUUAUUGAAAGUAAGGGGAGCAUCAGUUCUGGCUUUUCUUCUUCCUGGUUUGGUGAGUGCUCACCGCAGAACCUGCAAAUCCUGGAGAUGCAGAAAUGUCAAACAUCUUUGCGUUUACAAAAUAUUUGGCAAUUUAAUGCAUUAUUUAAACCAGACCACAGUGUCUCAUUAAUCUUUCUGCAUGUGUAUUGUAGAGUAAAUUAAAUCCGUGCUACCAACACAUUACUCAUUGUUGGUUUUCUUGGGGCACAGAGUGUGUUUUGGUUCUGGACCUUUAACAGUCUUUGUGAGUGGAUAGGGAAUCUGUUAAAGUUGUGAUCUAUGACACCAAUCGAUGGCUGGACCCGAAGAGCUGUAAUCUGCUCGAGGUUUCCUAUGUCCAUGAGUGGAAAUGCUAUCUUGGCUGUCUGAAUAUACUUUUAUUUUUUUACUUCUUCAGGGAAACAGCUGCUGUCUUUCCCCCUUUUUUUCCUUCUCUGGCCUUUUGGAUCAUUUCCUGUUAUUUGUAGUCCAUAUAUGCAAAAAUAAACAGUCUGUGUUAAAACAAAGACCAAACUCCCAACAUUCAUUCAUGGAAAGCAUGUUUACUAGAGAAUAGGAUAUGGGUGUUUCUUGUGGUUUUUUUUUUCUCUGCUGUAACGCAAAACAUUUUUUAUUUUCUUUCUUUUCAAACUUUGCCUAUUGGUUAUGUGUAUAUAUUUUCUCCUGCUGGGACAUAACACAUUUUUUUUUUUUGCACAGAUUUCAGGAUACUUUUAAUGCUUCAACUUGUUUUUAUGUUUAUUUUUUAUAGCUUGUAUACAAGUAUUUGGAAGGUUAGCACUUUUUUGCAGCAUUACUUUUUAUUUUAUUUUUUUGUAGAAAACUCCAGUUUUGCAGAUGGAGUUAUCCAUUCUUUGUACAUCAGACUCUGUCUUUCAACAGUCUACAGUCCAUUACAUCCUCGUCAAAUCAUUGGCUGAUGUGUAAUGCAGGAAAUAAACAAAUCUUUCACAAGUUGUAAUAUCUUCUGCGCAUGGCUCUCGUCAUCCACUGUUCCUGUAUGUCGAACAUGUUUUGUUAGAAUAUUUUUUUUUUUGUCUUUACCUGUUUGUCUCUUCUCCCUCUUUCAUCUCUGCUGUUCUUCCAUAUCCUGCCUCUACUCUGCCACCAGCUUUCCAUGACCGAAGACUCUCCACCGCUCUCAUCAAAUGUUCUCACUCCACAUAACAUCCUCCCUCUCCUUUCAAUAAGGAUCUUUCUAAUCACUCUGCAAAUUCUAUAACACGAAGCCACAUUGUAACUAUUCUCUAACCAACACGCUAAUUAUGAUUUUAAUGUGUUGGGAAAGAAAUCUGUAUUCCUAAACUAUAGUGUUUAUGUCCACGGGUAAAGCCCGCUACUCCUUUUCUAAUGAAUUUUUUUUUUUUUUAAAUGGUGCUGCUCACAACUCUGUCUCCUACAAUGUCAUCAAGGAGAUGUGGCCUCCACCAGCGGAACAUUGGGACAUUAAGAGCAUGCAGACUUGUCCUACACUCACAUCCAAGCUUCCCCUUUAAAGCCUUGUAUUCAAUGCUUCCAUAUGAGCAUCUACAUCCAAUUAUUUGGUCAGCACAACAGAAGCACCUCUAGUGGCUGUCUAACUGAUUUAACCAUAGUCUAUUAAAGAAACUCCGUCUCCAAGCACACCAGAAUAAAUUUGUACAUAUAAAAUAUCUUUUGUUUGUUUAUAAAGUGAUAAGCAUAGAUAAUACAAGAAAAGUGCAGAUAAUAGUACAGGCAUGUAACUAUUAAAUAGAAUACCACUUAAUCACUCAUAACAUGCAAUAGUAAGUGCUCAAAAUAAAAACCCAUGCAUACUGACCAGCGAGCAGGAGACCAUAAUAACCUCAACGUUUUGGCGAACAUUCCUUCCUCAGGCUGAAUGUGUACAAUGUGUGCUUGGGGUUUCUUUUAUCGAAUAGGUUUAUGGAUCUGUUGGGAGAUCAGAUUUUGCCUUUGAGCACCUGGUAACUCUCUAUUACAUUAAUCCAUAAGUACAGUUUGAGCGCUCACUAUAAUUUUCUAUGCAAUUACUGAUCUAACCCUGCAAUGUAAACAUUUAAAACAGCUGGAUAACGCUAAUGUUUUUCAUUGCAUGUUUAGAAGGACAGGGCCGCUACGCUCCGGGAACUUCAUUGAGAUGAAGUGGUCUGGCUGACUUUUGUGUCCAUUGAAACACCAGUCAUUUACUUGUCUCAUAGAAUUUCUCCCUAAACGCACAAUUUGCAGAGAGUUGCCACAUUAAUAUUAUUCCCCCUACCAACCAGUUAGCAUCAUGUCAAUUUGAGCUGUAAUCUGUUUGUGGUUUCCUUGGAACUCUGAGUGCAAUUUCAUUAAACACCUUGAACUAUUUAUCUGUCUUGAUAUGAAAUGGGUUAGAGCUGCUGUGAGUUAUCUCACCAAUCAUUGGUUAAAAAAAUAAAUUGCUAAAUUCCCAGCACCUCAAAAUCCACCUUUCUUUAGCUGCAGGACUAGUGCAUCUCUCGUCUGUUGGGUAUAUGCUGUAUUCAUAUCUUGCAGAGAUUUACAGGAAACAGAGUCCCCAAAAAACAGAGUAGUUGACUACUCUUGUCUAAUCUUGGUAUAAAACCUGGGUUAAAUAUGAGAUAACUGGCCUCUUCUUUCCUCAACAGGUCAAUUAACAUGUCUUGGUUGCAGUGGCUGUAGAUAGAUGACAGGCUUUUGCAUGGUUUCCAAUCUGGCUACUGUUUAAGUGUGCAGUUAAACCACACAAUCUGGAUUUUUGUAAUCUUUUUAGAACGUUCCUCGUAUUGAGUUUCUGGAGAAUAUACUUAGGAUGCCGGGAAAUAGCCCUGAAACUAGUCAUGGUUCUAGUAUGCGAAGUGCACGGUCUCUAUAUAUAAUCUUAAGUUUUGUGAUCUUUGUAAUUCAGGUUCCCUUUCUAUUCUUGUAGCAGAUAGACUGCACUGUCAUAAAUUAGUCACUUUUUGUAUUUGCAGAUACUUAUUUGCCGGGUGGGUCAAAGACACGGACUUUAAUCUCAAAUUGUAAAAGUUUUCAGACAAUGUUUUACAUAGAUCAUGUGCUCUAUAACUGGGAUCCCAUAAUUAAAAUGCUCCUGUUUGUCAGAUCUUCCAACAAUAGUGGAAGCUAUAACUCUCUUUACCACAAUAUAAUUCUGUAUGGUGGAUUGGGUGCAAAUGUAAUACCAGUUUUAUGGCUCUUGAGUGGAGAGAAUUUGCUAGUUAACGUAAAAAACAGCUGGUGCACCAGAGUUGCUGAACUACAACUCUUAUCUGUGCCUUGCAAUGGCCAAUACAGCCAUGAAUUUAUAAUUUAAUAUCUUCUUUCUUGCUACUCCUCACUUUGACAGUUUUUCUGUACAAGUGUGCGUGCAGUAGUUAAGGGAAGGUUCCAAGAAUAGGAUAAGAAGAGACACUCUGACUGUAUCCGCAUUAGAGGAGAAAUUAGGUUGCAGAAAGCCGUUAAGGAGCUAUUUAGCUUAGUAUAGAAGUUGAAGUGUGUUAAAUUUCCUUGAUCCACCAUUGGACGUUCCAUCAUGUAUUUGGUGGGCAAAAAAAAACUGUGUGGUCCUGCAGUGUGAGAUAUUGAGAUACACUUCAACCAGUAUUUAUAUCACUACUUCUAAGUCUCAAACCCUUACAGAGAGAUUGUCCAAGGAAUGAGGAACUAAAUUAUAAAUUACGGCUAUUCAGGACAUUUGUGAAGUCUCAAUAGGUGAAACUUUGUAACCCUUCAAAUUUUAAUUUCUUGUAAAUGGUACAUAAUAUAUUUUUACAAUUUUACUAGUAAAGCUACAUAUUUUAAUUAUUUAUCCUUUUUCUCAUUAUUUUUACCUCUUUGGUUGAGGAUAAUAUAGUCUUCUGAGAACGUCUAAGGAUCACACAGGCACCAUGCCCCAUAGCCUACAUGGGGAGGGUGUUCCUUGAUCGGACCUGUGCUUUUGACUAAAGCUAUGUUUACAUUUCAUACAAUCUUUUUUGUGGGAACACCUGGGGAAGGCCUGCUGUAUUAAAAUGUAAGAACAUGGGAAAUUCUGCAUUUAAUUCUGAGAAUGUUUUGGAAAUGUAAUAUUUCAUAAAAAACUGGGCCUUCUGUAUGUGUCGCAUGUUAAUACAAUGUAAUUUAAAAAAAAUCAGCCUUUCUGUUGUUUCAAAGUUCUUUUAUUCCUAUCGGGCACUAAAAAAGUCGCGAACCAUUCGCGAACUUCCCGCGAACGGCUCGCCACGAACCGUUCAUGGCGAGCUCCGGUCAGCUGACACAUCCUGGCCAAUCUCCAGCAGACCCUCCCUCCCAGACCCUCCCACCUCCUGGACAGCAUCCAUGUUGAAGGCAGCUUCAACAUGGAUGCUGCUUCAUGAAGGCAGCUUCAACAUGGAUGCUGUCCAGGAGGUGGGAGGAUCUGGGAGGGAGGGUUUGCUGGAGAUUGGCUGGGUUGUGUCAGCUGACCGGAGCUCGCCACAAAUGGUUCGUGGCGAACCGCGGCGAGCCAUUCGCGGGAAGUUCGCGAACGGUUUGCAACAUCUCUAUCGGGCACUAUAUGCCACAAGACAAAACAAUUUGGAAACCUUAUUCUAAGUCACUCUUCAAUUUUUAAAACACGCCAAUACACAUUGCAUGUAUUGUACAUUUUAAUUUCAUUAAAUUGUUGUGUGUAUGUGUGUGUUUAUUUGCUGAUUGGACUUAAUCUAUAUUUGUGUACCAACCAAAAAUCAUACAUUCUAAAGGUACAUUUAAAACCAUCUAAUCAACUAGACCGCUCUCCGACCCAUAUAUAUUGGGUUGAUUUAUUUGAUGAAUACACUAAUAUAUCUUUCAGUGGACCUUUUGUUACAUCUGUUUUUGUAAAAAAGAAUAAAAGCCAUCUGAAAAUUCUGUGGGGAAAUGAAACCGUCAGGUUUUUAUAACUCUGUAAUAACUACCAGACUAAAAUGUUUAUUUGAUUUGGCCCAAUCAGCUCCUGGCCCCUUCAUCUGAAUAAUGUUUUAUGCAGAAAUAUUGGAAUUAAUGCUAACUGAUCGCUGUAUUUCUCAGCUUAUAAACGAUGUGUUCCUGUAAUCCAUAUUAAAAAUAGUCAGCUUUCAUAAGAGAAUGUUAUUCGAUGGUUUAAAUCUAAUCGCCUCCAUAUAUGUAUUUUCAAGAAAAUGUUGAUAAUAAAAUGAUACACACUUUUGACGUUUCUGCACGUCAUGUAAAUCUCCUAACUCUUCAUCGUCCUUAGUUUCCAUUCCCUGAGAGUAAAAAAAAAAAAAAAAAUUAAAAACAAACAAAUAAAUAAAUUGUGUGCAUCUCCUUUGUCUGCAAUGCUUUAUUGACACAUCAUUCAUUUUAUAGCUUUUACCAGUUUAAAAAAAGAAAACCAAAACAACAAUAAAACACACACUCCGCAUAAUUUAAGGUAACUGACAUGUGGUUACCUGGAGUGCCCCUUUAAGGAUCAAACACUGUGGCAACCUUUAUAUAGCAGCCCAAUACCGUUUGCCAAGUUACAAGCGGUGGGGAGUUUACUUUAUUAGAAUGGAGUCUUUUGCCAGAGAGCACUUCAAAAGGUAAUAUGACACUAUUAAAACAAAGCCAAACUCUGCGUUUCAAGUUCAUUGCAGGACACAGCAUCACUAAGUAUGUGAUGAAAACCAUACAUACAUAUGUAAUCUAAAUAUUAUUCCUGAUGGCUUGUAAAUGCAAAGGUGGAGUAGCUGAUAAUAUUUAGCAUAAACUUCAAAGAUUAUUAAAAGAAAACUGUAACCAUAGGGGUGUAAUAAGUUAACGUUAUAGGAGGUCUUUAUUCUAGAAUUCUAUGUAAAGCCACAGUGUCUCAACACCAGAUCGUUGGAGAUGGGACACCUUUUAAUACUCCUCAUGUUUUAAAGGGGUAGUAGCACGUACUUUAUGGGCCAGCUGUGAUUUUUAUCCGGUUUAUAAACUAAUCUUCAAAAAUGUUUAUAUUAAAUUACAAAAUUAAGCUAAAAUAUCCAUUAUUUGUGACUGUGAUCAGUUGAAUUUAUCCAGAUCGGCUACUUUCACCUUAAUUCUAAUACUUCAGAUUACACUUUGAGGUUUAAUUAGCAGUAAAAUAUUUAUCUGCAUUCUCAAGGAUUCAUUCUCUAAAGGUUUGCAGAGAACUCAAAUGAAAAGUGCAACAUUUAGGUCAUAGAACCAAUUUUGAAGAUUUAAAUUUUUUUUUUUUUUUUUUUAAAGAAUUAUUUAUCUUAUUUUAUUUGCUUAAAGUGUGCAGAUUCCUUGUCUGUUCUCCCCAUCCUUCAAUUUCCUCCUAAAAUUCUCAAUGUUUUAGACUCCUAAAACAAUAUACAUACCGUGUAUAAAAACAAUAUAAAAUAAAUUCUAUUUCAACUAGUAUACGGGUAGUUUCCACCUGUAACCUAUAAUAUUACUGCGAUACUAGCUACUUCCUUAAACACACCCAUAGUAUUUACCUGCUGAAUGGUACAUUGUAAGAAAUAAAGUAGGAUGUCUGUGUUCUGUGUUGGUAAGUGUGAUGUUUGCAUACUCCACCUUUGUUUUACAUUGUUUUAUGACAUUGUGUUAAUGAGGCCACAGAUUAUGCGCAAUUAUCGAAUAUAAAUCUCAGCACGCUUUUUAUUUCACUGACAGACAGUAGCAUACAAACUGCUGAGACAUCGGUGGAAUCCGACAAAACGACAACAAACACAUUCGCCAAAGGCUUGUGACAGGUUUAUCGCACUGAUUUCCCCUAGAUAGAAAAUAAAUUAAAAUGUGCAGUGAGGAUGUUCAAGGAUCAGAGAGAAUAUUAGAUGCCAUGAGAAUCUUUUUGUUUUGUUUUUUUUCUCUAUGGAAGUCUUUCCUAAAGAUGCAACCAGUUCUAGCUGACACUUCUUGAUUUUUGCUGUUGUAACUGACUAUUAGUUUUGCUAAACCAACUUUAUUGCAGACUAUUGCAAAGGAAUGUCUGGGGAUCCUGAAGUCACCUGCUUUUAUUUAUAUUAAAACUGGCAACCAUGCUGCCAACUUCUGGUUGUAGCUCCAUUUUUUUUAUUUAUUUUUUUUAGAGUUUUUUGUUUUUGCGUCAAUGACCAUAGGACUUGAGGGUGGUAGGAUCUGAUGAAAUAGUGUUAAAAUGAAAACACCCCUAAACUCUGUUACUCAACGGGGCAGUAUCAUAGCUGGGGCAGCAACCUUUUCUGAUUGAUGGGGUGCCUGCCAGUACUUGCUACAACCAACGUUAAAGGAAAGACAAUUAAGACAAUACCAUCAGUGGGAUUUUUUUUUUUAAAUAUACAUUCACAUAAAUACAAUGGCUUACCAUCAAGACAAUAUCAUCAGUGGGAUUUAAAGGGCUCACAGGCGCUCAGUCUUCUAGGAAUAGGGUAGAUGAGACUCCAGGCAAAUAUGGAUUUGCUCUGAAGACUAUAGAGGAUAUCUCUCACUUUUUAAAGAGUCAAAGGUGCCGUGUGACCACAAAAGGGAUGCAGUUCUCAUGAGACCUCUGUAAUAGACAUUGUUCAAUGGAAGGACACUGAAAGGUUUUGUAAGGAACAGUCUAAGAGCUCAUGGAAUUUUAGAUAAGCUUACAACCAGUAGAGAACUUACAUUCCACCGCAGAGCUGUUUUUCGAUUUACAGAUGGUUUUAGACUUCACAGUUCUUAAUUGUCUUCGAUAAUUGGAAUAUAGCCUAUUUAGCAUAUGUUCAGUCUAUGGGAGAGGGCUCAUUCAACUGGAGGGUCUCAAAGAGAGUCGUUCUGUUAGAGAGAUCUGAGCAGGAUUGACCGUAAGAGUAAGAUAUGGGCCUUGGAACCAUCAAUUUGCUUGUCCUAAUUUACCACCCCAUGAAAAGAAUGAAGGGGGCUCUAACAAGUUGCUUUGAUGCUGAUGGCUAACCGGCUGGUAAAAAUGCAUGUUUCUGAAGAUAAGCAGGCAGACCAGAAUAUCUGGUGUGCCAAAUGUAAGCCACCAAGGUUUACCUAGAGUUUGCAGUUUAAAAAAAAAAUAAAAAAAAUUACACCCUUCACAAAAUAAAAUAAAACUCAUUUCAUCCCAGGACACGUAGCAAAGACACAGAACUUUGUUAGACAGAGGAAAGUGUUUAAUUUUGUAACCAGGGGGAAGUAACGCAUUGAAUAAUAUUUUAUAUCUUUUUGAUCAUCUGGAACAUUUUUAACAAUAGAUUGGAAGAACCAUCACCUGAAAUCUGCUUAGCUCAGUGAGUAAAUGAUCCGUAGAUGACAGCCCCAUUGUUGUAGUGCUUUGCUCUGAGAGAUACUUCCUGAACAGGUUGGGAAUAUCUCCCUGGCCUGUCUAGAAGUAAGCCAAAAAUGGAUUUUCCCCAUUUCUCAUGCAUUAUGUAUUUAAAGAUGAUGUCAUCCUAAAAUGCAGAAAUUACAAGAUCCUCUACUUGAGGUGAUUGAUAUAGUUUAAUCCACACGCUACAGUAUAGAAAUUGAAUUGUCAAAACCUCACCUCCCCAUGAAUUUCUUUUUUUAAAUAACAACUAAAAUCACCAAGACCAUAUCAUCUCAAUGAAGUGGCCUGGGCGCAGUGGUCCUUUCAACUCUACCCUUUCAAGGUAAAACAAAUUGCCUUUAUGCACAAACGACUGUGUUUACCUUGAUACGUUAAACCCACCUCUACUGGCUGCUACGCUGACAACCACCAUUGGUCCUUCUGCAGCACUGACCGUGUAAAACAUGGUCAUGUUACAUUGAAACCACUGUCGGAAAGCAUUGACUAAAUGCUUCCCCAUGGGAAAGAUUGAAUUCAGAGCAUUCUGAGGAGCAUUGGGUUGGGCCAUGCCUCCUACAUGAUGUCAUGGGAGGAGGAGAGGUAAGCAGUGGUGAGGGAGUCUCUGUGCUUUUUUUUAUUUGACACAUGGGGGAGCUAUCUAACCUUGUAUUCCUAACACUUUAGUGUUUCUUUAGGGCUACAGCUAGAUUAAUCAGUCCGCUUAUCCAAAGAUUGAUUUGCUUGCACAACUCUCUGCACAUUGCUUGGGGUUCCAUCAUGGAAUGUUGAGAUAAAAGUUGAGCAGUGUCAUACAACCUUUAAAGACGUCACAUUUAUAGAUCCUUCAUCCCACUGCCUGGCUGGCAUAACUGUAGUUUAUACCACUCUAUGCCAAUGUUAUAAGUAUGUGAGCUAGAAUCUUCAUUUCCAAAUUACAUUCCAUGUGGUCAUUGGCAAAGCGUUCAGCUAGUAUAAAAUGUAGAUGCUGUUUUAUUGUCUAAUAAUGUGCCACCAAGUCAGGGAGGUGCACAUCACGAAAAAUGUUCUAUAUAAAUCUUUAUUAUUAUUAUUAUUAUUAUUAUUAUUAUUAUGUAAUACAUGAGCCACUUUAGUGCCACACCUUCAUGUUUAAUGACAUUGUGAUUUUGUAAAGCACAUCUAAAAGUGAGAGGUGAAAAAAAUAUUAGGCACUGAAAAUGUAUGUUACUGCAAAAUUAUGUUCAAAAAGGUGUUUAUUGGCUUUUAAAAGCAAAGCUGAAAGCCAAAAACAGCAGAAAAGUAAACAUGACGUUUUGGGCUGCGUGCCCUGCACACCUAAAGAACGGAACAUACCCCCAAAAAUCAUGGAUUUAUUAAAUUUUUGUGUUUGGUUUGGCUUUUCUGACAUUUAAAAGCCAAUAAACACAUUUUUAAGCCAGAUUUUCUUCUUUAAUUAACUUAUUUUACUUGUACUUUUCUAGGUAAUUUGCAUUUAACGUUUGUUUUCCUAUGGGGUUUUUUUGGGGCUUGUCAUCUGCUGAGACUCGUGUCUUGGCACAUGUCAAAUGACCGAUUAGGAGCACAGCAAGGAAGGAAUAUUUAAUGUUGGGCAUAAUUGUAACUCUUAUGGAACUUGUAUACCUUAGUGCAAAAAAUAGUGGCCCACUUCAUUGCAGUAGACCCUUUUGAAAAUACUAAUAUAUACCUGGGGUCUCUCUUUAUAAUAUAUUCUAGACAUAAAAUUUGAAUAAAACAGGCUCUUUUUAGGUUCUACUAUCAAAUCUUCAUUUUAAUAGAUUUUCAUGCACAGGUAGUGAUGGCAAUGAGUCACUUGACUAGGAAGGAGUCCUUUCGGCUUUUCGGCUUUUAGAUAUCAGAGUUGGGCAAAAAUUCGUUUGACCUGGUUUGUCCUAAUUGACAUGCUGUAACAUGUUCAUCCUCCCCUUGCGGCAUCUGCAGUGGUUGCCUUCCUAAUGGACGCGGUGGUGCAGUUCGGCGGCCAUGCGUCAAUGUGUCUGACUCCUGCAGCAUGUUGGUGGACGCCGGCUGCUGCGGAUCCACACCAAUUUGUAACCCCAUGUCCGCCCACAGCAUUGACAAUGUCGGCGUGCGUGUGACAUCACGUAAAAGACGCGCACGCACAUUCUGGGGUCAAUGGUCGGGUACGGCCAAUCGAAUCUGAGAAAAGCUUAUUUAAACUCCUUUUGCCUUUUCCUCAUUGCCCUGUCGUAGUUUCCCUUAGUGGUUGUCCGACAGGGUGUUCCUGAGCAUUUCUUUCUGGUUAUUGACUUUGGCUUCGUUUUGACUUCCCUGUAUUCUGGUAUCCUUGACUUUUGGCUUUCCCUUAUCGUUGUCUCUUUCUGUGUCCCGACCUCAGCAAGUAUCCUGACUAUUCUCUGGUACGUUAAGUCCAGCCAUUCUAAGGCCUGGGAAGACGUAACCUUUAGUCCUAGGUGUGAUACAGUUCUGCAUGCUGGAUCAACUAGUAAUCCUGACACAUGCUUUUGAUCCAUGCUGGACCAUAUUGAUUGGUCUUGGAUUUACCUGUGGAGACUCCUUUGAUGAAUAGGACUGUACAUAUCAAAGGUGGAAAAAUCAUUUUAAUUCAGGUUUGGUUUAAAAAUUCUUUGAUUCUAUUCAAAUAAAAUUUUGCACAAUUAUACUGGAUACCAGCUCUAAAAAUGUAUUUUUCCCAAUCACAAUAUAACACGGACCAUACUAGGUCUCCUCUUAUGGUGAUGCAGUUUCUAGGCCUAACAAGAGGGCCCACCAAUUUAAAUGGCUCGAUAAAGGGUGGGCUGAACCAGACAGUCUCCGCCUAGAUGAAAGGACGGCUGGGUAUUUAUAAGCCGGGAUCUCCCCUCCUCCAACUACAGACUCUGCACACAGGCUCCGCCUUUCCAUUUAUGGAAUAAAUUUGAUGAUGCUCUACAGGUGUAAGUGAGCAUUACAAAUUCCGAUUUGUUAAAGGACCACUACAGUGCCAGGAAAACAUACUCGUUUUCCUGGCACUAUAGUGCACUCAGGGUGCCCCCACCCUCAGGGACCCCCUCCCUGAGGGCUCUGGAAGGGGGAAAGGGGUAUAAACUUAACUUUUUCCAGCGCUGGGCGGAGAGCUCUCCUCCUUCGAUCCUCCUCUUCUCCUCCCCGUCGGCUGAAUGCGCACGCGCGGCAAGAGCUGCGCGCGCAUUCAGCCGGUCACAUAGGAAAGCAUUCAUAAUGCUUUCCUAUGGACGCUGGCGUGCUCUCACUGUGAAAAAUCACAGUGAGAAGCACGCAAGCGCCUCUAGCGGCUGUCAAUGAGACAGCCGCUAGAGGAAAUAGGGGAAGGCUUAACCCAUUCAUAAACAUAGCAGUUUCUCUGAAACUGCUAUGUUUAUGAAAAAAUGGGUUAACCCUAGCUGGACCUGGCACCCAGACCACUUCAUUAAGCUGAAGUGGUCUCGGUGCCUAGAGUGGUCCUUUAAGAACUCACAGCAAAAGCUGCAAAGCCUGCAGAUUUGCAGCAAAUGCGGCCUGCCAGCUAGAACUUAAUUCAGGUUCGUUUGUAGUUGUUCCAGGCCAUGUUUAUCUUUAAUAUUUGUAUCUGUAUAAAUCACUCUGUAUUUGGAUUCCAUUUAUUGUAUGGUUGGUGCAGUGGCGUACUUGGGGGGAGGAGGGGGCGGUCUGCUCUGGGUGCCACUCACUAGUGGGGUGCCCGGGGCGAACUUUCACAGGGGUGGCGACCCCAUCUAGCAGCAGCAGCAGCAGGUCCUCUGUUCUUGCGAUCCGCGAGAGCGUUGCCACGGGUUGCCAUAGCAUGCAGAGUUCUGGGCCCCUCUUCACUGCCCAUCUAUAGCUGUGCCAUCGGACCACCAGUUGAGGAGGAUGGGACGGGCAGGUAAGUGGUAGCACUUAUUCCACACAAUAUACACACUGCAUCUGCAUAGACUAUACACACACUCCAUACACUAUACACACACUGCACAUACUCCAUACACAAUACACACUCCAUACACUAUACACACACUGCAUACACUACACACACACUAUACACACACUGCAUCUGCACACACUAUAUGCACACACACUCCAUACACUAUACACACACUCCAUACCAGGGCCAGACUGGGAAAAAAAUUCAUCCUGGGCAUUUUUCAAUCACAGCGGCCCCUGAGAAGGGGGCGGGGCCAGAGAGGGUGUGUUUUGUCAUCACUAAGGACAAGCACACCCCCUCUCAAAGUGAGCAUGUUGGUUCAAUGCGCAGAGCCCCGCUGAAGAGCUCUAGCAUGAGAAAACGGCCCUGUAUUUGGUCUGCGCAGCGCGAGCAAAUUUAAUAACAUGCUUGCACUGUGUUUGCUUUUCACUUGUCUCUGGUGUCUCAGUGAGUGGGAACCAGAGGACAAAAGUGUCAGGAAAGCGUACCGUGCUAGGGGCUGUAGAGAGUGUGUGUAGAGGGGGCAUAGUAUGUAUUGGGGAUGUAGAGCGUGUGUGCAUACCGGCUGUAGUGUGUGUUGUAUAGAGUGUGUGUUUAGAGAAUGUAGCAUGUGUUUGUUAACAAGGAAUGUAGUGUGUGCAUAGGGGAUCCAGAGUUUGUAUGUCAGGAAUGUAGAGUGUGUAGGUGGUGCAGUGUGUGUGUGUGUGUGUGUGUGUGUCUGAGGGUGCUGUGUGUGUGGGGGGGCAAGGUGUAAAUUUAUGAUUCUUUUUUUAAAUUAUUAUAAUUAAAAAUAAUGUGGGAUAAAAUAAGAUUUAAGAAAUAGGGGAUAAAUAAAAAAUAUUAAAAAUAAUAAACUUCAUACCCCCCUUCCCUUCUUACCUUUAGCUUGGGAGGGGGGGGGAGCCGUGUGUUCAUGGACGAAUCCCUGGUGGUUCUGUCCCAUGCUGCAGUCCCUGGUGGUCCUAGUGGUGAGUGAACUCUACCCAGCAGUUCCUGGAGUAGAGUUCACUCUCGCGAGAGCUGAACAUUGCCGCGGUAAUCGCGGCAACGCUCAGACCUCGUGAGAGGACCCGGCGGAGCUGCUGGUUAGAGCACCGCCGGUCCUCUCCUCCCUCCCCAGCCGGGGGCCGCAUGUCCGUGCCUCUGGGCCGGUGAGGGAGAUCUUUGAUCUCCCCACCGGCCCAUGGAGGCACACAGCAGGGCCGGCACUCAGGUAGCGAGGGCCCUGCAUGAGCCGGCCGUGGAGAUCCUGUGAUCUCCCCUGCCGACCUCGGCCCCUGGCCAUCGCGGCCCACCGGGCAUUUGCCCGGUAUACCCGAUGGCCAGUCCGGGCCUGCUCCAUACACUAUACACACUGCACACUUUAUGCACUAUACACACACUGCAUACACUAUACAUACACUAUACAUGCACUAUACGCUCACUGCACACUUUAUGCACUAUACACACACUGCAUACACUAUGCACACUACACACACUACACACACUGCACACACUGCACACUUUAUGCACUAUACACACUGUACACACACUGUAUACACACACUGCAUCUGCAGACACUAUGCACACACUGCACACACUAUACACACUGCAUCUGCACACACUAUACACAUUGCAUACACUAUACAAGCGCACACACUGCAUCCACUACGCAAACACACACUUAUACAUGUGUAUCUGUAUGUCUGUGUAUCUGUUUGUGUGUCUGUGUUUGUUAAGGUGUGUCUGUGUAUCUGUAUGUGUAUCUGUAUGUGUGCCUGUGUCUCUCUCUGUAUGUGUGAUUGUAUCUGUUUGUGUGUCUGUAUCUGUGUAUGACUGUGUUUCUAUAUAACUGCAUGUGUGUACCUUUGUGUCUGUGUAUCUGUAUGUGUCCCAGUGUGUGUAUAUGUGAGUAUAAUGUGUAUAUGUACAUACAUCUCAGCAUUUUGUCUACACUACACACAAAUGCAACCCUGAAUCCAAAUGUCAACACUACAUAAAGACACCACCAUAUUCAAAAACCACACUACAGAAAAAUGCACGCCUGCAUUCAAAUGCCAAUAUGUGUAAACACACCCGUACAUUCACUCACACAAACACCAUACAAAAACAUGCUUACAUUGAAAAUAUACAAACACUGCUCAGUGCCAAAUACAUAAAAAAAAAAUGUGCAGUUGUUUUUUACAUUUCAAAGUUGUGAGGGGGUGGAGGGAGUGUGCCAAAUAAAGCAUCUGCCCCGGGUGCCAAAUGCUCCAGGUACGCCCCUGGGUUGGUGACUAUUUGUUAUACAUGACUUUUGUUUUUUUAUUUUUUGUAAUUGAUGUUUUCAAUUCCUGUUAGUUAUAUGCAUGUCGUAGCUUUCUUCUAUUUUUUUUCUUGGUAAUAUUUUGCAAACCGAUAGCAUUUAUAAUCGUGGCAACAUUUCUAUCAAAUCCGUAUCUAGAAGUACCUGACCUGGUUUGGAAAACACAUGAAAUUGCAAUAUUUUAGUUAAUUAUUUAUAAGGUGUUCUUACUAGUAAUUGGCUCAUUCAUAUACCAGGCACAUUGGAUUAUCAACAUUAACAGAGGGUUAUUACAUUAAUUAGCAGCACCUGCUUCGUUAGGGGAUUUCCCAGAGGGAAAGGGAGCCAGGUGUUUACAUUUGUUAAAACGCCAACAUGAGUGAAACGGCACUUUUUAUUUUUUUCUGGGGAAAAAAAAUUAUAUAAAUUUUUGUCCCUGUCAGAGUGGCAGGUAAGCAGCUUUCAAUGUCUGUUUAAUGUGUAAAACUGCCAUCAAUUUGUGAAUGCGCCUUUUAUUUCUUAGUUAUAAUUUGUCUUAUUUUGUGAAAGUAAUCAAUGGUAAAAUCAUCAGCGGGAAAAAAAAGGAGCAAAACAAGAGAGCGUUAAAAUGUGGUUUGAAAAAUAGUUUAUUUUGUCUCACAACAGAAAGGCAGGAAACACACCAAUAUAUGAAUGUUUUAUAUCUAACAAUAUGUCGAAUGUACACAAAACGGGUGCAAACUUAAAAGCAAAUGCAACACUCACUCAGUUUUGUCAGAACAACAUAGAUUUUCAAGCAUUAAAGCCUAGUGUGUGUGUGUGUGUGUGUGUGUGUGUGUAUGUAUGUAUGUAUAUAUAUAUAUAUAUAUAUAUAUAUAUAUAUAUAUAUAUAUAUAUAUAUAUAUAUAUAUAUAUAUAUAUAUAUAUAUAUAUAUAUAUAUUUUGCAGGCUGUCCUGAAGAAAGUCCCAACCAGGGACUGAAACACUGACGCAUUCAUGCAUCAAUGCCACGUGAGUGCAUAAACUGGUGAAUAAACUUUUUUUUACAUUUUUGUUACAUUGGGAAAUGCAGUGUAUAUAAACAUAUUGUGCUUGAAAUAAAAGUACAGCAUAUUCAGUAAAUUAUAAACUAAAUUUGCUUUUUAAAACUUUUUUUUUUUUUUUUUAAUGGAACAAGGUCUAUAUUUUGUUAAGAACAGUUCAACUAUUGUACAGCACUACGGAAACUGAUGGCGCUAUAUAAAUAAUAAAAUAAUAAUAAUAAUAAUAAUAAUAACUAAACAUGAAAACCGGUAACCAACCCCAUUUCCUCAAAAGCAACAAAAAAACCCCAUCAACCUAAAAAACCCAGAAAGAUCUCCUUUAAUCCUCCUGCAGGAAUUUGACUGGGAGAACGAUCCCAAUUGCCCAGUCAGAUUUGUCCAGGCCUUCCCAUCUCUAAUCAGCAUGUUUGGGGCCCUAGAAGAAAUGAGAUACACUUGGCAUAAUAUUGCCAAUAUCAUCAUUUGAAGGGUUAUUGGGUUUUUGGCUCUGUUUAUUUUAUUUUCCUUUUUCAUUCUCCUUUAUUUUGGUGCUUUGCCAAAAUCUGGACUAUUUCAGAGCAUUGGAGAGAAUCGAGGGACUCUUGGAAUAUGUCAUCUCACUUCCUGUAUUGAUUGGACCAACACAUACUGAAAUGACUGGUUCUUACAAAUAAAUAUAAUUAUUCCUUCUAAAAUUUCAACAUUAGAUGUUUGUGCAGUUUCAUUUUUAACUUUGUAUGUUUUUAUAUAUAAAAAAAUAAAUAAUAAAGCAUAGAUUUAAAAAUAAAAAAAACCUGACAGUAAACAUUCUUUUUAAGUUUUUUUAUUUUUAUUUUUUUUAAAGAUCCGGGUUAUAGGCAUAGCUUGCUCAUCUGUAUUUUAAAUAAACUCUUAUUACCGGAAAGAGAAUAGUAGCGCUUGGUUUUUUAUAUUCUCUUGAGUAUUCUCUUUCUCUCUUUAUCUGUCUAUAAAUGUUUUUAUUUUUAUUUUUUUUCUGAGGUAUCAUAUUUCAAAUUGCAGGAUUCGGCUAAAAUACAAAACACACACACAAAAAAAGCAGAAUACAGCCACCAGUUCCAAAUGUUUCAGACCUGCUUAUUCUGUCCACAGUAAUAAGGCUUGGUUCCCAGUUCUUGGCUUAUUGUCAUAUGUGAUGACAUUUGUUCUCGUGCCUGUAUCAGCUGAUGUAUUCACAGCUAAUUGUUAGAAAUUGAAUGUUUACCUGUAUAUUGUGCAGGACAAUUCCACAGAUGAGAUGGCCUUCCUGUUUGUAUGGAUCUUAAAGGAAGCACAUUUUUUUUUGCCUGGGCUAUCUUCAGGUCACAACCUCCGAGGUCACAGCCUUACUGAUAGGAAUAGUUUCUGUGUUUCACAAUGUAUCCAAAUGAUAAUGUAGCAGGAAUGCUGGGGAGAAGUAUCAUGUUCCUGUCUAAUUGUAUUGUUCCACCUGCAAAAAAAAAACAAAUUAGGGAAACAAAAUGCUUACAACAGCCAGCCAGAGCAUCAUGGGAAAUGUUCCAUUGUUACAUGUUAAUAGAAGUUAAUGAAACUAUCUUAUUAAAAUGGAACUGUCGCUUCCCUGGAAGUGAUUUAUUGUUCCGUCACCUACAGUAGACCUUAUUUCAACAGUUACUAUGGUGACCAAAGCAGUGAAGUAAGUUUACAAAAAUCUGUACUUACAUCCAGUUGAGCUAAAACAAUUACAAAAAGUGUGGGUACACAAACCCCCACUUAGAUAUUGGCAAUUUUACCCUCCUUGGGAUAUAAUUACAGACCAUUAAAUAAACAAAAUUGCAUGCAUAUAGUGUAGUAUGUAACCGCUCGGGAUAAAACUCUGAAAAACUGUAAGAAUCUCACUCACAUACUUCUGAGUCAACCAACAUUGACUCAGACUUUUAGGCUUGAUUCAUAUCCAAUAUUGCACUGACGCGUUUUUAGAAAGACCAUACCAGGUCAAAACACGUCGGUGCAAUAUUGGAUUUAUCAUGUAUUUUAUAUUUUGUGGAUUUUAACCCUUUUGUGUUUCAUUAUUUUUGCCAAGGUGGCUAAAUAAAGAUUAAAAAUUUUUAUGGAAAGUUGCUCCUGGUAUACAUUUUGGAUCUAGUUGUGCUCGAUCAGUUUUGUUUAUUUUAGAUUCUGUUAUUAUAUCCCGAGGAGGGUAAUAUUGCCAAUAUCUUAUGGAUAUUGAUUAAUUGUUGUUUUGUAGGACCACCAUAUAUAAGCCCCCAAAAUGUCAUUGGUUUCCUCUCAAUGUAUAAUUCUAGUGAGAUACUGUCCCGCUCAUACAUAGAAGGCAGUGGGGUUCGAUUUGUUCCAGCAUUCUAUUUAAUAACUUUAAAAAGUCAGUUAUCCUUAUGUAAUAGCGUUGGAAGCCUCUGGGGUUGGUUGUGCCAGUGACUCAAAUACAGCAUUUCAAUAGCCUCUGAAUUCUCACGGGCAUUAUCAUACAAGCGGGCCAAUAAAGCAGUAGUUCUGGGAGCCAGAAUAAAUGGGUAAUGUGGAACAGUUUGAACAAGCGCAAUACGCAGCACUUCCAGCAUAGACUUCUCUUCCAGGUUUUCUAAUAACUUGGCUCAAAGGCUGCAUGAAAUAGCCUGGCUGCUCUUUCGACAUUCUAGCAAGUCUGUAAAACUGACUAAAAAAUUUUGGCCUCAUUGUAUGUUGUUGCCAUGACAACACCCAAUAUAAACUGAAAAGCAACACUUUGCUUAAACAGGUGCAUCAACUUAUUUUUAUUUUUAUGGUUUAUAUACACUGUCUGCGUGUGUGUGUGUGUGUGUGUGUGUGUAUAUAUAUAUAUUAUUUAUUUAUUUUCAUUACUUUGUUUUGGAGCCUCCAUAUACUGCAUUUCAGGCCACUGUUCUGGCAUAGGAUUAAGGAUGUGGUGGCACUUUACAGGUUUGUGCACAUCUCCCAAAAUGCUCGUCUUCCCUAAAUGCUGUCGGGGUCACGUAGGACAAUAGGUGGCCAGUGUUGUUUGUUUUUGUUUCUUGGCAUUACUUGCACCAAUAGCAUUUAGAACUCUAUGGACAGACCAUCCAUUGCCACAUUUUACCUUGUCUGAUAUAUGCCCUGGCCAUAGGUUAGAGUUGCCGAAAAUGUAAUGUAAUGGUAUUAAUAUAAUGAUUUAUGUCAUAAAAUAAAACAUAAUGAGUUUAAUGCGUUAGAAGCAGCCUAUGGAUAUAACAUUCCUUUUUUUAUUCUUUUUUUAUUUUAUUUAUUUCUCAAAUUUAUUCUAUUGACCUAAAUAAGAAUUGUGCCAGCAAAGUGUAGCUAAAAUAAAUGAGUAAAAUAAUCCACCUCUCUUGAUCUUCUAGUUAGGAUUACCAUAUUGGCAUCAUAAUCCUUGAUGCCUUUAAAAAGAACUUUGUGGUUACACUGGUGAAUUAUUAUUACUUUAUUAUUUAUAUAGCGCCGGCAAAUUUCGUAGUGCUGUACAAUGGGAUGUAAAUUGAAGGUUGUUGGUGGCCAUGUGCGUUUUUUUUGAUCAAUGUGUGAUAGAAUAAUAGCACCUAUUAUUAUUUACUCUGUCAGCCUGUGUCUAGGUGCCCACUGGCAGGUCAAACCACGGUAUGAAGAAGUAUGAUAAUUUGUGAGAAAUGAAAUGGAUAUGUGGAGAAUGCCAAAAGAAGUGAACUAAUUGUUUGAUACCCCUGGAAAUGGUCGGCACAUCUGGAAUAAUUUUGUGAAAAAGUAAUAGCCUCGUUCCUCGAAUGGAUAUAGACCAGAAUCAUUCUCAAGAUUUAUAAAGAAAAUGUCAUCGGCAGCUGAUGUCUGCUCAUUGUUCCCUGUGCUUUUUGAUAUAUUCUACGGCCAAAUUCAGAGAAGGACACGCUCAUGUUUAAUAAAUUAAAUGAGAACCAUUGCCACAUUUGUUGCUUAAAUGAAAUGAAGCCUAUAACGUCUCAGAAUAUUGUAUCUUAAAUAUUUAGUGUAGCCAUGGUCACCUUAUUAUUCUGGAGCUUUUCCAAGUUCAGCACCUUUUAUUUUUUCAUGUUUAAAUUCAAAAUUCCUGAUGGCAAUAACAGCUUCAAAAGGCAAAUGAAAAUUAAUGUUAUUUAAAUGUAUUAUUUAGUAAGUGUGAUCUAUAAGUAUAUAGAAUAUACAUUUAAAAGAGCACAAUUUAACUUUUGGGUUCUAGAGAGGAAAGUCCUGCUUUUUACAGGGUCAUUCAUUAAAUAAACAUUCCAAGCACCAUAACCACUACAAUAGGGUGUAGUGGCAUUGGUCACCGCAGUGCCCUGGCACCAUCCCACAGUAAGUAAUCAAACUAUUUUACAACAGUAUGAUAACUUAAAUGGGUUUUUAAUACCCUUUGAUAUAAGACACAUUGCAUCGAGUUAACACCUAAAACUAGCAUUUAGUCAUCAUGGCCAACCUUUUGGCACUGAUCUGGUAUGGACUACGUUUCCAUUCCGGAGCAUCUAUUAUCCUGAUUUUCUUAUAGUUCCUUGGUCACUCUGCCCAUACUGUGUAUGAAACUAGAUCUCACUUUCAUAAACACGUAGACAGUGGAACUUCUAAAUUCUCACAUUAUGCUGAUACAAGUCUUUGUUUUUAUAAGAAACAAUUUUCAUUCAUCCUUUCGGUCCAACUGUGCAACCGAUCUGCCAUAAAGCGUUGGAGAAAAGUAUUUCUAAAAUCCAGCUUGCUAAGCGUGGGAAAUACCAAUCAUAGGACUGUCCCAUACCACCCCCAUCCAUGUUUUGCCUUAUCAAUGUAUUGAGGAAUUUUCCAGCCCUGGAUAGUUUAGAGUCCCAGUGCGAAAGAAAGAAUCUUGUCUACAGUGUCGCUCAACACUUUGAGAGCAGGUUAUUCUAGAAGUGUUAAAAUCAGGCUUUACACGUAAACAGGAUAUCUGGAAAUAUAUCCUAUAUCUCCCAGCAACUAAACACUCUGCCACGUUUAUUUAUCCUUGAGGUUGGUGGCAGAUACCUUAGUUUGUGCUUUGAGAAACCAGACGCACGUAAUUAUUUCCUACACGCUGAAUUGCAGUGAAUUGAAAACCGAAUUAGAAAAAUGGUCAAACUGAGUUGAAUGGGGAAAAAAACCAACAAUACAUUUUACUACAAUUCAGAGUUAAAUGAAUUAGCCCAUAAAGUAGGAAUUUUGAGCAUUUAAAGUGAAUUAAAAGGAUUGCGUGAAUAUGCCUAUAAAUAGCAAAUAUAAAGGAGGAUUUUUAAACCUCACCCCUGCCACCCCUCACCCCCUAAAAAAAAACAUGAUACAUGGAUCAAUGGUUUAUUUGACUGUGUAGGAGGUUAUACUUUACAUCUGGACUAAUUAAUGGGCAUAGUUCACAAGUUGUUGUGGAUAAAGUGUCCUCCUUGAUCUGCAAUCCUUGUUACAUUGGCUGAUAGUAUGAGCAGAUGUUGGGGCACUGUAUCCAGAAGGCGAGAGCUGGACUUCAGGGCCAUUUUCAAGCAAAUCAAAGAUUGUUUUAUUGAAUCUUGUGUUUGACAUGAUAGAUGCACAGCGCUGUGUACAUGGUCAACAGUAAUGGUUGGAGGUUUAUCUGGCUAACUCCAGAAACAGGGCAGGUAUAGCACUCAGACUGCUUUUGGUGUCCUUGUGACAAGCGGGUAGAAGGGGCGAAGUGUACGUGCUCCUCUGAUUCAAAACCAGAGUGUGAACUUUUUACCUUGGUUUUUAAACGGAUCAACAGCUUCUUUAACAAUGAAAUCCGCAGUAGCACCUUUCUAUCAGCUGAGAUUUUCAGGGUCUAAUUUUAGCAAUGCAAAGGGAGGUCUGUAGAAACCAUUCCAAAACAAAAGCCUUGUGAUUACUCUGAUGGCGAUGCAGAAACAUGCCAUGCGAGUUCAGCUAUCUUUUUAUAACUCAGGGAUUCGAGUGUCAUGUGCAGGCUGUUUACUGUUAACUCUUUAACUCCUGGUAACCCCAAUUUAUCUCACCUUGGUAGAUAGAGUCCAGUGUGUUGCCUCUAACUGGGUCAUCCAGGCCUCCCAACAAUCCCAAAUUUAGCGGGACAGUUUGGAUUUUCGGUCCUGUCCUCUGCUCUUCUGCUUUUGGGGACACAAGAGAACUGUCUCCAACAUUUUUAGCAUAAACGCAUCAAUAGACGCACUUGCACACUGAUUACAGCACUAGAUCCAUGCAGGUAGCACUGAAACUGCUCUCCCUGCAGGGUCUGCCCUCAGUGGGUUGGCUGAGUGAUGGACAGACAGCUUGCCCCAAUGGGAGCAGAGCUUGUGACGCAAUUGCAUCAUUGGCUAGCCCCCUUUACCUUCCUCCAGGGCCAGACUGGCCCACUGGGAUACCGGGAAAUUUCCCAGUAGGCUGUCGGCACCUGGGGCCGGGGCGACAUUUGACUGACCUGUGGCCACAGGGAGAGCUUGGAUGGCGGUUGCAGGGGGAGCUUGCUGUUCUGCCUAUGCUCCCCCGCCUCGCACGCUACUUAAUUAGACGUCAUAUUCCGGCCCCGGCCUCAUUAAGCUGCGCGCUGGGGAGCAGAGAUAAAACAGCUAGCUCCCCCUGUGGCUGAAAUUUGAGCUCUCCCUGCGGCCGCCAGCACACCUAUCUGUUUGCCCACCCACAGGUAGCAACAAGUGUGUGUGUCUGUCUGUGUCAUGGUGUGUGUGUGUAUCAUGGUGGGUGUAUGUGUGUAUGUGUCUGUCAUGGUGUAUGUGUGUGUCUGUGUGUGUUUUUAAAAACAGUGUUUUUACUCAUCAUUUUUUUUUUUUUUACCAACAUCGUGCUGGUCUCCCCUCGACUGGCCCUGCCUCUAUGACUGAGAUCAUCAAGCUUGGUGAUCUCAGCCAAUCCGCACUGACACAGGAAGCGCCUAUAGUGACCGUCUGAGUGUCUGUCACUAGAGGGGUCACUAGGAAGCAAUGUAAACACUGCUUUUUCUCUGAAAAGACAGUGUUUACAUUGAAAAGCCUGCAGGGACAGGCUAUAGACACGAGAACCACUACAUUAAGCUGUGUGUGUGUGUGUGUGUGUGUGUGUGUGUGUGUGUGUGUGGGCUUGCAUGAAUGUGUGUGUGUGUGUGUGUGUGUGCCUGCUAGUGAGUGAGCUUGUGUUUUUAUGUCAAUGAACUGAUGUAUAUCAGUGAGAUUGUUUGUUUGUCUGUGAGGCUGUAUAUCAAUAAGCUUGUGUGUGUCAGUGAGAUUGUCUGUGUCUGCAUGUGAGUAUGCUUACUGUAUAAUUAAAUGUUUUACUCUGAAAGGACCAGUAUUUUAUAUUAGAAAAAGCAAUAUAUAUAUAUAUAUAUAUAUAAUAUAUAUAUAUAUAUAUAUAUAUAUAUAUUACUCAAUCAUCUGGGGUGGCAAGACAUAGCCUCCAUAUUACAUGCAACAAAAUAUGGCGCUAUGACUUAUGGGGCUGGCAUAGAUUUUUUUUUUUUUUCAGGGCUGCUUUGUAUCCCCAAUCCGGCCCUGCCUUCCUCCCACCAGCAUUCCGAUUCCCAGGACCCAGCAGUUGGGAGGUAUGAUUUCACUAAAAACCAGAUUUGGUUAAAAUGACUGAAAUCAGAUCCCAAUGGCAAUUCUCCUAUAGUCUAAAGCAAACUCCGGUCAGAAUUCGAGUGCUCUUAAGCAGUUGCCGAAUGCCUUCGGUAUCCGUCUUAAAAGCUCUGCUUUUGCAGCCGAAUCCUAUACAAAGUAUAAGAUUUGGAAUAUUCACAAAGCACCAAUUUUAAACUUAAUCGGGACUGAAUGCAUCCAGCUGGAAGCACAUUUGGAAAAAUCUCAUUUCCCAAGCAAAUAAUAAUUUUAUGUCUUAUUUGCCCGCUAGCAGCCGUCAGGUAAAUAGUUUGUGGGGAAAAAAAACUAAACCCUUGGUGGAUAAUUAUGUGACAGCUGAACUAUACACCGCACCUCUCCAACUUCUUCUCCAUGCAAUGGUCCUUUUAUCUUUUUAGGUUUUUGACUACACAUAAAAAACAUUCUAAUAAACAUUUUUUAUCAUCUCGUAGUGUCCUAUAAUGCUCUGUGGGACCUUACUUUAUAUCACAAUUUUUUUUAAGUAGAUUAUAGCUUUUUACAUGCAUCAGAAAAAUAAAUGUUAUUUCUAAAAACUUAAAGAGCAGUUUAAAUUUAAAAAGUCAGUACCACUAUAAGAACCGUUGCAGGUGCAUCAUUUACAUUUUAUUUAAAAAAUAUAUCUUCUAGUAUGUAUUUUAUACAUUCUAAAUGCACUGAUCAUGUGCACCUACUGGGCAUUUCACGAUAAUGUUUGUGAGCAAUGUGCUUCAACUCUGUCCCAUCAAUAAUAGUAAUGUAACUAGUAAUGGAAUUCACACCGGUAGGUUUAUUACUGUGUAUCAGCCAAGACAAACCAUCUGGAUUUUUUUUUUCCUGCUUGCUGCAUAACACCUAUGGAUUCUGUCCCUAUCCAAGGCUGCUUGGGCUGUUAAUGGCCCACAUGUCAUACUAUUUAAUCCCAACUGGCUAUGUAUCCGCACUGAGAUCUGGUUUCCCGUGCAGCAUUGGGAAGAAGUAGUAGAAAAAAAAAUAAUAAUUAUAUAUAAUUUUUAUUUGAUUUCUUAAAGCUCGUAAAACUAUUUAAUUACACAAUCCAGACAGAGUGAUUAUUCUUCCUGGUUGCAUAAGGAGAUAACGCGUUAAAAAGACGCACAAAUACAUGAAAGAACAUCUAUAAAUACCGUUGCGUUUUCUCGGUGAUGUCAUUUUUACUAAGUAAUGCAGCUAGGAAAAAAAUAAAUCUCUUCCCGUUGGUUUAAAAUAUGGAAAGCAGAUAAGAUCUUGGGAGUGUCCAUUUAACAGAGAUAAAAGUUUCGGAAACCAUUUUUUUUCCUUUUUAAAGUUUAUUGAAGCUGUUUAAAAAGGCACUGCAUGCACCAUAACCACAACAGUUCACUGCAGUGGUUAUGGUGCAAAUAUUUGUUACAAUUCUCUGAAGCCAGUUAAACAAUAGAAGAAGAAAAAAUGGACAAUGUGUUACAAGCUGUAUAUGGUCAUGCAUGCAAACCAAAUGGGGCCUUUAGUACCAUGAAAUCGAUUUCACAUUUUGCAAAAAGUUAAUUUAUGGUAAAAUCAAUGGCUUCUAAAAUCUUUUUGGAAUGCAACUGUUUGAUGGCUGAGAGUAGAGGGAGUUGUAGUCUCAUCACUCUCUUUGGAGAUCAAACCACUGCAAUCCUUUCCUUCUCUUCCCUUUUUGGUUCUUUUAGAAACUUAGAAACACUGCUGUUCAUUACUGACCCAUAUCAGUGUAAUGUCCACAUUGUCUCCAUAGUACUCUGAAUAAAAUGGACAUUUAUUUGUGGUUCCACUCAGAACCACAGGCUUCCCCAACUCUCCAGUUUACAACCCUGUUGUUCCUUUUAACAGCUGUGUAAAUUUAAACCAAAUGGGCAGAUCAUUUAUACAUUUAAACAGGAGGGCUUGUGAGGGACUAAGGCAGCAUUAUUCUAUAUUUAAAAUGCAGCAUUAACCAUCUGAAAUGAAUGUCCAUGUGAACAAUAAUGACUCCAAGCUACAAUGUACCAGUAUAUGUUGCUGCCAUGGAAUGAUGUGAAUAAUUGGCUCAAAUCUGAAACCCAAGUCUCUGAUUGGCUAGUUACAGUCCUGGCUCUUGGAGUUUACAAACUAUGAUGACCUUUCAGAGAAAUCUCAAAUAAUAUUAUUAAAUAAGUGGUUAACUUUCAGGUGAUAGAUAUGUGUACAGUAAUAUACGUAUUAUUAUGUUGACGGCUAAAAGAAUUAAUUUGUACAAGUUUUGACCUAAAUUCUGCAAAAUAAUUAAGUUUUAAUAAAGUGAAUGACUCCCGUUGUGCUUUGAUUUCUAACUAUAAAUAAUUGGUUACAUCGUAUUUAAAUAUGAGAACCAAAAGAAAUUGGAAAGAACUCCCCCUUUCCCAGCACUCGUAGGGUUAAUGGGUGUCCAGCACACAUCUGCUAGUAUAAGGCAGCAGGCUGAGCUUCAUAUAGAAAUGAGCUAAAUACCUUUGAGCUAUAGACAUGCUUUCAAAGUCAUAUGUUAGAGCAGCUGUUUGAUAAAUAGGGUUGUUACUGUGACAGUGACAUCUGCCUAGACACAGUUGCCCAAUUCCUAUAGAAUACAUUGUUACUUUUUGCUUGGUAUCGUUUUUCCCUACAUCAUAAUGUGUUCAUUUAAAAAAUGUUUGGUGUUGAGAUUUUCACAGACACUGUUUAAAACUUUUUUAAAAAGAGAACCACAAAUCAUGUUCACAAGGAAAGGGAUUUAUGUAUCUUUGGAAAUGUGUUUUUAAAGGACCGAUCCAAGCACCAUAACCACUAAAGCAGCAUUAAUGGCGCUAGAAGUGCUUUUGCGCCCUCUCAGAGUAGUAGUCAGUUUGACAACUUACCUGUGUCCCAACGGUCAGUCAAUUUUAGCAGCUGAGGACUACGCAGUGGGUGCCCAGGUGAGCAAGGUGAGUUCCCAAAUAAGUCUCUAAUUGUUUGACUACUUUGGGAAAGAGUAUACAGAGACGCUACAUUUAAAAGGACACUCUAUUGAGGGGCUGCUUUGUUCCCAUAGGUUAAACAAAGAUAAUGGGAGCUCCUAAGACAUAUACUGUAUAUGUUGCAGGUAAUCGCUGACUUUGUAGAGGUCACUUGCACCUUUGGAAUCUGCCCUUUCAAAAAACCCUUGGUGGCAUGGGGGCAGAGAUAUCCAUUGUCCUACUUAUUCCAGAAAGAGUUGGGGUGACGAUACUGUAGAAACAUGUGGUUUUUCUUCACUUACAUUUUGUUAAAAAAAUAAAAUAAUAAUAAAAAUAUAUAUAUAUUAAAUGUCUUGCUUUCUACAUAACAAAAUAUUUCAAAUCUCACUUUAUUUUAUUUUGCUUUAUAUUAUAGCCAGUGUGUAUAAUCGUGGUAUUUUCAAGGUUGGGUGUGUCUUGAUGGUUUGGUUCCAUUGUUCUGAAAGAUGCUGUCUAGAUGCUUUCAUUAACUGUGAUUGUAUUAAAGACGUUGUGGAUGGAGUGCUGACGGAGGUUUUGUUAAGGCUGGAUGGCGUAACGUCUGAUCAACAAUAAAACCCAAAUCUCGACUCUGUGUAUCCAAUAGUUAUCUGCUAAAAUUUGAAAUAUUACAGACUUUAACAUAGAAGGAAAAAAACUGAUAUCUGGUUAUUUCUUCCAUAAUAGGUAUAUAUCAUCAAGGUAACCUGGUUGGACUCUACAACACAAGUCAUCUACCGAAGAUACAGCAAGUUCUUCGACCUUCAGGUAACAAUAUAACACAGACAUCAUUAUUAAACCUCAGGUUCUCAUUAUCUGUAAGAGGGGCAUUUUCAUUUAAAUGAUUAAGAAAUGGUAGGGGUUUCCCUUUUUUGUGUUAUAUCGAACAAAAACUUAGUUCUGAACAUUCUAAAUACAACCUAAUCUUUUAACAUUUGAGUGAUAGCUACGUAUCAAUGAUUUAUCAAUCGUUGCAUGUCUGUGAGAUGGGUAAAGGGAAUAAUUUUGGCACAUUUUUACAGGUGAAUCUGGGGUUGAAGGAAUGUAACUUUUAGAGAAGUGUUGCAUUGAGUACCCACUUCAACGGGGGCACUCAACGCAACAUAAUCACUACAACUCAGUAACAUUUUAAUACUGCCAAAUUCUUUGGGUGCCUUACCCAAGUUUGUGGUCAAACUAUUUGGGAGUCCCCUUCAACAUCUAGUUAAAAAUAAACUCUUUCUCCAUCAUUUUCCCAUUUAGAGCCUGUUUUUGUAUUAAUAUAUUAUUCAUUUAGGUCUACAUUUUAAUGAUUUUGUAGGAAACGUUCAAAAUGAUUUAUUUUGAAAAUAUUUUGAUAUUGUCUGAUACAGAUAAUUUUAUAUAUUUGAAUAUUUUGAAAAACAAAAAUCUUUUUUAAAAUGUAAAAAUAUGAAAUUGUUUGGAAUGUUUAUCCCAAAAAUUAAAAUCCAGACCUAUAUUAGUGGAUGAUUUUAGAAUUACAUUGUGCUUGAAAGGGUUAACUAUUUUUGACUGGUAGCCCCAUCGUGAUUUCAAAGCCUCUCUGUGGAAGACGGAAGUUCUGUUCUUAAACUGAUAACUGUUUUCUUUAGUAUUAUUGGCUUAAAGUUUAGCUUUAUAUCUGCGUAAAUUGGGAUUCUGAGGGCUUUUGUUAACUUGUUUAAAAUCCUCGAUCCAUUUUCUUCGGCAUGUUCUUUGGGUCUCCUAGCCUUUCCUGGUGGAUUUAAAAAAAAAAAGUUCUCAUCAGGCCAACCUAUCAAUAGGGUUAGUGUUAUGGACAGGAAACGUUGUCUCAAUCUUUAAGAAGGGGCCUUGAAAGCCCCCAUUGAUACGUAAAUGGGUCCUUAAAAAAGCAGCAAAAAGGCACCCACUGCUCUAAUGUUUUGCCCCAAAACAGCCCUAAGAAAAAAAAGUUCAUUAAACUUUGAUUUAACCCUGUUUUACCAAAGAACUUACAAAAGUGCUUACCGAGCACAAAUGACAUUUGUGUUUCACAAAGUCCAUGUACGAAAUCUCCUCUGAAUAUGUGUGUAUUAUAUUCUCCUAUGUUCUACAAUUUGUGCCAAGGAGGAGAACCAGACAGAAAUCUUAUAGUUGAGUAGAACAGACCUCAGAAGCAAAGGAGGAGGAACAUAAGGGGGUUAGGAUAAGUUCAUCGGAGGCCAGAAGGUGAUUUCAGUAAGAAAUUAAUACAAAAUAUGGUGAAUAAAUUGGACUCCAGGGUUAGCAUGACUUGGCUAAGGCAGGAAGCCAGAUAUCAAGACAUUAUUUUGAUAAAACUACUUGCAACUAAACAAGUGCUUGUACAUUCACCAGAUUAGAGAGGACAGUGUUGUUGUGAAUGCGCAUGUUACAAUACAGCAAUAAAGAAUUCUAGUCUAUAUUUCAUUUUUACUUACAACUUUGGUUUCCAUAACAACCAAAUAAAUGCUCCUUAUGUAAAAAAGGUGUGACACAGAGGUAUGAGUUUCAAGUAAUUGGUGCAAUGUUUUCCGGGCAUGAUCUGUACAUGGGAUUCAAAUUCCCUUGAUUCCCUGCAUGUUCACGAGUAACACACAGUAAAUUUAAAAUGUUCACUUUAUUGAGAAUACUUUUCUUCCUUGUAUUAUCACUCCUUCUGCAAUCUUUAUGUAUGUGGAAAUACUAUUUUAUCAUAUAUGAAUACGUACUAAUUGUGAUUUAACUGCACUCACACUUCUCGGAGCAAUUCUCUGGAUCCCAGAUAUAAAGCGUUAGUCUUAUAUCUAAAAGCUUUGGGUUAGAGCAGAUUAAUAAUGCUCCUACAUAGCUUUUAGCAUAAGAUUUAUUUUAUGUUAAGGAUUUACUGUUUUAGUGACAGAGGAAACCAUUAAUGUCAUACAAAACACUUUUGUAUAAACCUGAAUGUAAAAAGAGGUAUUUAUUUAAUUUUGAGUAAUUCUGUUUAAUAUAAAGUUAAUCGUAUUCGUUUAACUGUAUAAUAUGCUAAUAUUCUGCUGCCUAUUAUCCCAUGAGCCCUUUGGGGGACUUUAUACAGUUGCAAGAAAAAGUAUGUGAACCCUUUGGAAUGAUAUGGAUUUCUGCACAAAUUCAUCAUAAAAUGUGAUCUGAUCAUCAUCUAAGUCACAACAAUAGACAAUCACAAUCUGCUUAAACUAAUAACACACAAAGAAUGAAAUGUUGCCAUGUUUUUAUUGAACACACCAUGUAAACAUUCACAGUGCAGGUGGAAAAAGUAUGUGAACCCUUGGAUUUAAUAACUGGUUGAACCUCCUUUUGUAGCAAUAACUUUAACCAAACGUUUCCUGUAGUUGCAGAUCAGACGUGCACAAGGGUCAGGAGUAAUUCUUGACCAUUCCUCUUUACAGAACUGUUUCAGUUCAGCAAUAUUCUUGGGAUGUCUGGUCUGAAUCGCUUUCUUAAGGUCAUGUCACAGCUUUCACAUUUUAUGACAAAUUUGUGCAGAAAUCCAUAUCAUUCCAAAGGGUUUACAUACUUUUUCUUGCAACUGUAUCUUAUUACAUUUAUUGAACUCAAGACGAUAGAUGACGGAAAUUGUAAUCCAAAUUGGCCUAGAUGCUUUACGAAGACUUUACAUUCAACAAGUGCGUUUCCAAUUGAAUAAAUUAUAUGGAAAUAUUGGCACUUUGAGGUACGCUGUUCUCCUCCUCUGAUAUUGCUGCCCAUAAUGGCAUUUUCUUAAAAAAAAAAAAAAAAAAAUGUGAGCGAACUUUCACAACCUGGACAUCAGGCCUGGUUCAUGGAUUUUAUUUUAACUUUUAAUGAGCUUUUAAUUGGCUAUUCUGAGAAGUUUUUAUUUCCCUUUUCAUAUUAAGCAGUAUUUAUGAUCAUGCUAUUUUUAGGUAGACUUUUAAACAUGAAUCUGAAUUGUUUCACUUAAUAGGCAUAUUAUUACAUAUUAUUGAGAUUUUCCAGGUAUGUGCUCAUUUAAGAGAUAGAUGUUGGAUCAGCGCUUGGAUGAUCAACCUGAAGCUAGGUGUGCUCAUUUAACGCUAUUAUGACAAGGGAUUAGGCAAAUCCAUAUUUAUCAGUCUUCGCAAAGUCAUCUGUCAUUAUUUUAAAUGAACACUCCAAGUACCAUAACCAUAUCACCCUGCUGUAGUGGUUAUGGUGCCUUCCCAGAGUUAUUUGUUAAACUGUUUGACAACUAACCUGCGUCUCACCGGGUGCUUGUGGCCACAGCCUUGUAUCUGGAUUCUCCUGGCAUGAGAAUCUGCCGAACCAAGCAGGUCCCUGCAGGGAUGCGCUGAGUGGCUGAGUGCGCCCACUUUGUGCACCUAACCAGUGAGGGCCAUCCAAUAUUGAGCUUGCCUAACUCCUGCAGGAGAAAGCAGAAUAUGGCAUAGAAGCCUGGGUUCCUGGGUAAGUUGUCAAAGAAUUCUAAAGCAGGAUAUAGUGGUUAUGGUCCUUGGCCUUCCCAGUAGCAGAACUACAGGGAUCGCGAGUGCGACUGAGCCCCUUUUUUUUUGCCUGUCAUGGGGGGCCCAAUAGAGGGGGCAACGAGAUAGCUAAAAUCUUCCUGCUCUUUUUGGUCUUCUAUUGGAGCGCCCUGCGGUGAUGCUGGGAUUUGAUGUCACUUUGCCUCAGAAUAUGCGAAGUAGCAGAACAAAAAUGCAGGUAGAUGACCAUUGGACCCCAGGGAAAGGAUCAACUGCUGCUCUCCCAAACUUGUGAGUGUGUCCGUAUGUGUCUGCCAGUGAAUGUGAGUGUGUGUCUGUAAGUGUAUGUGUCAGGGAGUGUGUGCAAGUCAACGGUAUGUGUAUCUGAGAAUGUCAGUGAGUGGGUGUGUGAGUGUGUGUGUCAAAUCAGAGAGGGGGUGUGUCUGAUUCUGCCAACUACACAAAUUAAUUUCACACUCCUCAAAGCAGCACAACUAGACUCCACACAGAAUCAGGUAACCCCUCUUGCUUAGAGGGAGCAAGGUGGGACAGUAAGGGGCUCCCUCUUUGAUUCUAGCACCGAAGCCCCUAGUUAUGCCUUUAUGACUUCCAUUUACACAUCCCCAGCAUAGAGUGAAGCACUGUACAUGAAACAAUUCGUUUGUACACUGUUUUUUUAGAAACCAUUGCAGGGUAUUUAGUGGUGCAUUCACAGCAGUAAUAAAAUUAGGCUAAAUCACUGAAGUUUGUACGCUACGUUAUUAGUUACUAAUUAGUUAUAUAAUAUAUAUAUUUAUUUAUUUAAUGCAUUAUAUAGCAUAUUGUUGCACAUACCCAAUAUUUGGUGAACCUGUUUACUUCAUGUAGGUAUACAUCUCCUUGGUCUAUAAGUAGAGGUCUGUGAAAAGCUUUUAAAGGGAUAAUAUGCACCAUAAUCCCUGCAGCAUUUUGUGGUGGUUAUGGAUCCAUGGCUAUGGCUUUUUCAGUGCAGUCCCCCUAGAUUCUGUUAAACUUGUUUUGAUAAAAACUCGGGCUGUUUUAGUACCCAAACCUGGUCAUUCUGCUUUUUCAAAGAUAACAAUGAAUUUCACUCGCUUCUCAUCUUCAAAAUGCAUAGAAGCACUGCAUUAAGCUGCAGUGGUUAUGGUGCUUAGAAAGUUCCAUCAAGGAAAUUGUGCUGGAAGUGAGCAACGUGCAGGAAAAUUGCCUGCUCUGCCCUUCUAAUCAAUAGCACGUGCGAUCUGACUAUAUAAUGCAUUAUAUGAAUAAAAGGGACAUUUCGGAAUGUUUUUUGUUACAAUGCACUUUUUAAAACAAUGGUAUAUUUUUGAUUUAGCAUCCGUGUGCCUGGAAAGCUUUUUAAACUCUGCAGACAGUGUGAUGUUAUGAGCCGUGCUCAGCAGAGUAACCUACUCCUAAACGUCAACGGAUGUUGUGACUCAAAUGCAGAAACAGAUCCCAGAUGUGUCGGGUUUAGCAAAUUUGAUUCAGACGUACAGUAGUGGAAAAUGUUAUUCAAUAACUUUUGGAAAUGGAUCAGUAGAAAACGGAUGAAGGUAGAAAAAAAAAUCUAAUGUUACUAAGCUACUGUCCAUUCUUUUUGAGUCAAACGACUUUGCAGAACAUUGUUCAGAUUUUGGUGGAAGCAAGGCUUAUCGUUUCCUGUUCAGGAUAUAGAGAUGAGCUAUGGACUCAGGAUAGUGAGCUGUUCUAUGUUUAUUCAUUGCAACCCUGCCCUUUCAGGCUUUUGUAACCCUUCCUUUAUUCGUUCUAAUUAACUGUGAAUAAGAGACACAGCUACCCACACCCAGUUACCCUCCCAGCCAUUUCUUCCUAGGCAGUAUAUGCCAACUUUACAAUAAGGUGCCCAUUAUUUAAGAUCAUGAGUCGAUGCAACCCACUAUUGAUUGGUUUCUUCCACAUCCACAUUGCCCCUUUCUAGAUAUUAAUGAACACUACUGGGGUUUUCUUACUUACACACUGCUUUUCUCACGUAUCAACCUCUUUUUCCAGCCCAUACAUUGGCUUUCAUAUUCACUAAAGUGAGAAUUCCAAAUAAACUCAAAGUGAAUUUAAAAUCAAAAUAGCGGAAAUUGAGGGGAUGGGGGAGGAAAGAGAAAACAGAAGUCAACUAUGUGUUUCAGUGUGGCUACUGUUGCCUUAAAUUUCAAAUUUACUUUGGAUCUACUUAGAAUACCCAUUUAAUUCAAUAACCUACCUAUGCUGAAACCUUGUAUCCACUGACAAACCUCCCUGAUUUUUGUUUCAAAGCUUGAUGCCCAUUCAUGCUCUCUUUAAGAAAAACGUUUAUUAGAACGAAGUAGAAAUAUGGCAACUGCCGGUUUCUUAUCUAAAGUAUCCACUUGUCCCAAUCUCUCUAUUCCACGAGGCUCCCUGCAUGGCACUCAGGACCGUCUUUAACGGGGAGGCUGCCCAGUGUCCUUUUACUUCUAGGGGGCCCAAGGCAGCUGCCCCGCGGGCCCCGAUGCCCUCGACAACUUUCUCCCACCCAUGGGCCCCCGGUGCAUCCUGGGGAAGCACACUAAGGAGGCCCACCGGAUGGAAGACUCAACUUGAUGGACACAAGUCUCUUUUCAGCUAUGUAACUAUGUAUGAUGUAGUUAGAUCCUAGUUUUGUAUAUUUACUCAUCUGAAUUAAAUGUACAUAUUGCUUUCAAAGCACCACUCCUGACAGGUGAGUGAUUGUGCAUCUACAAAUUACUAGUUGUAAUUAUUUAAAUUAUCUUUAAGUUUGCAAAUAUGUCAACAACUACCACUGGUGGACAGCACGUACCAAUACAGAACCCAAUAAAUUAAAUAGGGGUUCUAUUCACAAGUCUUAAUUGUAGCUAAUUGAAAACAAGAUUUGGACAAUUUUUAGGUUAAAAGAUUUCCACUUGGAGUUGGAGAAUUUUUCUAAAUUUGCUAUCGUAUUUUAAAUUUGGAAUUUUGAUUAUUAGUUCACUAUAGUUCGAUGUAUAGGAAUAAGUACAAGAGCACUGUGGUUAAAUUGGAAAACAGAUUUGCAAGGCUUUGGCCAAAAUAGCUAAGUGGGUGAUCCAUUAGUGUGUCCAAUUCAAAGUUUAGUAUUAAAUAGCCAAACUAAAACCUCAAGUAUAUUGGAGAAUUUGACCAAUUUGGUGAUUUUUAUUUCGUUUUUUUUCUUAUUUCACUUCUCAGUACUUUACUGGUCUGUGGGGUGGGAGGGGGGUUCUGUCAGAAGGUGAUUAAUAAACUUACAAAAGACUGAAUGAAUGAUCAUGAUAUUAAAAAUUGCUGAACGGUACAACAUAUAUUCAUCAGCAACCAUCUGUUACUGAUAAUGGUAAAGAAAGAUAUAGGGCGGGUCUUUUCGAUUUUCUGUUGGAGUUUUGAAUUACAUUUGGCUCCAGAAUAUUGGUGCUUUCAGCUGUGAACUUUGGCCAUACAUGAUGUCAUUGGGGAUGUUACUUACUCUUGCAGAUUAUGCAUUUUUGAUAACGUGUCAUCAGACUGUUCUGUGAUAAGUAUCUUUGAUAAAAGUUAACCAUUGCUGAACCAGAUGGAGUACUCCUGGUGGAUUAACUCUUUUUGUACAUUUCUCUGAGCAAAUCUGUUCAUUUUCCAGAUUGCAUUGUAUUGUCUUUAGAACAGCUAUAGAUGCUUUGUUAAUAACGUUUUCACGUGUCAAUGAAAGCUCUUCUAAUGAUGCACUGUGCACCUUGGUCGUGCCAGGAAUGAAGUGGAUUAUAAUACUGUUCGUGAAAUCUUUAAUACACAUUUACAAGAAAACCGCAUUACUCGAAAAAAGGUUAACAUAACACAGGGCUUGACAAAUCCUAGGUGCCAGGUCACCUGAGAUUUGUGAGCCCGUUCAUCCACCCGAGGUGACUGGCUGCCUGAGAUUGGAGGUGGGCAGGUAUCUCAUGGAGAGCAAAGGAAAGGCGGGCGGCUGACUGAGUGCGGAGGCACUCCAGUGAUGCCGGGAGCCAGAAUAUGACUAAACUCCCGACUUGGCAUUGCUAAUCAGCGUGAGAGGGAGCAGAGCAGGAUGAUGAGAGCCCCAGGGAAAGGAUCCACUCCAGCUCUCCCAAAGGUAGGGAGGCUGGGUGGACAAAUUUAAACAAAACACAUGAUGUGUGAGUGAAUGUGAAAGUGUGUGUGUAUCAAAUCAGUGUGUCUGUCAGUGAAUGUGUCUGUUAAGGUGACCUACCCCCUCCAAUCACAUGGGAAAGGUAUUUUUACUCCCCUUUUUUCCUACGCCGUGCUGGUCUUGUCGCGGCUGGCCCCACCUUCAUGGCUAAGAUCAUCAAUCUUGAUAAACUCACCCAAUGCAAUGCACCCCCGUAGGAAGGCAAUGGGAGGCUCUUGCGCAUGUGUGUUAAAACGCCACGCUGCACCAAUCAACAUCUCUUCAUAGAGAUACAUUGAAUCAGUGGGAGCUGUAACAUGCAGCACUGACUGUGGAAGCACCUCUAGUGGCCGUCUGAAUUACUGUCACUAGAGGUGUUACUAGACCGCAAUGUAAACACUGACCUUUUGUCUGAAAAGGCAAUGUUUACAUUAAAAAGCCUACAGGGAUGGGCUACAGACUUCAGAACAACUACAUUAAGCUGUAGGGGUUCUGGUGACUAUAGGGUCCAUUUAAGAAUCAUGUUUUUGACUUUAAAAAAACCUGGCUCUUAAAUUUCUUGGCUGGCUCCUAGAUUCCAAGCAAAUUUGUUAAGCCCUGACAAAACAUAAGCUAUAGAUGACUUUAAAUGUUUUAAUCAGUGGUACAUUUUUCAGAGAAGUGACAGUUCCACUUUAAGUGUUUUUCUUGUAACCCACCGUGCGCAUGAAUAGUGCAUUUGUUUUGUCUUUUUCCAAGAUGUGCUCCGUAGUAAAGAUUUGUCUUUUACAUAAAUGACAUACAUAUCGACCUACCUACAUCAUCAUAUUUUGCCCUUUCCCAUCCCAAUCCCUAUUGUUUUUACACAGCCAGCAAUCUCCAAAACGACGUUAUUUAAUGUACACAAGUAUGUAUGAAAGGGGAGUUAAAAAUAUAAAUAUACAUUCCUUCUCCUCUCUCACUCUAUAUUUCAACAUGAUAUCAUUUAAAAAUAUUCACAGGUGUGUGGAUUGGAUACAUAAACGAGUCUCACGACAAUUUUGUGUUUACUGAUCUUGGCGCAUUGGCCAAUACAAUUGUCAUUAAAAAUUCACAAUUUUAUAUGUUCUCAUCUUGAAACCAUAUAAACUAAAUAAUACUGCAAUUUUCACAACCCAACCCUCCACUUAGUAAACACAAUCAUAAGCGUGAUUAUAGACAAACUGUAACUAGUGAAGUGUUCACCUUGAAAUGUCUAAUUUGUGGAGCAAUGUCUUCACUGUCAUUUUUUUUUUUUAACACAAUCAAAAAAUUAAAUAAAUCCAUGUUUCCAUAGAGUGACUAUUCCACUCGGCUGCAAACCUACUGGAUAUGUUUCAAGGAUGAGUGUAACCGCACCUUAAAGACGAGGCCUAAAAAUCUGCUUUUAGAUUGAAAGCCUCAAAGCGAAACAACAUCACGGUUUGUAAUUACAGGGAGCGAAUCAUGUUACAGGCAGAGAGAUGAGAAGGAGUCUUAAAACAAAGGGAUGUAUAAUUUGUGUCAGGCAUAUAACCACAAUUAAAAACAUAUUUCAGUUGCAAUUUCUCCCAAGGCCAGUCCACAAAUUGCCUUUGUUUUCUCUUCAAAAUCCAUUAGGGACGAUUUACUCUUUAUUUACCAAAUGACAAUUUGUGGUGAAAUGAAAACUGAAUUGGCAACAUGUAAGACUAGCAUAGUGAAGUUGGCAAAAUUCCAAGAUUGGGCAUCGUACACUAAACUGUGCAAAUGGGUUUGGUUUGUUUUUGUGAUGAGGUCAGGCAGUGUAUGAACAAUGUAAUAUGUAGAAUUCUUAUACUAGUUUGGAAUUAAUCAUGGAAACCAUGCCACAAUUAAUUAUUUGACAUAAUUUCAUAUUCCAAAUGAAUUCUGGUAAAAGCUCUCAUGUGCUGCCGUACACCGUGAAUAACGCGCAUGUAAGUGCUGCCCAGCUGUUAGUAGCAUUUGCCUGCUUUCAGAAAGAAUUAAUUCUUCCCCCAUGGGAUAUCUAGAAACCACUUGCUUAGUACCUUUUGAGCUGUGAUCUAGUCCAUUUGAGGAGUAUAUGGGUUUCACAAUGUGCAUGGCAGCAGUUUCUACUCCUUUUGACAGAAUGCAAAAAUCUUGCAAACAAUAAAACCAUUUACCAACCCAACCGAGAGGUGAUUUUGUACUACGCUACCCUUCCUGGAAAUCCAAGUCAGAUUAAGGUUGCCCAGAGCCCUAAAUAGAGUACCAGACUGGGCCACCCUCCAAGAGCUUUUGGCUUUGUUUCUGUGACUGGUUUGUGCAUAGUGGCUGAGUGGUGUGUGUGGGGGGGUGAGAGCUGUGUGUGUGUGGGGGGGGCUAAGUAUUUCUAGCAUUAUGUAUCUGUGUAUGAGAGGGAGAGAGAGCAUUUCUGACCGAGUGUGUCUCCGGCAUUGUGUAUCUGUGUAUGAGAGGGAGAGAGAGCAAUUUGUAUAAGGGAUGUAGUGUGUUUAUAGGGGACGCAGUGUGUGUUUGCGUGUAAGGAAUGCAUUGUAUGUUUCUGUGUGUGUAAGGGGUGCAAGGUGUGUUUCUGUGUAUGUAAUUGAAUGCAGUAUGUGUCUGUAAGGGGUGCAUUGAUUGUGUAAGAGAUGCAUUUUGUUUCUGUGUGAAUGAGUGUUUGUGUGAACGUAAGGGAUGCAUUGUGUGUUUCGGGUGUGUCUGUGUGUGAGUAGGAAUGCAUUGUAUGUUUCUGUGUGUGUGUGUGUGUAGGGGGGGGAAUGCAUUGUGUUUGUGUUUGUGUAAAAGAGAGGGUUUGUGGGGUAGGAUAGGGACUGAGAGGGGAACAGCUCAUUAUUUUUUUUUAAAAUUUUCAUAGUGCUCUCCCCUCCUGUCAAUUAUUGAUUUUCCCUUCCCUCCUGUCCCUCCAUGUUCUACCCCUUCUGUCCCUUAGUGCUCUCCCUUGGCCCCCGGUCCCUCUGCAGUCCCCCCUUGGUGGUCUUCUCACUCCCCCCUCUCUCCCUUAGUGGUCCUCCAUCCCUUCCCUUAGUGGUCCUCCCUCUCCCAUUAGGGGAGGGGGGGAGUAAGGACCAUUAGGGGAUGGGGGGACUCAGUGAGCACUUCCUGUCAUUCCGCUGGCGGCCGGGUACAGGAAACAGAGGUUCCUGUCCCGCGUUCCGCGCCACCCGGCCACGCUACAUUGAGAGACCGGCAGGAGGGAGCGCUCUGCGCCUCCCUCCUGCCGGUCACAAACCUGGCCGCCCUCCACACAGCAAUGCCGCGCCGCCUUGGGCUUGCUAAAGCGCUCAGGCGGUGCAGCAUGAGGAGCCGCCGGGCGCAGGGAUCCGGCGCCCCCUGCUAAGUUGCGCCCUAGGCGGCUGCCUAGGUCGCCUUACAGGUGGCGCCGGCCCUGUGUGUAUGAGAGGGAGAGAGAGCAUUUCUGACAGUGUGUCUCUGGCAUUGUGUGUCUGUGUAUGAGAGGGAGAGAGAGCAUUUCUGACAGUGUGUCUCUGGCAUUGUGUGUCUGUGUAUGAGAGGGAGAGAGAGCAUUUCUGACAGUGUGUGACUCUUGCAUUGUGUGUCUGUGUAUGAGAGGGAGAGAGAGCAUUUCUGACAGUGUGUGACUCUUGCAUUGUGUGUCUGUGUAUGAGAGGGUGAGAGAGCAUUUCUGACCAAGUGUGUCUUUGACAUUGUGUAACUGUGUCUGAGGGAGAGAGAGGAAGAGUGAGAAUCUCUGACAGUGUGUGUCUCUGGCAUUGUGUUCCUGUGUAUGUGCCUGAGCAUCCUUGGAUGUGAAUGUGUGUCUGUAUCUGGAAGUGUGUGUGUGUGUGUGUGUGUGUGUGUGUGUGCUUGUCAAGUAGUUCCUUACAUUGUAUUGUAGAGGAGCUGCUUGUGGUCUUUGUGUGUUGUGUUUAUGGGGCGGUUGUGUUCAUCUUUGUGAGACUACUGUCUAUGAUGGUGACUGUGGCAGGGUGAGGAAGGUGAGUGUGAAAUAGUGAGGGGGUAUGUGUGACAGAGUUUGAGGCAAGUAUAUUAGAAUGAGGGGGUGAAAGUGAAUGUAUGUUGGGAGGCAGCCGCGGUGUUCCACGUAGUCUUCUCACAUAGCAAUGCCACAUAGUUAUCCUGCCAGUGUUUGUUAAACUGCUCAAUAAGCAACCCUUUUCAACAGCUCUGCUAAUUUCAAAACAAAAACAAUAACCUGUGAUUUGCCCUCCUUAGCAGAGAUCUAAACACACCACACCCUGCAAUGCUAUUUGCACUACACUGCAAUUUAUUAAUUGGCUUUUGGCAAAUUCAAACAAGCCCAACCCUUCCCUUCUGUCUGCAACAUUAAUAGUGCCAUUUAGAAGCUAAAUAACACCCUCAGUAUUUAAAACAUCUACUACAUGAAUACUAAAAGCACACGUGCCGUUUAUAAAAAAAAAUCAUAAUUUCCUAAAAUAUAACCUUAUCUUGCACACCCAAUUUAUUCGUAUUGCUAAAAUGUGCAUAUAUGUAGCCUUAAGCUUCCGAAUACAUAUAGGCUUACAUAAUAUAUAUAUAGACCUGUGUAGCUCUCAGGAUUUAGUAGAGUUUAAUACCACCCAAGUGUCCCGGAUUUGGUCAGAAAGUCAUCCAUGUAUCAUAAACAUUGUAUGUGUUCCUGGCUCAAUUCAUUUCUCAUUUCCAGAUCUCUCCAUGACCCUUCUCAGUAUGGAUUCUGUAUACUGAAUUAACCAAAGUGACCAAUGAUUUUAUUAGUACUCAUUACAAAGGUCACUGAUCUCAACUAAUUUAUUGUUUUCUUUAUUUUUUUUAAACUUUUUUUUUGCUGCUUACCUUUCCCCUUUGAAAUAUAUAUUUAUGCAGUUUUUUUAAUAUUAAUUUAUAUAUAGUUCUACCUUUCUAUACUCCUAUCUCUUACCUCUUGAAUUAUCACGUAUUGCCUCUUCUCUGUCUCUAACUGGAUUUAGUUCCCUUUUCUGAAGCACAAUUUAAAAACCAAAGAAAACCAUUGAUUCUUGCUGCUAACCCCAACCUUAAGGUAAUUGGUGAAACCAUCAUCCUCACCCUUUGUUCUAGUUGCCAUAAUUUACAGUGCCCUUUCCUUAAUCCAUAUCCAGUCCAUAUCCAAAUCCUGCAACCUUCAUCUUAAACAUGUAGCUCCCAUUCAUCCAUUUAAAAUACGAGAUGCAUGGACAACUACUAUUUUCCAACUCGAUUUCUGCCACACACUGUAGAGCAGUCUUUCUACUGCCACACAUCACUCGAUUCACCAUUAAAGUGUAAGCUCAUUUUCAACAUCAAGACGUUGAAGUGGCAGGUGACCUUUAAUGGCCCUUGGAGUGAAACGUCUAAACCUCCAGUUAUGUAAAUGUGCAUAGGGAUUUGGGAUAGUGCGCAGGUAAAUCAUUUUUUUUUCUUUUGCACAACGUUUCUUAAUUGGCAAUUUCCUCCGUCAAACAAUCUGUGUCCUUUUGUCAAUCCUUAUUUUGGCAUCUUGCAUAAUAUAGGAUUCAACCUUACUCUCGCCGAGAAUUCAUUCGGCAGCUAUGCCAACACAUUAUUACAUAUCCGCCUUAAUCAAAAAGUAUUACAAAUUCAGAUGCGCCUUUACUUGUCUUCCUUUCAGACCUAUAACACUUAUACAGGAUAACUCUCAGAUUGCUAUUUUUUUCACGGUUUCCUGUAUUUUAUAAAAUGCCUUAAAACCCACUCAUUUAUAGGAGCAUGUCAAGAAACCGAUUAUUUACAUAUUGCAAUCUUACACUAUCUUUCAUCAUGCGUCUGUUCUUCCCAUUGUCUUCCCAAACACUAUUAAUCCUACCUAUUCUAUAGAUACCGUGUAUGUCUUGUCGAGUAUGUAAAUAAUGCAUAUAGUUAGCUACAGACUGCACAUGUAGCAAUGUAUCUUAUUUUCUGGAUACAUUACAUACUUACCUAUUCUGUAAUUAUAACUCACUUCCUUUUGGGUGUGAGUUUGUUUGGAUGGAUACCUCAUCAUCUCUUGAUCCUGUAUUAUAAAAUCAAGAGUGCGCAAACAUUUAGUAACCAUAUUCUCAAUCAAUGGUUAGAAUUCUAGUCUUAUACAACAGCAGCUGAGCACACAAAGAGUAUCCCCAAAUUCUUGUGGUUAAAAUUUAUACGAAAAAAGUGCCAGCGCUAGCUAUUUUUUUUGUAUCUCUUGAUCCUGGUUGCCUAAGAUUUUUAUCAUUUGGUAUGAUUUGUUUAUCAAUGAAACAGUGCCGCAGAAUAUUUUAUAUCUUUUAUAAAAACCAGUAGUAAUGAUAUAGUAAGCCGUAUACGUGGAUGCUGUUGGAAUCAAAUCCACUGCCCUUCCAAGUCAAGAUGGAGGGGGCGACUCUUAUUGGAAAUCCUGUAUCUGAGUAAGACUUUGGUUUCCAUAGAGACCUCAAGUGGUACCCAGGUUGGUUCUACAUCCAGAAUUGCUGGGAACUCCUCUCUGCAUCAGCCACUACCCCAGUUUCAACAUUGCUCCUUUACCCGAUUUCUAAACCCUCUUUCUGUGUUAUGUUAUUUUGCUGCAGCAUUCACACAGUCAGAAGCUAAACCGUAAAACCACUGCAUCAUUCAUGUCCUUGUAUUGAAUUAUUGAAAGCAAAGAAGUUCCAGAGUAAAUGCUAAGCCUGGUCUCAUACAAGAUAGAAUAUGUAGGGAACUGCACUCACUACCAUCAGUCUGAGCCAGGGUGCUUUUGCUGUACCAGGAACCAGGCACCAAAUUCCAAAUAUUGUAAAGAAAAUAGAGGUCCUGGCACUCAUUGGUUCAAAAAAAUAGGCACUUUAAUGGAACCACAGCAACGUUUCGACCAAAAAGUCUUUGUCACGCUUGAUAAAGACCUUUUGGUCGAAACGUUGCUGUGGUUCCAUUAAAGUGCCUAUUUUUUUUUUAACCAAGGAGUGCAUGGACCUCUAUUUUUUUUUUUGGGUCUCAUACAAGGGCAUGCCACUGUCCAUUAACUCAUGUGUGCUUAACAAAUAGAUUGCUACUUAUAAUAUGAAGUCUUAGUCGUGGCUCGUUUAUAGGUCACAAGACGUCUCUCUCUUUAUUGGUGUGUAUUGUGAAGUGAAUCAAGCUUUGACGUGCAUGUAAUCAUGACAUGCUAAUCCUCGGAAUAAUGAUAUAUUAUUGUAAUAAUAUGCAGCAGGCACACAGCAUACCAGAUAUCUUAGGAAUUAAAUGUGCUGUCUAUUUCUAAACCUGGCUGACGCCCCACUAAAGGCGUGCUUUUGUUUUUAAUUUUUCAUCCUGCAAUGAUUUCUAGAACAUGUUAAUUGCCCAGGGUGUUCCUAAUCUUAAUAUUCAGUUGGUUCUGGGCAGCCCGACACACACGUACAAAUAAUUGAAUCAUCAAUAAGAAUAGAGUCUACAAUCCUGGAAACUAAAAAUCUGUUGGAAGACAUUUUGGUAUGGGAACGUUGAAUCUAAAUGGAAGAUAAGUGGUUGAAUGAGGAAGUUAAAGGUUAGUGAAUGGCAGGAUUGAGAAUUUUGUGUCUGUAAGAAGCAAUUGGAAGAUAUUUGAAUAGUCUUGGCCAUCAGUCUUGUGGUUACUGGAACUUCUGCAUAGUACAAAGAAACGAUUGUUUGUCAGUUACCAUGGAAACCAAUGAAAUGUUCUUAUUGAUUGUUCCACAUUUAGAACUUUGCAUGUUGUUGUUGUUCUUUUGCAGUGAUAUCUCCAAUUAUGUUGAUUAAUGUUAAUGUGCUCAGUUUGAUACAUUUAUUGGAUGUUAAUAACGACAUUUAUUUUUAAAUACGGCGUUUAGCAGAAUCAGGGCAUCCCUUUGUAUCUUAUUAAAUAUUUGUGUUUUCAUAAUUUACUGAUACAGUGAAGUGAACUGGUUUAAAUGCUGUUUGUUCUUAUACAUGUUUGUUUCAGUGUACUGUGACUCAAUUAUUCAUUGUCUGAGCUACUGGAAAGAUGUUGGUAAACAAAAGUUGUUGUAAAAGGAAUCCCCUAAAAGUUGUUAUUGGUUUUGUCAAUAAAGUGUUCAAACUGUGAAACAUUUCUUCUAUUAAUUUAAAUAAUAUUUAUUUACUUAAGACUCAUUCUGUGUGUGAAUGUAAUAAAGCUGUUGGUAUAAAAGACCUAUAGAAUGAUUUCUAAAGGAAAAUUUCACAUAUUAAACCCCUGUAUUAGUAAGCCUGUAUUGGCUAAAAAUGACCUUGGUUUGUUUUAAGAACAUAUACAGGUGUGCAAGCUUUAUCCCUAUAUUAAUCACAUGUAUUUGUGAGGUGGGAAAAAUAGAUUUAAAGGCAGAAACCCAAACAUCUUUAUACUGCCAGUGGAAUCCUCCAUGUUGGUUCCCUGUCCUUUAACCCCGUAAGGACCAAACUUCUGGAAUAAAAGGGAAUCAUGACAGUCGUAUAUAAAGUACAUGUCGCAAUGUUGUAUUUUAAUGCAAGAAUAGAAUGAAGCUUGGCCACUUGUAGGCAGAUGUCAGCAUAGAGUAUAUGGUAGUGGUUCCCAAACCCCUUCCAGUCCAGGAGUUAGAGAUUACCCAGUUGUGUCUAAGAUGUUUUUAGAAAAAGAAAAAAAGAACAUAAAAAGAACAUAAAAUCCUGCAUUACAUCUGACAUUGUAAUAGCUCUUUCUCUGGAAAAUCCCAAACAGAUGAAGAACUAAAUGAUUGUCUUUGUUGAGCCUCUAUCAAGGCCGCAAUCAGACCUUUCCGGUCAGCGAGAGAUUGCAGUUUAUCCAUUGUACUGCAGAUAUAAACAUAGCUUCCUACUGUUUGAGUUGCCAGCAUUUUAUCAGUUGGAGAACAGAGAGAAUGCUGUAACUUUGAAAAAUUCUUUAUUGAAUGUAUAGAGCAAGAUGAUUUGAUGUCGAAUGCUUGAGCUGUGAUGUAAUACCCUGGACUAAUGAAGACAAAACUCAACCUCUCCUGCCCAUGGUUACCAGUUCAGAAACUGGUUCUUUGGGGGCGGGGGGGGAAGAGGGACAGGGCGAUGUAUAUAAAGUACAUGUCGCAAUGUUGUAUUUUAAUUAAAGCAUACAUGUAAUAGGUACCCCUAAACCUAGCCAGAUGCUGCAAAGAGGAUUCCCCAGGAUUCUGAUCAUCUGGCAGGCUGGGUAUCACGUUGUCCACAGUAGCUGCAAUGCGAAAGCUCGCCAUCACUAUUAAAAGUUGCUGUUCUGAUAAUAGUAUAAUGUUCAGUAAUGGAAACUCUUUGUUUAGAGCGCGAUUUAGCUCUUGUUUUAUUACAGACAAAUGUAUGCACAUUUUUAGACAUCUGUACAAAGUUACCAGUAUGACAGCACUGUACAUGUCGGUUCAUACAUGAACUUACAAGUUCCGAAAGAGGAACAAUCGCUAUGGGAACCAGUACAAUGUUUGUGAUAAUUCCAUGUGUUUCCACUGAGUGACACUCUUGCAAAUCUUCCAUCAUGACCACAGCACAGUAAAGCAGGGGCAGGCAGCAUUUGGCACUCCAGAUACUCUUUGGUACUUUGCUGCCAAUAUUGCUGUACAAGCAUUAUGUGAGAUGUAGUCCACAACAGCUGGAGUGCUAAAGGUUAAAGUGUCAUUCUAAGUACAAUAACAAUCUUUGCUCAUUGCAUCCUCCUUACACACAUUGCAAUCUGCAAAUAUCAUGCUGUACCCUUAGUGAUGUAAAUCAUGGGAAGAAUUUUAGUUUUUUGGCAUAUUCUAGAGAAAUGGAUGCACGGCUGUGAUCACAAACUUUUGAAUGGGUCUCUGAAUAAACUGACAGCAAUCACAGAGUAAAGUCUAUCAGCAGUUCCACUUUUCAGAUCUAAUGAGUGGAACAGCAGCUGGAGGCUGAACCACAUAUCCCAUAAACCCUUGCUGGACAAGGAUUUAUCAGAUAAGAAAACCUAUAGAUCAGAAUAGGAGGCUCUUGAUUGAUGCCUUUUCCUGGUAUUGGAGAGGUAUAUCUGCCACUGAAUCUUACUGCUGCAGCAUUAUUAAAGGUAUCCAAUUCUUCUUUUCUACGCUACAUAUAUUGAUUGCGUUAAACAAUGACAUGUCCACGUUUCCUGACCUGACGAAUUUACCAGCUCUGCUAUUUUGACCUCCAAUUUGAAAUUCACUUUAAAUUCUCCAGAAUGCAUGCUUUAGUGGAUAACCCUGUUAUAUUAUCAUGACAGUAAUUUGAAUUAUCCAGAAUGUGCCAGAUUGGCUCUUGCGAUGAAGCUACGAUCCAAUAUUGUACACUAGUUUGGGUGAUGUCACUUGUGAACCAAACCCAGAAUGCUUUAUAAGGGAAUCUCAAAUUCUGAACGCUACACUACAUGUCAUUCUUUUUACUAAUAUUUAUAUUUGACUGGCACCACUUAAAGCCAUGUCUGACAGCUAAAGCUUCAAAGAUUUUGUCGUCGUCCCCCUUAUUAAAUCUAUUGAACUGAAUAUUUAAAAAAAAUAAAAAAAUAACUAGAGUUGAAACAGACAUGAUUAAAUCACUCCACUGGGUUAAAAAAAUGGCAGGGUACUUACCCAUAAAUUCAACUUGCAAAAUAUAUAGGUGUAUUUUGCACAUUUACAGGAAGGUACCGUUAACCCUUUGCUUGGCAUUGCUUUUGAUUGCAUUUCACUUAACAUUUUUAUUCCACUCAGUUGGAAAGAUUUUCAGCGGUUCUCACGUAAUAGGGCUUGAGGAAGGAGGGUAAAACCUUCUAAAUUCAGCCAAAGUAAAGACAGAAUCUGCUUCAUUGAGAAACAAUCACAGCUGCAGGAAAAGUAAUUUUUGUUUUAGGGUUACGAGGUUGGCACAAGUCAUGCUGCUGGCAAAGAUACCACUUUUUCUUUCUAUAUUCUAAAUCAUAUGGUCAUUUGUUUAUUUUCCUGCUCUAUGGAAAGAGUGCGUGUUGUGCUGUCACCUGUUAGAUAUCCAGAAAUGUUACUGUGAAUUAUUCCAAUGAGUAAGAAAUAGAACUGUUUAUUUUUUGUGUGCUAUUUUCUAUGGUGAUCACUAUUCACCUAGUUAUAGAAAAGGCACAAAUGAUAUAUACAUAGUUAAGCCACCUGGAUUCAGUUACGUGACAUAUGAAAGUCAUACGGUUUAAUUUACAUCCAUACAUGACCUGACUGAGGUUUUCUUAGGAUAAGAUUAGAAAUCACCUACUUCACUGUUUUCCCAAAAAUUGACAAAAAAUCUAGGAAACAUGCAAGCAAUUAUCAUUUAUCAUUAUUCCGUCUCUUUUAUUCUUAUCAUCUACAACUCGCGGGACUGAGGUUUGGAAUAGAAUUGAGAUUUGAAAUAGAGCUUAGAGGUCAAUGAAUAUUGUAUUUUAAGAAUUACAAAACAGUUGUAAGUAAACACCAUUAGGUAUAGACUCUCGUAAAAAUGUUAAUCAUUUUACAAUAAUUGUACUGGCUUGAAAAACAUUCUGCUAUCGGUGUAGGGAGAGGUGAUAGGGUGAUCAAUAAUAGAAAGGGAUGAUUUUGAAAGAUGGUGGAAUAGACUCCAGUUAAAUCUAUUUGUCAUUCAUUUAUUAAAGGAUUCUUGUCAUGCUUCUUUUCAGUAGAAAUGGAUUCCUCAUGCGAUUCCAUCUAUACAUGGUGAUUUCAAAAUCGCUAGCACAUGUAUAGAUUCCUUGGAGCCAUUACUUAGGCUCCUGAGUGUGUGAGUACACAUCUACAUACUUACUUACUUUUGGAAUUUUAAACUCUAGAUACUACACCAUAUUAUUUUAUUCUGUUCUCCUUUUAUAUACUCACAAGACUCUACCACAACAAGAAAUACUCAAUUACAGAACAAUUUGCCACAAUAUAUCCCUAGGCGGAGGAUCAUAACACCCAGUCACUUAAGUCAGAGCUGGAUUACAGCUCCCAGUGCACAUCUUAUUACUUUUAUUCCUCACCAGUAUAUGUACACUUACUACACAAUUAGUUCCCGUAUAAUCUCUUCUUGUCGGUGCAUAUACCUUUUAAGGACUACUCAGGCGGUACAGAAACCCUUCUGUUUUAUAAUAAAAUGUGCUUUUCCUUGGCAGACGGACUAUUGGCAUAGACCAGUGUUUCCCAAACCAGUCCUCACGGCAUCCCUACCAGUCCAUGAUUUAUGGAUUGCCCACUUGUCUGUUUUUGUUUUUUUCUAAAAACACCUUAGACACAACUGGGUAAUCUCUAACUCCUGGACUGGAAGGGGUUUGGGAACCACUGCCAUAUACUCUAUGCUGACACCUGCCUACAAGUGGCCAAGCUUCAUUCUAUUCUUGCAUGCAUAAUUGUUUUGUGGCCCAUGUAGAUCAUAAGGGUCCUCAGCUGGAGCAGUGCUUAUUGUGGUGCUGGAACUGCGUGGGAAGGAAUUGAGUAUUCCUAAAAACCUGAAGCUUCAUAGACGGUAAAUAAAACAACCUAAACACUAUUUUCUACCAUUUAAUUUACUUUAGUGAACAACUGGUUCACUUUAAAUUCUAAGCCAUAUCUUUCAAGUGUUUUGGUAUGCAAGCACAGUUAGAAAAAUCUCAAUCUUCUCACUUUAAGACUUCAUGUAUAAGCAUUUUAUAACUUGUUUUAUCAGGAAAGAUUGAUGAAGAAAUCUCUCAUUUUAAGGAUUUUAAGAAAUCUCUCAUUUUAAGGAUAUCCCAGAGAUGUGUAAAUGCUUGUGUCUUCCACCCAUCACAUCCUAAUUGAAUACAUUCCUCAUGGGGGUAGAAACAUGUUGCCAAAGUUUGAAGAUGUUGUGAUUUUUGCAGUGAUCUGCAUCAAAAAGAAAAAGGAAGUUACCACCUGAAAUUUCUCAUGUAUGUUCCAAUGACCUUGGCUCCUAAAAAGAAAAAGCAGAAGACAACAUGGUUGAAAUAGGGAUAGUAAGUUGAUUAUUCCAGCCAAUCAGGAGUGUAGGACAGCUCCAUCAACUCCCAGACCCUCUGCAAAUUUAGGCUAAUUCGCCUUCUUACAAUAUAAUUUGGAAGACCACUUACACUAAAUUUGCCCGUGUUGGUGAGAAGGCAUUGCUGCUAUAGCAGCCAGUUUAUUGUUCUCUGGUGAAUAAAAUAUGCCUUUGUCAACCAUGGAAGACUCUAGGAAAUGUUAUGGAGACCCAAGCAUAGUUGGAAACUUUCUGAGUUUCUUUCAAAACCCCAGGAGGUUUGUACAAGUAUUGCUAGUGCAGAAAACCACAGUGGAAACCAAUAGUCUACGCCAUUAAAAUGUUAAUUGGUCCACUUCUAGAGUUUAUUCCUCCGUUGCUGUAAGGGCCGUCCAAUAUACUUGUAGCACAUUUUAUGAUGAACGCCUGUUUUUACGUAUGUAAAAUCCUAGAACUGCACAGUUUGUAAGGGUAUUUAAUGCCACGAUACGGACUUGAAUGAUUAAAAGUUUCCAUAGAAUGCAGCAAAUAGGAAUGAAAUAUGGGCGAUUAUCCAUUUAGCUUUUAAAAAAAAUAUAUAUAUAUAUUAUUAAAUGGAGGAAAUCACCACUGGAUGUUUAUUAAUUAAUGUGCUAUUGCUAAUGCAAUUUGUGUUCUAAAAUUCUGAUACGGCUGGUACAAUCUGCUGGUCUUUAAUUAUAGAGCCCAAAAUAUUUAGCUUUUUGCUGUGACACGUUUAAAGGGACACUAUAGUCACCUGAACAACUUUAGCUUAAUGAAGCAGUUUUGGUGUAUAGAACAUGCCCCUGCAGCCUCACUGCACAAUCCUCUGCCAUUUAGGAGUUAAAUCCCUUUGUUUAUGAACCCUAGUCACACCUCCCUGCAUGUGACUUGCACAGCCUUCCAUAAACACUUCCUGUAAAGAGAGCCCUAUUUAGGCUUUCUUUAUUGCAAGUUCUGUUUAAUUAAGAUUUUCUUAUCCCCUGCUAUGUUAAUAGCUUGCUAGACCCUGCAAGAGCCUCCUGUAUGUGAUUAAAGUUCAAUUUAGAGAUUGAGAUACAAUUAUUUAAGGUAAAUUACAUCUGUUUGAAAGUGAAACCAGUUUUUUUUUCAUGCAGGCUCUGUCAAUCAUAGCCAGGGGAGGUGUGGCUAGGGCUGCAUAAACAGAAACAAAGUGAUUUAACUCCUAAAUGACAGUGAAUUGAGCAGUGAAAUUGCAGGGGAAUGAUCUAUACACUAAAACUGCUUUAUUUAGCUAAAGUAAUUUAGGUGACUAUAGUGUUCCUUUAAUAUAAAUAGAUGACCUUGUUACCAAUUACUUAAAAUUACAAAUCGGAAUAUUGGGAAGCCAGUUAAAGGUUUGCCGAUGCUUCCUCUCCCAAUUUGGUAAUUUUAACACUGUUUGCGUAAAUUUUCAGGACAUCUCGCAUUCCCCAUUGCACACUCCUGUGGCCCUCGAAAGGUUAAUCAUAUCUAUGUCCUUUGUUCUUGUGCGAGACUGAUCCUUGCAAUGAUACGGUCUGGCCAUCUGUCAACGUGCUGAAAUUCAGACUAUCCCUCUGCGUUCUCCCUUAUAACGCAAGUUUGGCUAUAUGAGAACAGCCACACAUGCCAGGAACACGCCUUAGCUCUGGGAUAAAGUCUUACAGCUGGAACCUAUUCUAUUUAAAAUGUUCAUCUUGCUGACUACAGUACGAAACUCUCAGGAGAAUAUAGCAGGAUAUUUAUUACAUGCCCAGCUGUAUGCUUAUUCUGUAGCUGAUGAGGUUCCUUCCCUGAUCUGUUUAUAAUCACCAUUUAACUGAAAGGUUUUGACAUGAUCGUAUUCCACUUAAUUAUCAAGAUCUUUGUAUUUUACAUGAAAGUUCUUUCGGGCUCCUUUUUGUAUAAUGAUACCCAUGUCUUUUUUUUUUUAGACAAACCUUCUUAAAGGAACACUAUAGAGUUAAGAAUACAGAAUAUAGAGUGCAUUGCUAACGCUAUAGUUCCCUGGGGUCCAUUUAGGGGAUCAGCCCUAACCUGCAGAGAGUAAAAAAUAAAAAGUACUUCUACUUACCUUUUCACCUUUGUGGCACCUCGUCUUUGCACCUCCUCCUUGGCUCAGAUCAUCAAGAUUGAUGAUCUCAGUCAAUCCAGUGUUUUCUCAUAAAAAAGAAUUGGGAACCUAGUGUGCAUGCAUAGCAAAAUGUCACGCUGCACCACUCAGAUAAUCACUCUUUUUCCUCUACCUCUAGCGGCUGCCUGAGUAACAGCCAACAGAGACACUUAAACUCUGAAAUGAAAACAUUGCUGUUCUGCAAAACUGCAAUGAUUUCAGCUGCAGGUUUAAAACGGUGGGGUAUUUGCGUAAAAGGAUGCUCUAAGCACCAUAACCACAAUAGCUAUUUGUAGUGGUUAUGGUACCAGUCAUUUUCGGUUUCUGUCUCACUAAUUCGUGUUAAAACCCUUUUCAAGAUGUUUGACAAAAAAGAAACUAUGCAUUCAGCCAAAUCAUUGGUAGCCCUCACUGUGCCACUCAAUUGACGCAUGCUAGGAUGGUAUCUGUAAAAACCAUUGAGGAUCUUUGUCACCAGUGCUUCUCGGGCCUUUGACACGAUGGUCAAACAAUCAGACCUUGGCUCUAUCAGCUACCUGAAAAUAAAAUGUGGUGUUUGGAAGUUUUAUUGAACAAUAACUAGCCCUUCCAGCUUGCUACACUUCUAAUGCAGGGCAGCCAACUGUCAUUGCUUUGUCAGCAACUGGCCAUUUAGAAGUCUACUGCGGGAAAAGUGGCUUAUUAGUCUUCGUUAUAAUCUGGUAUAUUGUUGAGUAUAUUGUUUUAAAGGGAUGCGCCAAGCACUAUAACUACUGCAACCCACUCCAGUGUAAUCAGUUAAACUCUUAGUGGGGUUUGGCAUUUACCUUGGUCCUAAUAUCUGCCGUGCUGCUACUGGUCGUAUUCAGGAGGAGAAGCUGGACACCAAAGCAUCAACACCUCAAACAAUGAACAAGUUCCUGUCUUGAGUAAACUGACAUUUGCCUUCUACUGCUUAAAGGACCAUUAUAGUGCCAGGAAAACAUACUCGUUUUCCUGGCACUAUAGUGCCCUGAGGGUGCCCCCACCCUCAGGGACCCCCUCCCGCCCGGCUCUGGAAGGGGAAAGGGGUAAAAACUUACCUUUUUCCAGCGCUGGGCGGAGAGCUCUCCUCCUCCUCUCCCGCCUCCGUUAAGCCCCGCCGGCUGAAUGCGCACGCGCGGCAAGAGCUGCGGCGCAUUCAGCCGGUCUCAUAGAAAGCAUUUACAAUGCUUUCCUAUGGACGCUGAGUGCUCUCACUGUGAUUUUCACAGUGAGAAGCACGCAAGCGCCUCUAGUAGCUGUCAAUGAGACAGCCACUAGAGGAUUAGGGGGAAGGCUUAACCCAUUCAUAAUUAUAGCAGUUUCUCUGAAACUGCUAUAAUUAUGAAAAAAUGGGUUAACCCUAGAAGGACCUGGCACCCAGACCACUUCAUUAAGCUGAAGUGGUCUGGGUGCCUAGAGUGGUCCUUUAAGAAGAAGCAGUACAGGUGCCCUUCAGGACUUGGGUAAGUAUAAAACUGGCACCAUAACCACUAUGGGUGUAUGCAAUGUUUACGGUGCCUAAAGUGGCAUUUAAGGAGAUUUCACUGAAUAUUUUUUUUUUUUUAAAGGUACUUAACAUCUGCAACUAUAAAACAUCUGCAACUAUGUUUGUCUAUUUUGACAGUUUUUGACCGAAAUUCCGGAACUGUCAUACGGAAUUACUGUAGUUCACUGCUUGGUUAUUAUACCCCUGUCUUUAAGCUGUGACUAUUUCUGCUUUAUUUUGGAAAACGUCCAGCUCUGUCGCUGUUUGAGUUCUCCAGACUGGUUGCAUGAAGCAGCUGCCUCCUUGAUUUUUUCUGAAGUUAGAAUAAGUUAUCAGUCAAACUUGACUCAUGUGAACUCUGCAAAAUGAAUUGUGGUUUUUGAGCAAAUGAGACAGAAAUUUAAAGACUUUUAAGGUAACGAGAAAAAGAAAAAAGUGCAAGUAAGCAGACUCUUUGUGUUUGGAGCGCCAGUAAAUUGUUCUGUGACUUUCUACAUAAGGUAACUGGUUAUAUUUCUGCUUAACAAAACAAAUCUUAAUGUAUAAGGAUAAAUAAAAAAUGUGGGAAAAAAUAUACUUUAAGAGUACAAAGGACUCGCCAGGGUUUAUUUACUGUACCUCUUUUAAAUGCAUUUAAUGGUAUGUAUAUAUAAUAUCUAAAUUAAAAACAAAAAAGAGAGUUUAUUUCCUCUAUUACAGGUUUUUAAAACACUGUCACCGAAUUUGCAAAGUCCCCUGACUGUGACAUCGCCGCUGGUGGUUCAGUGGCUGGGGGGGACAGUUAAGGGUGGGAUUACUUACCUGAACCUGUCUCUUGCAGGCGCCGCUAUCUUGCUCGCACUGCUGCACUUCAACUCCUGGAGCUUCAGCACCAGGAGCCGACAUAACUGCUGCACUCUUACGCAUGCGCGAGAGUACUACAUAGAGGUCUAUGGGGGAUCCUGCAGCUGUCGGGACUGACUCCGUAUCUUCGCCUUGAGUCUAAGAAAGUCAGGCGGUGGAGAAAUACAGAGACAAAGUAGUCCCUAUUUAUUUUUUUUCUGUAUAUCUCUUGACUGGGUUGGGUUUUCAGUAAAAUUCUAACACAGUCAAAAUUGGUAUUUUGUAAAUUCUAUCAUUUUUCAACAAUUGCUUCCUCAACGAAUAAGAAGAAUUUAUUUUAUUGGGAGUCCACCAACUCCCGAGAGGUGACCUUUUCUCUUUCAUGGUGUGCUCAUCCCUUGAUUCUACCUCUUAUGGCCUGCAUUUAUACCUCCAAAUAGGUGUAUAGUAUGGUAUUACACAAUGCUGGUAGAUACUGGCGUCAGUAGAGUUGCGAAAAGCAGAGUCUGUGUCUCCUAAGCAUUCAGGGACCUCUGUGAAUGGUCCCUCGCACUGCACAAGAUAGAGGUUGCUGGGAUGAACUACAGCAGUGUUGCAUCUGUCAAACCCUAUCUUGUAUUGCAUGUUUAAUAUGACUAGAAACAUCCACAAACAUCUGUAAAUUUGUGUGCAAAAAACAAACACUUAUUGCUGUGCUGUCACAUGGUUUUAUUACUUUUAAAGGUACACCACAUUCACCAUAACUACUGCAACUUAUUGUAGAAGGUAAAUUCUCCAUUGUCAAGUGCUUUGACAAAAAAACAAACAAAGGAAUUGCCCCAUCUGUGUUUGAGUUCAGCCUCUCUGUUUUUAUUAACCAUUUAGCUGUAGGUGAAUUUUAAUAAAAUUUUUCAACAGCUUUGACCUGACAGAGUGAGUUCAAGCUACCUGGGACAGGUUUACUGGGGACCAGAGGAUAUGAUACCCAUGGUACUAUUGCAGGUCUGGGGUGUAAUUCAUUUUUCUUUUUAGGGGCACAGGGAUUGCGCAUGGUGUGCUGUUUUAGGGCUAUGGAGCUGGGCAUACCCUGAUCCACUUAUCACUGGGCUAUAGCACUUGGGAAUCUCCUAGCCCACUCAUACUAUUGCCUAUCUACCUAUAAUAGCAUAGCUUCUGGCAGAUGCAAUUUUUGAUAAUGUGCAAAUACACCCUUAUGCUACACUCAGUCGAAGCCUCAUCAGUGCAGUUUUUUGUUUGUUUUUUGUGUGGCUCUUUUCUUUCUUGGACUAAAUGUUGGAAGCUGAAAUGCCUUUGUCAGAAUUUUGGCAGCAAUCAACUUGUGAGGAGGUUUCCUUCAUAUAUUAUACAGGAGAAUGGGAUUCACAGGCUUCUAUUUUCCAGAGUAACACAGUCUGUUAGGCCAAUAUUAACUCUUACAAAUGGAAAGGGUUUUUUCUUAGAAUUAAAGUGCCCGUAAUGCCUUAAUAUAAAUGCUUUUCAACGUUUCAACUCAAGCUUGAUAAAGACCUGGUUGUGUUGAAACUUUGCUGCAUUUGCCUCAAUAAAGCUGCUAUUUUUGCUACUGGACUAUUAUUAACUCUGCAUGGGAGUGGGGCCUGGCCAGCCCUGGACCCCGGAGCACCUUGGUUGUUUGGGGAGUGCGGUAUCCAUUAUUUAUUUACUAUUGGAUAGAUCUAUGACAAAACAAGUAGCCAGUCAUCUCUUAAGUCGUGCACCUAUGACCUUAUAGGUACAGCUGUGUUAGUAAGGUUGCCUGAAACUUGUUAAUUGUCUGGUGGCAUUCCUCUUCACAGAGGCUACAGGAGAACCUUGGCACGUUACCAGUAAGCAUCCUUGGACAAGACCCAUAACGAUAUAUCUCCCAACCUCAAAUCCUCGUUUGAGCAGGACGUUCUUUGCCCCUUAAUAUCCAUUUCUAUAAUUUUAUUGUCCUACAGAAUAUGUUGGCACUAUGUAAAUAUAGUUCUUGAGGUACCAGUAAUAACGAGAUUACACUUCACUGGGAUCAAAGCCUUCCAAGCUCUCACAGGCAUACCACUGUAAACAUAUUAACAUUUAUAAACAGACGUUAGUGUUUGGUUCUAAUCAUGCUCAAAUUUAUUUGAAGUCAGAUUUUUUUUUCUUAACUUUAAGUCUUCAUUAGUUUUCUUAACAGAAUGCCAGUUGAGCUGGGAUAAUCUGGUAAAUUGAGAGUAUAAACAACACACAAUAGCACGUGUAUGCGUAUUCUCACACACCCAUUAAUUGUUUAUACAAUUAAAUAAUUGAAUUUCAGCCGUUUGGGUAGAAACCAUUUAUUUAUUUAUUUUCCUGGCAAUCAAACUGUAUAUGUAUUUUUAAAUCUGCUUUCUAACGACAGUGCUGGAAAAUGCGUAGUAACUUAAUUUUACAGUUUAUUUAAUAUUUUUCUUGUAUGCAGAUGUUCAUUCAAGUGGCUAGAAUAUGUUUCCUGCGGUUCAUCUUGCCAUAUGGUAAACACGCUACACCCAAAUCCUGGGAGGUUGCAAGAGAGAAAAUGUUUUCCUUGUUAUAUUUGCAGGGAUUUAUUUAUUUUCUUAAUAUUUUCUGGUUGGAAAAAAUUUUAAUAUCCUAAAAUUAUGUCAAAUGUAACAGAAAAUACAAUGUCUCGGUCCAUUUUUCAGAAGUACUAAACUUUUUCACCAUAUAGGCAACUCAAAAUGUAAAAUAAAUUAAAAGCUAAAAGUUAUGUUCAACUGAAAGUCAUCUGGCAUCCUGCCAGAUUAGACUUGGUGGCUAACAUAUGUUGAAGAAGUGACACCUUAAUAAAGCUGACCAAAUUAUCUCUAACCUGAGUUGCAAUUUAAACAUCAGAAAAUAACAUAACUUGAAAAUAGCGUAGGAAAAUAACAGUUCAUGGGACAAUACAAGCGCAGAAAAUGUUAUCUUAGGUGACGCGUUUCGCACCAUCUGUUUUGUAUAUUCAGAAUCUUUAUUUUGCCUAUUUAACUUUUCUGAUUUUUUUUUUUUUUCUAAUGAAGUAUUCACAAAUACAUAAAUACAGGUAUUUAAUAUGCCUAAUAUCAUCUGAGUUGUAGUUUAGUCUUUUUUUCCUUAUGUUCCACCUCCUCAUAGCCCCCUAUAGCUAAUCUUAUUUAACUGAACCCAUUCCCUAUGCAAUAGAUUACACACAAGCAGCCUGAGCCUGCUUUGUCAUAUGGACUAGGAGUGCAGCUAUGAUACUGCGGAACCUAUAAAUUGGCACGUCUCCUUGAUCCAUGUGACACACUGGGGGAGAUUUAUCAAAGUGUGUAGACACUUGUCUUUUUGCAAGUAAAAUGCAUUGACACAUGAUGCAAAUGCUCUAUGUCCUUGUCUUGCUGUUUGAAAUCUGUUUUUCAUACAUCAUGUAGGACAGAUCUUCUUCAUACUUGCAUCUUGUCCGUUAAGUUUUAAUAUUUAUUUCCAUCUGUUUUCACUCUGUUUUGGUUUCUCGGCUUGCUGUGUUAUGUUGUUUGUCGUAAAAAAGUUGUUGCUGGUUUUUUUUUUUUUUUUGCUUUGCUUUUUUUUUUUCUUCUUCCAAAACAUGCAAAUGAUUCUACCCAAUGUUCAUCCCAAGGAUGCAAAAAUAACGGUUACCUUGUAAGAAGUCUCGUGGAGGUCUGUGCAAAAAAAGUAACUUUUUUUUCUUCAAUUGAAAUAACAUCUGUUCUUGUGAAGUGUAACCAAAUCAGGUGGGUGGUCCAUGCUAUUCAGUAUUCAUUACAACACGCGGGAAACAUCAAACUAAAAACACAGUAAAGGCUUUUUUUUUAAACUCUCUAAAGAACUUUGGCCUGGAAGGUGACACCAGCCUCCACCUUUCUCAAUGCUUCCAGUUUACUUGGAUCAUUCGUUUCCAGAAAUAGAAAAUAAUCCCGAAUUAAAUGUCAUUAUUAUUGAUUUGGUUAAAAUCCAAUUGGAAAAGUAUGGGACCAAAUGCAUAGGCAUUGAAAAAUAUAUAAGGUAAUACGGCGAUAUUUGUAUUCGCACCGAGCAAUGAAUGAGAAAAAAAAAAAAAAAGUCCACUCCUUCUUUGGUAAACCAGCACCGGAAAUAUAUAAUGUUCCAAGUUAAGAAGACAUUAAUAGGUUUAAUGUUUCAUUAAUUUUUUUAACGAUAAAAUCCAACAAAUCUGAUGGAAUUGCAAAUAAAUGCAGAAUAUGCACAAAUCGUGCUCACGCCCAGACUGUUGUACCGUGCCAAUACAGAGUGUCCCUUAAUAGGAGCAUACUUUUCAGCAUUUCAUAUGGACAAAGAGGGACACUUUAAUUUCAGGGAUAAAACUGGGGCCAUGGGUGUGGCUGUUCUGAGACAUUUUAAGUGACUUACUAAUAACAAUUUUUGUCACUAAAAUGUAAUUUAGUUCAAGAUUAAUGUAUCUUAUUUACACACUUUAAUUUCUAAACACAUUUAUUGUAAUUUAAAGUACCACUAUAGUGCCAGGAAAUCAAACUCGUUUUCCUGGCACAAUGUAGUCCUUAGGUCCCCCCCCACCCUCAUGGCCCCUCUCCCGCUGAACUGAAGAGGUUAAAACCCGCGCGCACCUUCAAACCGCCCAUGGGAAAGCAUUUCUCAAUGCUUUCCUUUGGACGUCACGGAACCGGCCUCUAGUGGCUGUCAGUGAGACAGCCACUAGAGGCUGGAUUAACCCUCAGUGUAAACAUAGCAGUUUCUUUGAAACUGCUAUGUUUUCAGCUGCGGGUUUAAAACUAGAGGGACCUGGCACCCAGACCACUUAAUUGAGCUGAAGUGAUCUGGGUGCCUAUAGUGGUCCUUUAAAGACACCUUACUUGGAGGAUCAUUGCUGUGGAGCAGCAUAGACACACCAAUAAUAUCGAGCUCCUAGCAAAAAGGACAUGAGGAUAGAAAAGAGGGGCUGAGGGAUUUGGGCCCAAAAUACAGACUGUCCCUCCUUAAUAGAGACACUUGGGAGGUAAGUAGGAGGGACAUUCAUUGUGAAUCACACCUCUCUUUUUUCUAUCUUUGUUUCUUUAUUAUUUUUUUUUCUCUAGAAUCUUGCAAUUACCUCUGUGAAAUCCAUCAUUCUCACAGUAAUGUGUCUUUGCACUGUAACUUCCCUUAAACUACAUAUAAUCGUUUGUGCUAAUUAAAUACUGUGAUAUUGUUUCAAAUAUUUUUCAGUAAUUUCAUAAAUGUCUCUUACAGUAAAAUUAUAAAUAAAGGUGACGUUAUGAAAGCCUACAAUUCUAGCUAAAAUGAAAGUGUUCUUCUUUGGCAAUUUGAAAUGUUCAGAGGUAAUGUUGCAAAGAGUGAAACCGUGACGAACAAAAACAAAGAUCUUGCAUGUUUCUGUCUUUGUGGGCAACCUUUAUAAAGGAAAACACUUGUUAUCUGUAAUACAAAUGACGAUAUGAGCACCAACAGUUAACGAUCCCAUUUACCCAUAGCAACUACAUAGUACAACUUAUAGUCCGAGUAACCCCCUCUGAAAAUCCUUGCACCGGGAUUUGUUCACCUGUAAGAAUGUUUUUGUUUUUUUUUAUUUCUUUUUUUAUUUGCUUUUCCUUUUUUUUCCCUUUUUUUGUGUUGAACGUUUUGCUCACUGCAUUCGCUUUGCAAAUCUUCUGCUUUGCUCGUUAACACUUCCUUCCCUCCAUUACUUCUUGAGACCUAUUAAAAUUGAAUCCAAAUGCAGCAGAAGCACGGCUGUCUAUUUAAAUGGAUCCCCCCAGAGACCCAUGGGAUUUGUAGUUUUACAGGAGCUGGCUUUUUUUGCCUUGCUUGGAGAUGUUUCUCAACUACGAAAAUGGCUCCGAAUUGUGUUUGGAAAUCACCUUGUUUCUUUCCCACUAGCGAUAGCUGAUAAAUACAUUUUGCCCCAUUUUGUAUUUCUCUGAUGGUUUUUCUUUAUCUCUGUUUUAGAUGCAAGUUUUGGACAAGUUUCCUAUUGAAGCUGGACAGAAAGAUCCCAAGCAAAGAAUUAUACCAUUUCUUCCAGGUAACCCCAUUACAGAAAUACAUUCUUGUUCUUUAUACGGACUAAAGACACGCAAGAAUUUUCAAGGUUUAAUGUUUUUUCACUAAAUCGUGAAUAUUGUUACUUACUUUCUGAUUAUUCCGUUGACACUAGGGUUAUUGUCCUAAAAUCUUUGCCGACAUUUCUAUCUAUGCUAGAUGCUGCUUUGGAUGAUCCUGAAGGAGGUCCUGCAGACAGCUGACAAUGCCAUUAUCUUCUACAGAACUUCCCUCGAAUGUGUAGAGAGAUUCUAUAAGAAGAUAACUUGUUACCUUGGGCCUUUGUCCCAAACACCUCCACUUGUCAAGACUUUGAAUGUGUUGGGGGGAGAAAGAGGGGAUAGUAAAGGUACAGAGUACCUACACCCCCUGCCACCAAAUUCUAAAACUAUAUAUAUAUAUAAUGUGCUAUUAUACCAUAUACUUUCAUUUCCUUACAGUUGGUAACACGCUUAGACUUGCAUCUAACUUAGCUUAGACUUGAGUCGUACUUCUGAUUCACAAUGCUUGUGAUACCAUUGUGAUACUGGGGCUCUGCAUCUGUGACAAUAACCACUGCAAAGUCAAACUCGAGAUAUGCUUCACUUCUUCAAACUCAAAAUCAUGAUUUGCUUCGCUGAUCACCAAUACUAAAUAUUGAUAAGAAUCAUGGGAAUAAUCUUUUGCCUCUGUGAAUAAAAUCCCCUCUACCAGUGCUUGUUAAACUUGACCCUGCAUAUAUACGUAAACUACAUUUCCCAUAGUGCAUAGCCAGCCUUUUUAAAAAAACAUCUGCCAGAUCAAGUUUAGCCUUUGCCGUCCUAAACUUUUGUAGUAUUAUCGGCCUCGUACAUGAGCGUCGUUAAAUAACAUUGAGACGUCAAGCAAAUGGCUUUCUCUCUCUAAUGUCUCGUCCCUUGGUGACCUUGAAAUAUAUGUCAGCAACCUUGUAUUUCAGCGAACAAACAGUCCCACAGUUCAAGUGUCUGCAGAUGUUGUCACUCUCCUGCACCGACUGUUUCUCCCGUGGGAACUCUAUUUCAAUCGGCUUUGAUUUGAUUUAUUUAUUUUGUAGUUGGUGGCUAUAUAAAGCAGCUAGAAAGUCAGACACGACCCCCCGCAGGAGCACAUAAACUUCACAGCUCGCUAAUAAUUGUGGAUACAAUGACCCGGAAGCUGCACGUUUCAAGAUCUUACAUUUGGCAAACGAUUAGUCCAUCUAAAAGGGGGGGGGGGGUAUGUUUUCUACCAAUCAAAGCUACUGGAUUCCCUGUCUUUAUAAAAUAAAAUGUCUGUGAGCACCUGUUAUUCUUGGUAUAAAGGAAGUCGGUGGGCCAUGGCUGGUACCAGCGUAUGUUACAUGUAAUCUAGGUUGAAAAUAAACUCUGGUUCAUCAAGUUUAACCCUUCGCUUGUCUGUUAAACUUCAAACCCCAUUGCUCUCUCCUGCAAAAUGUCCAAGAUAUGUUGCUUUACCUUGAACACAGCUGCCUAGGAGUGAUUUAAUUAGAACAGGGGUGCCCAAAAGGUAGAUUUCCCCAUAUGCUGUAGAACGACAAAAUUAUGUACAAGCAAUCCUGGGCAUUCUUGUGCCCACGUGUGAUCUCUUUGUAUGUUUUGUUUUGCUGCAUGGCUGCAUGUGUGACAGUUGGUGUACAUGUGUGGUCUUUAUGGUAAAUCAUAUUUAGGCAUGUGUUAUCUCCGUCAGAGUUUGUCUUCCAUGUGUGUGAUCUGUGUGACAGUUUGUUUCUGCAUGCCUUUAACCUGUGUUCAAAUGCUUCAACUCAGACAGAGAUCAUGUAUGUGGCCAGGGUCUUUGUGUAUCUGCUUGUGUAUUUCUGCAUACAUGUGAGCUUUGCUAAGCUCCAUGCAUGUGAAGAGGCAGAGAUCACGCAUGUGGCUUGCAUGGCCAGUUCUGUGUCUGUCCUGUGAAACGUGCCGUGUAAUUAAAUGAGAAUAAUGAAAUGGGCUAGAGGUUCCUUUCUCACUCUCAAACCAAACACUGCUAUAAUUUAUUUUAUUUAUUUUUUGAUCGAUAAAAUCAGUUAGAAUAAUUUGCUGAAAUUUGAGUUUCCUCUGUUGGCAGAUUUUACUUUGAUUUGCACCAACUUGCUACACCCCCCUCUUUACACUUGCUGAACUAGAGAGGUCUUGUUAGGUUUUCAGUGCUGGAGGGACCAGGCCUAUUGGGACAAGGGUGAAAUAUGAGCAAAUCCAAUUAGAUGUUCUUUUGUUUUGGUUGGGUCCAUGCAAGCCCUAGCAUGCCCGACUGUAUAGGUUAUGUCCAUGUGUUCACUGACUAAUGGGCAUAGAAUGUCAGAGAUAAAUUUAAUUAUUUAGGCAUUUGUUUGACUGGAAACUUAAAUACCAUUUUUUUUUCCUUUUGUUAGGGAAGGUUUGGGUAGGGUAGGGAGUCGAUCUAACCCACAACAUUUAUCUGUGCAAAUGAACUGUUUCAUUAGAAUUCAUCAAGCUUCUACACAAUUUAUUUGCAAUGAGCCAGUAGAUGCAGAAUAUUUUGAUGUGAAUUUCAAUACGCACAGCUUAGUGAAAAAUACACUGAACAGCUCAGAGUUUAGAUUCCUGGAACAUGGUAAAAAUGACAUGACCCGGCCCAGGUUAUACACUGCAGAGAGGGGGGCAUGGGGGGCAUGCCCCAAUAUCCCAAUGCACCAUCAAUUGGGUUGGUUUUUUUUUUUUUUUGUAAGCACACGAAGUUCCAAAUAUUUUUGGGUAUAUCAUUACUAUUUUGUUUACUAUACUGUUUUGUUUUUGAGAGAUACAGUUGAGAUGCAUUUAAUACUUUCAUUUGAGUACUUGGAGCUUCCUAACACAUGCCGCAGUAGUGCGUGUGUUGCUAAUAAAUGCUUUUAUUUUUAAUUCCUCUCAGACAUUCAAGUCUAUGCUGGUUUAGCAGCAAUCUGUGCAAGUGUAUCCAGUAAAUGUUUAUGUGCAUUUUGACUCAUGCUUAUUUGGCAUUGUCUCCUUUGUCUAUCUGAACCCAACUUCUCCAGUUUGCUUCUUUGAAUAGACUUAAAGCAUUUCCUGGCAUUCUACAGAGAAUCUGACAUCACUGGUCUAGGUCUACAAAAUAGCAUUGUGAAAUUGUGGUCGGUGGUGAUCAUUAAAGAGAUCACACAGAAAGGUAAAUUAGGGAAACAUGGAGGAUAAAGGAAUUGUGGGGUAGAUUUAAGAAAGCCAAACACACAUUGUCCGAGAGCAAAGUGCUAAAUGUCUAGUAACAUUCUAUUGGUAUGCAAAGUGGCGGCUAAUUAUUUGGUAUGCAAAGUGGCGGCUAAUUAUUUAGCACAUAAACGCAAAAUAGCAGCAGCUUCAGCUUUGGUAAAUAUCCCUAAAUUGAGAUUAAAAAGCGGUUGUUUCAGGUGAAAUGGACAAACCCUGAACCCAUUUAAAAGAACAGUCCGAGCACCAUAACAACAACAGUAUAUCAUAUACGCACACACAGGCUCUACCCAUCUAAACAUGCAUGCAUUAUAUGUGUGCUCCUGAGACCAAUAGUUACAACGUAUAAAAUACAGCUCAAUCAAAUUCACGUUAAAGACCCUAAAAAUUAAUUAACCCCUUAAGGACACAACUUCUGGAAUAAAAGGGAAUCAUGACGGAAUAUUUCCGUCAUGUGUCCUUAAGGGGCUAAAACAUCUUACUUGGGUUAUGUAAUAGAAAGCCAAUGCCCAGAGAUAAAGACAUUCUGGAAUAUGGCUUUUGGAUUUGUGAAAGAUCUAGGUGCCCACUCUCCCCCACCCCCAUCUCCCAGUGACACAUAGACCAGAAGGUACACUAUUGCACAUGAUAGAAACAUACCAGAUAAAAAUGUAAUUUUAAUCAUAAAUGUGAUGAUCGCCUCAAAGGCUGUUAUAGCCAGAAAAUGGAAACAACAAAUAGUACCUAGUAUACAAGAACUUAUACAACAGGUCAAAGAUAAGGAUGGAAAAAAGGAUAUGAAUGGCUAAGUGAAAAAGCCAGACAGAAUAACAGGAUGUAUAGAAACUGGUUAGAAUAUAUAGAUAGGUUUAAACUCAGACAGCAAAUAUUAUAAAUAAGGAGUCAAAAUAUAAGAAAAUAACCAAGAAAUACACUGGGGAAGAAGUCUAGAGAAAUAUAAACCAUGUCAAAGUCUCGAGCAAGUUGUAUGUAUGAUGUCUGUUUGUUAGUAUGUUAUGUCAUUAUAAAAAUUGCAGCAUGUACUAUAAUUGUAUUUCAUACUUUUCUAAUAAAAUGCGAUUAAAAAGAUAAUAAUAGUAGGCCUCUGAAUCGUCCUGAUUAUUGCAGGACAGUCCCUAUUUCAGGGACUUGUCCUGACGUCCCUUUGUUCCUUGGUGUCCAUUUUUGGAGACACUUGGAAACAGUCAACAGAAAGUGUAGCAUGAGCACAUCAUUCCGCUGUAAGACCAUGCAAAGAGCACAUUUGGGACUGUGACUGCAAUUCGUGUCAUUGGCCUGCUCUCUUUUACCCUAUUGGAUGGUAUGUAAUUAGGAUUUAUUGACAUGACCAAACCUUGCAUAAAUCUGACACAAAAGUCAAUGUAUCCUAUUUUUGUUAGGUUCUAUUCUAUACUAAUCUAAUGACUUUGAGCUGAUCCCAUUUACAUGGGUCAUCCAUUCUAUUUUUUUCCUUUUUAUACACUGAUUUGUACUAGCAUAUAUGGUGUUUAUUUACAAUGCUUUUUGUUUUAAGCUUUCUCGUAUUUUCUGUACUAGAGAGAGUUUAGUUGUGCUUUAGUACUCAGGGAUAUUCCAGAUUUGUUUUUCAUUAGUCUCCCAAAACGGCUUCAUUUGCCAGAUACUAACAUCAUGUCAAAUGGGGAAUAGUUUUUGCUGUCGUCAGUGUUGACAUCUGGUAGACAGAAUAUGGCAGCAACCCUCAAUAACACGUUGGAUAAGAUUGUAAAUUUACAUAGUUAACACAUUUCUACCUUGCCAUACUCUGCAAGAUUUGUAUCGUCAAACUCUUUUAUUGCAAUUUUAAUGUGGAAUUUUUAAAUGGAAAACUACAGUUUGAAUUACUUUUUUAUAAAAGGAUUAAUGUUUGCGUUCUCUUCCUUUAUAGUGAGAUUUUCCUGAAUAAGUUAAGGUUUUUCUGGGAAGCGUUGAUACUCUUCUUCACAGACAGCAUUAUUUAGUCUUUAUGAGUUUCUCUAACCAUAAACCGUUUCAAUAAAACUCUUUUUUUGGAUGGGAUAAGCCUUGCUGGUAUGUUCCCCCUCUUAAGGUGGAAAAAACUUACCUUUGAUCCUGCACCAAAGCCAGGCUCUCCUGCAGCCUCUGGUGACAUCGUUCCCCCCCCAUUAGUUGUCCAUCGCCAGCAUUCAACUACAAUACAUGUGUUUGGAAAUCAGACUGUGUAAAUAAGACUCAGUGUUCUUGUUAUAAAUUACAUUGUAGUUCCAUAAACUAUUAGCAAAUCACAUAACAUUUCUCAGAAUAGCCCCAACCAACAUCCAUAAAACUAAAGUGUCCCUCUUUGUCCAUUUCAAAUGUUGGGAGGUAUGGUAUAGCCAAUGUAUCUCCUCCCUCUACCCUCUCUUUUAUCAUGCCUCCCUCCAUCUUUAUUUCUGUUAUUCCUGCCUCUUCCCCUCCUCCCAUUUAUCCCUUUUUUUUUUAAAUCACUCCUUACUCUGUUUAGUCUUUCCUUUCCUCUCUACCCGUUCUCACAUUUUCCCUCCUUUUCUUUUCUGCUGUUCCCUCUCAUUAUGUUGUCCGUUGCCUGUGUCUUUUUUCCACCCUUCCUUCCUCUCUGUUUCCUGUCAGCCUUUUUCAGGAUGGUACUCCUCCGACCCAUCUCAGUUGAACAUCCCCUUCUUGAGAUCCUACUACCCAUUCCCACCUCUUGAGAGGGUACUACCCACCCCCACCUCUUGAGAUGGUAGUUUCUCCCAUUCUUGCCUAAUUCAGUUCUAUUAUUCGGUAUUAUUUAGCGUGCAGGAUUCUGUUCAUUUAAGGAAUUGUCGUUCUCCUUUACACAAACUGCUGACUAGCUAGUGCUUAUUUUUAUUUUUUUCUCUUUCUCUUGAAUCCAGACAAUGGUUUUUCUUCAUGGCUGUAAUUAUUUUUAAAAAUAACUCUCAAACCAUUCAUCUAAUGUGGAUGGCGGGCUGGUGGUCUGGAGUACUGCACACAUACACUCCUAGUCGAACAAUCAAUGCAUACCAUCAUCGACUGCAUUUGUCUUCCUCAUGUAGACAAAAAAGUAACAGUGGGCUCCAUCCUUGAUCAUUUCAGGGGUCUCCAUUUCCUAUAUCCCACAGAUUGCUAAACAUUUGGUUAAUUAAGAGCAUGGCAGACGUACACUCUCAAUGCUCUUAUCUUCCCUGCAAUGUUUCAUUAAACAAAUUAUACCCUCUGUAUAAUAUUUGAAUUAUUAUUUAAUUAGUAUUUAAAUGUAGUGUUUAGUAGUUACGCCUGUACAUAGUGCAAGCCCAAUCAGCUAAUUUAUAGUUAAAAUAAAUAUUGAAUUUGAUUUGUUUGAUCUACUUAGUCUUUCCUGCUGUGUAUUGGCCACUCUGCCUUUGUGUGACACUGCUGUAUCCCACAAGAACUAUGAGGAUUAUAGGAUUCAGUGUGCGACCCAUGGGGAUAGUGUGUCUGCCUUCUAUUCUAUAGGUCAUUCUACAACACGAUCUUUAGAGUAGAAUAUAAUUCUUGAAUGUUUGUUUUGCUAAAUGAUUAUAAAAUAAAAAAUAAUAAUAAAAAAUUUAUUUUUUUAUAUUAUAUUUGUCAAAUUUUUCCCAAUUGAUAUGUACGUGAAUGUGAAAGUUAUCAUUCACUCGAUUAGUGGAAAGCAGGUUCAUUACACAAAUACCUAGAACUCAAAGCAACCAAAAUAAGCAAUAGGGGUUACUUAUAUGAUCUACACUGCGGCCAAUGGCAUGAUAUUUUGGAGCCAGGUUAGUAACUGUACUCCUGUAUUCAAUUCUCUGCGUCUGGGCCCUCCAAACUGAGGAAUACGCUGUAGUGUUGAUUUGCAGACUCCGGGCCCAGCAGCUAUUUUUAAGGAUCUCCUGUUACCGUAUCAUGCUAGUCGUUAACUUCAACCUGCAACUUCGUAGCAUUGACAGCAUGACUCGCUAAACUGGGAAUUAUAGAGAACUGGCAAGGGAACGGAACAUUUUAGGACGAGGUAGCGAAAAAGGUAAAAUAUCCAAAUCUUUGUAACGUUUUCCAAAUUGACUCGUCUGGUCUAAAAUGUGCAGUCCUUUUCGUCUAUUUGCCAUAAUUCUCACUUCAGUGGGUAGACCUUAGUGGAAAAAAUUGAAAAUAUCAUUAAAAAAAUAAAUAAAUUAUAUUGGCGAAACUGUGAAAUAUUUUCUCUGCGUAUUUACUUAUUUUAUGUUUUUUUCGAAAACUGCCAUUCUUGUUAAGCGUAAUAAUUUCAUCAAUACGUGUGCACAUUUCACUUUAAACGCCUAAUCUAUAGUACAACAUAUUACAGCUAAUUAACAGCAAGGGACAAAUCUUACUUUACUAAUCUGUUAACAACCUCCUGGAACAAGCUACCUUUUCAUUAAUGGGCAGUGUUUUAAAGAAUUCUGCCUUGGCAGAAAUACGAUGUUCUUACUUUUUUAUUUAUUUAUUUGCGGAGGGCAUGAUUUGGUUUGUUUAGCAGGCGUUGAGAGCAUUUAGUCUAGGUUUCUCUAUGCCUGCAUUUAUACCUACCGUCUGCUGUGUUAAUGCUUUGCCGUUGUGGUCAGGAUCACAGUAAAUAACGGUAUAAUAAUAAUAUACUUUUUCUAACAUGUCUGGUGCGUUGGGAUUUGUCUUGCUAGAUAGCGUGCCAGUUAUCAAGUCACAGUCUAAGUGGCAGUUCCCCCUUCCACCUUCAUUAUACCUCUGAAAAUCAGGGUUAUAUUUACUCAAAUGUAGAUUAUGGAGAAUUUCAAAUGUUAGGGCCAAAUAGCUGAUCAGAAAAUAUAUCUGAAAAAAAAAAAAAACAACAAAAAAAUAAAAUCUACAUUUCUAUUUUGACUUCAUAAUGACCUGACAAUUCACACUGUAGUAAAUAUUCAAUACAUUUGGAAUUUGGAAUGUGUGAUGAGAUAAUUCCACAUUUCAAGCCAAAAAGGUGCGCUGGAAAAAGAGAUGCAUUUGGGAAGUUUUCCAAAUGAUCUCUUUUGGCCUACACUUUGCCUGGUGUAUACUCCACGGUGAUCCAUCACUUUGCUUAAUUAACCUACCUACUUUGCCUAUUCUGAUUUUUCUAAAUAUCUUGAAAACGAUAAUGUGGAGCGAUAUGAACUAGUGGUGUUUGGGCUAAAAAUUUCUGUUUUGCAAUGGAGCUCUGUGAUAUUCUCAUGUGCACGGCAUAUUGCUGUGAGUUUUAUUGUAGUGGAGCAAUGUGAUGCACGCAUACAUACAACACAUUACUAGGAGUUUUAUUUCUGUGGAGCUCUGUGAUAAACAGAUUAUUUUCCAGGAUAUCAGGAGAGUAAAUGAGAUAAACCUCAGAAAAAUAAACAUGUAAUUUAGUUAAAUCAUAAAUGGUAGAAUAUACUACUGUUAAUGCAAACAAAGUUCAUAAGUUAUACCUAUACACUGAUGAAAAUACUACAAUGUAGAACACUUAAGAUGGCCAACUGCUGGUGGAAAUGUAACCGUUUAUGUCUUUUUGCUGAUGAUACUAAGAUAUGUAACAGGGUUGAUGUUCCAGGAGGGAUAAGCCAAAUUAUUUAGGUAAACUGGAAAAAUGGUCAGAGUUGUGGCAACUGACAUUUAAUGUGGAUAAGUGCAAGAUAAUGCAUCUUGGACGUAAAAACCCAAGGGCAGAGUACAGAAUAUUUGAUAGAGUCCUAACCUCAACAUAUGAGGAAAUGGAUUUAGGGGUGAUUAUUUCUGAUGUCUUAAAGGUAGGCAGACAAUGUAAUAGAGCAGCAGGAAAUGCUAGCAGAAUGCUUGGUUGUAUUAGCAGUAGAAAGAGGGAAGUGCUCAUGCCAUUGUACAGAACACUGGUGAGACCUCACUUGGAGUAUUGUACACAGUACUGGAGACCGUAUCUUCAGAAGGAUAUUGAUACCUUAGAGAGGGUUCAGAGAAGGGCUACUAAACUGGUUCAUGGAUUGCGGGAUAAAACUUACCAGGAAAGGUUAAAGGAUCUUAACAUGUAUAGCUUGGAGGAAAGACGAGACAGGGGGGAUAUGAUAGAAACAUUUAAAUAUAUAAAGGGAAUCAACACAGUAAAGGAGGAGACUAUAUUUAAAAGAAGAAAAACUACCACAACAAGAGGACAUAGUCUUAAAUUAGAGGGACAAAGGUUUAAAAAUAAUAUCAGGAAGUAUUACUUUACUGAGAGGGUAGUGGAUGCAUGGAAUAGCCUUCCAGCUGAAGUGGUAGAGGUUAACACAGUAAAGGAGUUUAAGCAUGCGUGGGAUAGGCAUAAGGCUAUCCUAACUAUAAGAUAAGGCUAGGGACUAAUGAAAGUAUUUAGAAAAUUGGGCAGACUAGAUGUGCCGAAUAGUUCUUAUCUGCCGUCACAUUCUAUGUUUAGGUGCUGUCACUAUGGAGACCUGCACUGGUAUGCUUCCAAUGUAACAUGGCAGUCUAGAAUGAUACCGAUGGCAGUGUAAUGGGCAAUUUCCAUAUCUUGAUGUACAAUGCAAAAUGCUGGUGUCAGGCAGCCCUUCAUGUUCUCAAUUAAGAUACGCAGUAGAUCAAGGGUGUUGUGCAUCCGCUGGGCUUUGUGCAUCCGUGUGCAACAUUAUACAAAAAGGCUCCCAAAUAAGAAAACGAUAAACGUAUCUUCAGUUUGUGUGACUGGUGAUAGAAACACUAGGUCUAGUUUUUGUAUUGUUCUGUUCUACAGGAUAGUGUUUGGCAAACUUUUUUUUCCCCCCAUGAAUAUUUUAUUGAGAGAGUAAUCGAUAUAAACUGUUUCAUUUAAAAAAAAUUAAAAAUAAAUAAAAACACGUAUAUUGGCAACCAUUCAGUGAAACUUCCAGAAAGAACUAAAGGUAACACAUUACGUUAUAUAUAAAUAAUUAUGCACACACUCUACAAAAGAAGAAACAAAUUAAUAAAAUCAUGCAGAGUUGUGCCACCCUUCCUGCUCUGCUCUUCUAUAAAUUUGAAGGGUACAAACCAUACACCAAAUAACAAAACGGAUUAAACAGAAACAUGAUUAUUACACAGAGAUAAUUGCGUUGGGAGAUGAUUUGGAACAAGGAAAUGUUCUGGUUUUUUUUUUAAGAAGGGGGUGAGGGGGAGAAAUAUAAGGAUCAGUGACUGGCAUAGAUGGGUUGACCUUUAAUUUGAAACAAGCCAGAACAUGUCCACAGUCAACCAUGAAGCAUAUCAAUUGUCCAUAGAAGAACUUCGUAUUCCCUCCAUGGAAACCAAACCCUGUAAUGAGAAGAGAACACUUUGCUAAUUUUUAUAGAACACAGUAUAUAGUGGAGUCAUUGAUUUGCUUUUUAGUUAUGGUUUUGCCUCUCCUGCCAUAACUAAUAUUCAUGUAGUGCCUACGUCCUGGACUGGACCCUGCACUUAAACAAGUUGUCUGAGAGGCUGUGUUGGUGUGAACAAAUCUCUUAUACACUGGUGAGGUCCCUACAUAUAUAAAAACGUUAUUUGUGCGAAGAGUCAGUUUCAUCAUAGAAAACAAAGUCCCAAAAUGUUACAAGCUCUCAUUUCUGCAAACACAGCGCCAUUCGCAGCAUCAAACUGGAGAUUCUCAUUAUUAUUGGAGAGAGUCCACUCUUCUUUUAAUACAGUGGUUGGAAACAUGUCUGCAGUUGACGCAGGCAAGUAUAAACUACGAUGCACACUGAUCUGUGUCUCUAUUUUAUCAUUGGUUGUUUAUUUUGGAAAUACAGGCCAAAUCUUAGAAUUCUGUAUAACCUUUUUUCUUUUUUUUCUUGCCUGUGCCUCUGGGCUUUCUGAAGCCACAAACCUCAAGUAUUCUAUGUAACCAGCAUGGAAUUAUUAAUGAGACAUAUUCACAAUGGCAAUUCUAAACAAGAUGAUCUGAUAUACAGCUUUACACAUAUAAUAAAUCAUGUUUAUUACUCCGGGAGAGGUAACAUCGCUGCAUUUUCCCCCAUAUGUUUGCUUGCAGACUAUGCGGUUUGUUCACUAAAUUACAAAUUGCAGCAAAAUUAUGACUAGAGUUGAAAUGGAGAGGCUUUUUUCUCCAUAUUAGGUUUUUUAGUCUCAGAUUUGUAUUUCUCCAAGUCAGAGUAAAUAUCAGGGUGCUUUGUCAAACAUAGUAUCGGUUUCUUAUCAGACAUUCACUCUUUAUUCAAUUUAACUAAAGAAUAAAUAGUAGAACUGCUAGAUUGCAAUCCUUAUUAAAUAUGAAAUUAGAGACACUACAGUCACCAAAACAACUUUAGCUUAAAGGACCACUAUAGUGCCAGGAAAACAUACUCGUUUUCCUGGCACUAUAGUGCUCUGAGGGUGCCCCCUCCCGCCCGGCUCUGGGGAGAGGAAAGGGGUUAAAACGUACCUUUCUCCAGCGCCGGGCGGGGAGCUCUCCGCCUCCGAUCCUCCUCCUCUCCUCCCUUUCGGCUGAAUGCGCACGCGCGGCAAGUGCUGCGCGCGCAUUCAGUCGGUCUCAUAGGAAAGCAUUUACAAUGCUUUCCUAUGGAUGCUUGCGUGUUCUCACUGUGAUUUUCACAGUGAGAAUCACGCAAGUGCCUCUAGCGGCUGUCAAUGAGACAGCCACUAGAGGAUUUGGAGGCUGGAUUAACCCAUUUAUAAACAUAGCAGUUUCUCUGAAUCUCUCAAUUUGAUUCUAGAAAACAAGGCACACAAAUUAUCGCAUAGAGCUAAUAUGCAUGGUUUCACAAUAUUAAAAUAUAAUUGGGAUAAAUGGGAGGAAAAAAAUCAAAACGUUUAUGGUAUUUGAUAUGCUUAUUGUUAAAGUGCAUUGAUGUACAAAAUUUUUGCCAUUUCCAAGUUCCCCUUCCUUUCCUACCCCUAAUACAAUGUUUGUAUUAUUAUUACUUGUUCAAAAAAAAAAAUUACUUUGUUUAUACAGCCCUAGUUACACCUCCCUCCAUGUGACUUACACAGCCGUCCUAAACACUUCCUGUACGAGUCAUUUAAUGUUUAUACUUCCUCUAUUGCUAAUUAUGUUUAGAAUUUAUUAUCUCUUGUUCAGUUAAUAGCUUGUUAGACCCUCCUGUAUGUGAUUAAAGUUCAACUUACAGAGCAGGAGAUGAAAACUUUUAAAGCAAGUUAAAUAAUUUAUUGAAAGUAAAACGAUUUUGUUUUCAUGCAGGCUGUGUCAGUCAUAGUCAGAGGAGGUGUGUCUACGGCUGCAGAAACAAAAGUGAUUUAACUUCUAAAUUGUAGAUAAUUGAGCAGUGGAACUUCAGAUGCUGAUCUAUACACAAAAACUGCUUCAUUAAACUCGCAGUUGUUUUGGUGACUAUAGUGUCCCUUUAGGCACAAAGUUAAACUAUAAGCAUGAUGCAUGUAAUUUUCGAUAAAUACUUGACAAAUUUGGCUAGUCAGGAGCAUGGAAACAAUAAGGAAAUCUAAGUCGAAAUAGCCAAAUUUGAAAUCGCAGACUUGACAUUUUUUCCAAUUCGGCAAUUGUACUCUAAAAUAUUAGCUUUAAUUUAGAUUUCCAGCAAAUCACACUGUAGUGAAUAACUUUAUUGGUGUCCUCAAAUUAUUACCUAUAUACUGAAGCAUUACCAUUGUUACCCAACAAAUCAUCACCUUUGACAAAAGAUGACGAUCUAGCUUUUGUCUGGCCUUCACCUAAAAUAUAACCUAGCCAUCCACAAAAUGCAGGAACUCCAGUCAUUCAAUUACAUUUUGAAGAGAAAACAAGAGGACAUGCCCUGAGGGAGGGUAUAAAAGUGCAUCUUACUUCCAUGACGGAAGUAUCCAUCUUUUAUACCUUUCUCCGGGGCAUCUCCUCCCUUUUCUUUUCAUACCAUAGCUAAUCACCUCAUUUACCCAAUGUUAGAUUUUCCGAAAACACAAUGGAAAUGAUGGGCUGUAGUGACUAAUUAAAACACAGUUUAAUUAGAUGAGCAUUUAACUGAAGCAAGUUAUUGGCAGCUGCACAAGAACUAAACUAUUUUAGCUGUAAUCCACGUAACAUUGUUUGGAGGGAUUUACUGUAAUCUUGCACAUAAAGCACAAAGUAGAAUAUUUGCGUCAUCGAGAGCAGUUCCAUGUGCCUAGCCAUGCAGUAGUUUAAAGUGUAAAAGAUUACAACUUGUUACAAAAUGUUAUAAAAAAAAAAAAAGUUAUAUGGUUUAUUCUGGUGUUAGAUCCAAAGUAUUGUGUUUUUUUUCUAGCAGUUAUGUUUCGGUUUACGGGAUAUGAGUGAAAGAUCUUUGUGAUGGAUAAGUGUGGGAGUCAAGCCGCUAUGGGCUAUAUGACUCUCAGCCGUUUACCAGGCAGAGCGUUUUGAGAGUUGUAGUCCACAAAAGCUGAACUGGCAGACUGAUCCUUCCUGGUAUCUCUUAAAGGGAACCAAUACUCCAAAAGCGAAAAAUCAUCCCUUCUGUCCAGCCCACUUUGCUGCUAAAAAUUAAAGUUUGAAAGGGAUUACUUACCUGCUUUCCAGCCCUGUGACUCCUUUGCUGCAGCCACCCAAUCCACCUUUGAAGACAUCAGCAUGCCUGUUGACAUCUUCACUAGGUCCUCCAAUCAGAUUGGAGGUAUGCAUGCGCGGUCAAAUGUCGCGCUCUUCCAAUCAAAUGCUGCUAUCAGCAGCAUUUGAUUCCCAUAGUUUUGCUUAGUCUGGAGGAGGAGCAAGUCUAGUGGCAGUCCAGAAAUCUAGAAACCUGCAUGUUAAAAUGACAGGACCACUGCACCCACACCAAUUCAUCUUGUCUGGAUGACUAUAGUGUUCCUUUUAAAAGGUGUACGCACCUUCAGUAUCUGGGAUAUAUUUAAGAUAGGAUAAAACGACAACACAAAACCUUAACUUUUAGAACAAAUCCAGAGAAUAUCUGAGGAUUUUGGAUGAUCAAAUUAGAUUACCAUUUGUCCGGCACGAUACGUGCCUCGAAAACAUAUUCACAGGGUGGGCUGUAGAUAUUUUACACUAGAGAUAUGAACUUUAUAAAACAAUGAUGUCAUAUAAUUAAUCAGAUGUUCUUGGGUAAACUGGGUUCAGCAGAAUGUCCCCUGUGUAUCACAUUUUCAACACUACUGUGAACUAUCCAGAAAACACCCUUUACAAAUGUGAUAAUCAUCCAAAAUGAAGUUUAAAGUGUAAAAGCAAAAUGAAUGUUUAUUACCGUGCAAUUUAUGGGAAAAUCUCUGCAUUUGAUAUUUAUUUGCAAGAAAUCUCGACCUUAUUAUCUCUUGGAAAUGUGAUUAGAACUCUUAGACUUCAGUUUGUCCCUCAGAGGUUUUACUGACCAGUUUUUCUGUUUUCUCUUUUUCAUUUUGGGAUUUAUUCACUAACCCAAGAAUUGUGGACACAACGAGUUAAAAUGUACCGUUGUUUUAUGCUGUUGUCUUCCUAGAAGAGAUAAAAUUUCCCACAGAUGGGGAGGAAUAAUUUGUGGGAAAUCGUUCGUUUAUUUUUGUUAGGUUAUUCUGAAUAUCAGCCUGAUGUAUCUCUGGGGACCACCACUUGUCCGUCACUCCCGCCUGUAGUGUUGCAGAUGUUUCUGCUGGUGCACGUGAACAAAUCCAUUAUGUUAAAUGCAUAAGAACCCAGAAUGCAUUUAAGGGCCGUGCUUGGCUAAAUAAACUCAGCUUCCUGUUACCCUAGAAGUUGUAGAUCCUGGUGAUGUCCUGAUUUAUAUUUUUAAUUCAGCACUUUCAUGUCCAAGAUUAAAUCAUUAUCAGCUGGUUAGAGCAGUGGUUAAAUCACUGCAUUAGAACUGGGAAACCCCCCUUACCAGUAAGUGUCCGUGGGCAAGACACCUAACAAUAUAUAUCCGCCUACCUUAAGUCCUCAUAGAUUGUAAGCUUGUUUGGAGAAGGACGUUUCGUUACCUUUAAAUAUCCCCUUUCUAUGAUUGUAAAGAAUAUGUUUGCGCUAAAUAUAUGCUAAUAAUAAUAGCUGUAUUAAAUUAAAAAUUUAUUAAAAUGUUACGGUUUCCAAGCUUAAAGGAACACUACAGGCACCAAAACAACUUUAGCUUAAUGAAGCAGUUUUAAUAACUCUCUGCAACCAGACAUAUUGGGUGCAAUAUUUAGGGUAGAAUACAGUUAGUCCUGCUUGAUGUCUUUAUUUUUUGUUUGUUUUUUUGUUUAAAUCCAUCCCUCCAGUCCUUCCAACUCCCACCUUUAGAGUUUCCCAUUUUACUGUAAUACAGCCGUUCGCAAUAUCAUCACAUAGCAGUGGUUAAUGGAAUUUGGGUGUAGACUUUCUAUAAAUUUAUUUUAACUUUUUUGUACUCUCACUGUGACUGCUAUAUGUUGGAUGUUGAAGAAAUUUAUUCCUGAAAUCCUCCCACUGUGCUUCACCUCUCGAGGAUACUCCAGGUUGGCCGAUUAUACUUCUAAUUCUCAUUGCACGGUGAGAAGAACAGUGAGUAGCUUCUUUCGUAACUUGGUGACCAGGACAUGUCUUCUACUUGCCAGUUGGAUGGAGAUUUUUGUUUUGGAACCGCACAAAGAACAUCAGUGUUUGCUCUACAGGGUGUCUGGAUAAUGUGUUGCAACUUGGGUUGCUUUCCUUUGGACCUGAACAAGACUGAACAGAGUCUACAGAAAAUACAUUUUUGUUUUCUGGUCAUUUUGUACCGUCAGCAUGGGUCACCAAACUGAAAAAAAGGCAGCUUUAUAAUGUGUGUUUACCACCCAGCAGGUAGAAAUGAGAAUGAAACCUUUCCUUUGAGAUCAAAUCAAAAAAGGACAUGUACAUAAAACAUCGGGUUGGCAGGCUCUGCGAUUCAUAUGUUUUGGCUACAACUACUGGUAACAUUUAAGGUUUUACUGAAUAUUGGUCAUGAAGACAAAGCAACAACUGUAUAGAAAUUAAUGUAUGCUUGCUUCACAGCGAAUUAUCUCUGUGGCUCCAUUGCAUUGAGGUUGUGUGGGUGGAUUUUGUUUUGUUUUCAAAUUUAAUAAAGAAUAUUCCUGUGAAUUUUGUUUCAAAUAACCUUGUGACCUGGAGGAAUGUCUGUUUUUGUGAAAAAGAUGUCCAUCUCACUAGUUUCAAAUGUGCAAAUCACAGCACUAUAGAACGUAACCCCUUAAUGUUCUUCUUCUCAAUACAAGAGGUCAUUAAAGUCUGGCACUUGAAGACCCAUUCAUAUCAGCAUUAAAUGUUCUACUUGUUUGCCAUCAACAGUUCUACAAGGUAUUACAAUUAUAUAGUGAGUUAGUAAUUCCCGAAUAUUAUGACGACAUAGACCGUCAUUGAUCGAUAGCUGAUUUAAUGGAUAAUAACCGAAAGCAUUCUAAGUAAUAAAACUCUUGUAUCCCAUCAUGAAGAUUCUAUGUACUGUGACAUGUUAAUGGGAUAUUCUAGCAGUGAGACUAACAUUAUUAAUGUGUUUAAAAACUAAAGAAAAAAGAUACUGACUUUUGAUGUUCCCAUUUUUGCUGCAUAUCCCCAGCAUUUGCAGCUUCUACAUUGAGCUCUCAUCGCACAAAGACAUGCCUCUGUUAAUCCGGAUCCUUCUACUAUUUUCAAUUGGAGUUGAAUAAAACUCAGAAGUUCAGCCCUUGGCAACAAUUCCAUCCAUUCAUUUAAACACUAUAGUGUCAAAAAUACAAGAAUGUAUUCCUGACACUAUACUGGUAAAAACACAAUGUAGGUUCCUGGCACCACCUUGCCUGCCUUCAAAAAAUGCAUUUUUCUUACCAUUAUUCAAGUUCCGCACAUGUCUUGCUGCAGCUGACUCCGCCUUAUCCCAUCUCUGUGGCUAAGUUCAUCAAAUUUGAUGCAUCAGUGCAUCUCUAUGGAGAACGUUUAGCGUCUAGUCUAGUAAAUGUCACUAGAGGGUUACUAGGCAGUAAUGUAAACCGUAUACAGUUAAAUAUUGAUGUAAAUACACUACCAGGUACUUUAAAGAAACAAAGAAUGUGAUGGCAGAUCAGAACCAUUUGGCCCAUCUAGUCUGCCCAAUUUUCGAAAUACUUUCAUUAGUCCCUGGCCUUAUCUUAUAGUUAGGAUAGCCUUAUGCCUAUCCAACACAUGCUUAAACUUCCUCACUGUGUUAACCUCUACCACUCCAGCUGCAAGGCUAUUCCAUGCAUCCACUACCCUCUCAGUAAAGUAAUACCAGGGGCGUACCUAGAGCAUAUGGCACCCGGGGCGGAUCCUGUGCUUGCCCCCCCCCACCCAAAAAACCUGUAAAAAAUGUUAAAGGUUUUCUUUCUUUUUUUUUACAAUUUGUAAACUUUGCAAAACCGCUGUCAGCCCCUCCUACAAAACCCUUGUCCUGCCCCGCCCCUCCUACAAAACCUCUGUCCUGCCCCUUCUACAAAUCCUGUACUGCCCCGUCUACAAAACCCCCGCAACCCCCUUCCACAAAUCCCCUGCUUAUCCCCCCUUAUAAAGACGCCUGUCCCAAUACAAAACCCCCGCCCCCUUCUACAAAAUCCCUGCAGCCCCACACACACAUUUACAGGCAGACAGUCACACAGUCAGUUACAGACAGACAGUCACACAGUCAGUUACAGACAGUCAGUCACACACUCAGUUACAGGCAGACAGUCACACACAGUCACAGGCAGACAGUCACACAUACACAUUUCCUCUGUGCGGCCAGUUUAUCAGCUGUUUGCUUGUGUGAGCUGUAUGGCACCCUAACUACCAUGGGACACUGUGCGGCCACAGCUCACACAGCCCCCUCCAGCCAGGGCCGGUGCAAGGAUUUUUGCCGCCCUAGGCAAAAGUAAAGUUUGCCGCCCCCCCAUGUGACAUCACAAUGCCCCACCCAUAUGAUUUGCCAUGUUAACUAACGCCAGUGCUGCAGUGCCGCCGUGUUUACAUUAAAAGGCCUGCAGGGACAGGCUAUAGACACCAGAACCACUACAUUAAGCUGAAGUGGUUCUUGGGGACUAUAGUGUUUCUUUAAUGUGAGGUAAAUUAGAGCUUAGUGCCACGAAUAAUAUACUAGAUUGCCUACUUACAACCAGAUGAGGAUGAUGAUGGGCUCUAGCUGCAGUCUGGCUCCACUGGUCUGUUGCAGAACAGGCUCUCUGGAGGCGGUUUGUAACUGUGUUCACAAAAAUCAAUGUUCUGGGAGAACGGGAAGCAGCUCCAUUUUCCUUUACACAGCUCAAGGUCUGGGUCCCAGGGUCCACCUUCAUGUUCCACCAAUGAGUUUGUUCAUAGGGGGUGGAGUGUGUAAGGGAUGUCCUGAUAUGUGUGUAAGGAAUGCAUUGUGUGAAAUUGUGUUUGUAUGUGUAAGGGCUGCAAGGUGUGUUUCUGUGUAUGUAUGGGAUGCAUUGAAUGUGUGUAAGGGGUGCAUUGAGUGUGUGUAAUGCAUUGUGUGUUUCUGUGUGUGUAAGGGAUGCAUUGUGUGUAUGUGAUGAAUGUCAAUCUCUCCUCCCGCUCCAAUUUCCUUCUCCUCCUCCCAAUUUCUCUUUCUCACCACCCCUCCUAAUUUAUCUCCCCCCCUAAUUUCUCUUUCCCCCUCCUAAUAUCUCUUACCCCCCUCCUAAUUUCAAUUUAUCUCCCCCCUCCUAAUUUCUCCCCCUCCUAAUAUCUCCUCCCCCUCCUAAUAUCUCCUCCCCCCUCCUAAUAUCUCUUCCCCCCCCCCUCCUAAUUUCGUUUCUCCCCCCUCCCUAAUUUCUUUCUCACCCCCCCUCCUAAUUUCUCUCCCCUAAUUUCUCUACUUCCCCCCCUCCUAAUAUCUCUUCCCCUCCUAAUUUCAGUUUCUCUCCCCUUCCUAAUUUCAAUUUCUCUCCCCCCUCUAAUUUCAAUUUCUCUCCCCCCUCCUAAUUUCUCUUUCUCACCCCCCCUCCUAAUUUCUCUCCCCCCUCUAAUUUCAUUUUCUCUCCCUAAUUUCUCUCUCACCCCCUCUUUCUCUCUCACCCUCUUUCUCACCCCUCCUUUCUCUUUCUCACCCCCCUCCUUUCUCUCUCCCCCUUUCUCCUCUUGCUCACCCCCUUCUCUUCUUUCUCACCCCCCUUCUCUUCUUUCUCACCCCCCUUCUCUUCUUUCUCACCCCUUCUCUUCUUUCUCACCCCCCUUUCUCUUCUUUCUCACCCCCUUUCUCUUUCUCACCCCUUCUCUUCUUUCUCACCCCUUUUCUCUUCUUUCUCACCCCUUCUCUUUUUUCUCACCCUUUCUCUUUCUCCUCUCCCUCCUUUCUCACCCCCUUUCUCCUCUUUCUCACCCCUCCUUUCUCUCACCCCCUUUCUCCUCUUUCUCACCCCCUCCUUUCUCUCAACCCCGUUCUCCUCUUUCUCACCCCUCCUUUCUCUUCUUUCUCCUGCCGCCUCCUUUCUCUGUCCUUUCUCCUCUUUCUCUUGUUUUUUUUUUUUACCCCCUCCUUUCUCUACCCCCUUUCUCAUCUUUCUCACCCCUUUCUUUUGUUUAUCAACCACGUUUCUCUUCUUUUACGCUUUUGUUCUUUCUCACCCCCUCUUUCUCUCGCCCCUUUCUCCCCUCCUUUCUCUCACCCCUUCUUCUCUUUCUCCCCUUCUCUCCCUCUGCAUUUGCUGUGAGUGGCGUGGCCUGUAUGGUCGCGGGUGCAGAGGCAUCUGUUUCUGUUAGCCGGCGGGACUAAGCAGGGAGUGUACACUCGGUGUGCACUUCCUGUUAGUCGGCGGUGCUGAACAGCUGCUCUCUGUACCCGUCGGUUCAUCAAUGCUGCGGGGCUGGGCCGCGCUACAGCAAGGCUUAUUUGGAGGGGAGGCUGGGCGUUCCCUCCUGUCAGCCCCUCUCCUCAGGCUGUGGGUUUGUUGGGGGUUUUGUGGCGUUCCCUCCUGUCAGCCUCUCCUCAGGCUGCGCCCGGGCGGUGCGGUCCGCCCUCAUGGACGCACCGCCCGGGCAAAGCUGCAGCCGCCUGAGGCUCUUCACAGAGCGCUCGGGCGGCUGCAGCAUGGGGGGGACCGGCGGGGCUGGUCAUGAAACCCCCCACCCUGGUGGCACCCGGGGCGGACCGCCCCCCCCGCCCCACCCUUAGUACGCCACUGAGUAAUACUUCCUGAAAAGUAUUCUAUUCUUAAUAAAUUGUGUGUUGUAUUCAUGUUCUAAUAAUAAAGUUUAUUAAAUUAAAUUUUUCAUUUGAAUGAAGACUUAUCAACUAUUGCUCUCCUUUGAAUUGUUUCCUUUUUCAGUAAUGUAAACGGCAGUGUUCACGUAAAGAGGUCUAAAGGGACAUGCUGUAGACACCAGAACAACUACACUAAGCUAUAGUUGUUCUGGUGACUAUAGUGUCCAUUUAAGUUUAUUUUUAUUUUUUAUUAGGCCUACCAGAAUUACUGGUGUGGUCAAAUAAAAAUACUCAUGAAAUAUAGGUAGGGAAGUAAAAAAAAUGAAACUAAAUAAUUAGGUAAACUAAAUUGAACAUAAUUAGGGGUUCAGGAAAUAAAAAGAGGAAAAAAGAUAAUAAACAAACAAAAUAAGAUUUGCCAAAAGAGUCAGGGCCAGAUGGGCUACUAAGAGCAGGGCUGAGAAGAUCUGCAACCUGUGCCAGAUUUUAGUAUGCAACUCUAGGGUACCCUGAAACCCGAAAAUAAUUCCCUCCACUUAGAAAAUAAAUCUUAUCUUAUUCAAAACAACCGAAAACUGCAGUUUCCUUACUCAGUCUUGCAGCAGUGCAGAUCUUGCAGCAAAGACGUAGUGAGGAACCUGUAAGUUGGACCAUAUGGUAACAAUUUAGUAAUGUCAAGAUGCGUUCUUCUAUAAAGCGGGCGACAACUAUAUUUUUGAAUGGAACUAUGACAAAUGAUCACAAGGCCAUGUCUCAGUCUCCUCACUGUAAGCUUAGCUCCAUAAAAGCCACCCCAUCCCAGACACCAAGCAUGGAUUAUGGUUGCAUCAGUAAUUCUUGCCUGCAUCUUCAAAAGAACGAUGAAGACCAUUUUGAUUAAUAUAGGUCAAUGGCAUUCUGAACAGAUGAUCAGAUUUUUUAUUUACUUGUUUUUUUUAUUUCAUUAGGAACAAAGAGCUGUUUUUAGUUAUUGAAUUGAGCUUUAUUAUUUGAUAUUGCGGUGGUGUAACAAUCAUCCAUUGUCCAUACUGCAAUAUUUGUUAUUGUCCAGGCAAAGUCCUGACAUUCCAUAAUAAAUGUAAAGUGGUUUUACAUUCUCAACCAAUUGUAAGUGACCAGAAUAACACACAGUCUGUUUCACUUUCAUAAUAGUGAGAAAAAUUAAAUCCGUUGAUUUGAAUUGUGCGGUACUUGGGAAUAGUGUUACUGAAGAGUCUGUACAUAGUUUGAUUGGGUUUAGACAAUGGGUUCCAUAAAACAGUAGAAUGGAUUUAAAAUGGAAAUGUCUGGAAUAUGUCUUUGCAGCUUGCACAGUAAUGUUAAAACUACCUGUAACACCAGCACCACUUCCUGUAGGUACACAACAUCUCAGGAUAAGAAGAAAUCUGAAUGCAGUCAUCGUGUAGAGGGCUGGGUGGGAUCACUCCAAAUUAGGGAGGAAAUAUUCAAACUUCACUUUGCAAAGAUGUCUGUGUUUGGGGCAAUUGUGUGUGUGUGUGUAUGUGCAUUGCAUGUCCAUCUCUGUGUGUUUGCUACAUUACAUGCAGGUAUAAUAACACCCGGAAACACAUGUAAUGUGGUGACCCCUUUCUAAAGCCCCAUCCCAAAUCUCACCCCUGCACCUCUUCUAUUUAACCGCUUGACAUGCCUCUUUGCACACACAAAUACGAUAUCGCAGGAGGAGGGUGAAGCGGCGGAUCAGUGAUGCAAUCACAAAACUUGCUCUGCCCAGAGGAAAUGGGGGUAUCUGCCCAAAUUACUGGUAGGAGGGCUUGGCUUUGACGCACUCCUGGCUGCCUGCCGAUCAAGCAGGCCAGCCCACUGAGGGCACCACUUUCAGGCAGCACGGUUUCAGUGCUCUCUGCAUGGUCCUAGUGCCGUGACUAUUGCGCAAGCUCAUCUAAUGAUGCGCUCGCACUGCACUUCUACAGUUCUAUGGAGUCCCCAAAAGUGGGACACCAGGGAAUAUUCAGGAUGGCGGUACAUGAUGUGAAUAUCAGGACUGGCCCUCCAAAACCAAGAUGGUUGGGAUGUAUGCAGAUACCCAUACACACCUAGAAAUGCAUGGGCAUACACACACAACAUGCACAAGUACCCAAAGACACAGGCAUACACUGAGGCAUAGACCGACAGAUGCAAAAAAGCACAAAAUCUUACAUUAAUGUGAAUAGUAGUAUAUCACAGGGCCCCACAGCUAUAAAAUGCAGAAUAAUGUGAAUUGUGCACGUCCGUAUCCUAUUGAAUCGUAUGUCAGUAUGCUGACUUGUGUCUGGUGUCUCCAUAAGUGGGAUACCAGAGCACAAAGUGGAACAGGGGCAGUAAAUGACAUUAUGAAUGUGUUUGAAAGCUGCUUGUGGGAUUGCAUGUGUUUUUAGAGGGAUGUUUUGUGGUGUAGUGUGUGUAAAUAUACGUGGUUGUUUUGUGUUUGUGGUGUAGUAUGUGUGUUUGGGUGUUGUAGAGAGAGAGUGUGUUUUUGCUGGUGGUGGUGGUGUGUGUGUGUGUGUGUGUGUGUGUGUGUGUGUGUGUGUGUGUGUGUGUACGUGCUUUUUUUGAGUAUGGAGUAUUUGAGAAUUCCUUUUGAGAGCAGAACUGCAUAUCCUUAAACUCUGUGGGAAGAGUUAUAUCCCUAGCAUUGUGAUAGAAAAUAAUAGAAGCACUGGGAUUGAUUGAAGUGUAUCAGCAGCAUUCUGGUGUACGGAGGGCUCUGGGGAAAAACACAAAUGCUAUUCUGCAUGUUUUCGAUUUUGUUUAUGAAGCUUUAAAAAUUAGUAUUUCAUUUCAGCUUGGAGAUUCCCAUUAUUUUAAAUUGUUAAUAAUCAUUUUUCUUUUUUUUGUUUUGUUUUCUAAAGGUAAAAUUUUAUUUCGGAGGAGCCAUAUUCGAGAUGUAGCUGUGAAGAGACUUAAGCCCAUUGAUGAAUAUUGCAGGGUGAGAAUGCAUCUUCUUAGAAAUGCUAGUCUUAGGAUAUUCUGUAUAACCCUAAAACAGGAGAGAGUGUUUGUGUGUAUGUAUAUACUAUAUAUAUACAUAAUACCUAUCAAGCCAUGAGACUUGCUUUUCCCAGAGAAAUCCCAUAACUGCAGCGAUGUUACAACCGCAAAGGAUUCUGGGUGGGCAUAUGCAAAUUAGUUUAACAAAGAAUCACAUUUUUGCCUCAUUCCAUUUUUUUUUUUUUUUUUUAUAUUCUUUAUUUUUGGAGUGCAGCGGAAACAAACAUUGUUUGACAAUGACAUAUAGUUAAGUUGCAUUAUAAAUGAUUACAGGCUUAAAGUAUAAACAUAGUAUGUCAGGAGAAACUGCACACAUUUUUUGGUUGAAAAUGUAAAACAAGAGUGAAUUGCUGCGCCAGCGUUUACAUACAUGCUUAUUAUAACUUGUUGAAAUGGCCAAGCGUUGUACAUCACAUUGGUAAGAUCUGAGACAUAGCUUGCUAAGGACUUGCAUUAUUACAGGCUAUAAUAAUAGGCUAAUGAAGAUGUAGUUUAGUACAAGCUGUUAUUACCACUGGGAGACCAGGCCCUGCUGCAGAAAUGAUUGGGGCACUGUAAAGUGGUGUGGCUGACUGAGGCUUAGCAGAGGCUCACUGGUUGAGCUGAGUUAAACUAAGGGCACAACAUUUAGUAGGUGUCUAAUUUUUUAGCUGCAUCAUUUUAUAAUAAUAGAGACAUCAGGCCACAGUUCUAUCCUGUCAGGUGGCUGGUAAGAGUAAAAGAGUUAAGGAGUUAAGGACAGAACUGCAGCUUUACAGUGGGAGAUAAAAUGGUCACCUCGAGGGCCCUUGUGGCCGAGUUCUAGGUCGGUCGGUUGGUGAGGUAAGUUUAUCAUUGGUGCUGGAUCUCGCCUGUGUAGUCCCCAUAUAGUGCAGGUUUAAUUCAGCAGGGCACAUAGGCAAAACGUCCAGGUGAUUCUCUGCUCCGCCAGUGUCCUCUGUGUGCUUCUCAAGCUGCAUGCCGGCUGUCAGGUGUGCUUGCUGCCCGUUCAUGUCAGGUUGGGGAAGGUUGUCUGGCAUUUCGGUAGGGGUGUGCGGCUCUUUACGUUGGAGACCAGUUCUCCGUCUCGGCUGGAAGGUAGGGUUUUGUCCGUGGAGUGUCUCGUGUCUUUUCCGCGGGGGAUAUGCUGGCUCGUUGUGCCCCCUUCGCUUCGCCGGCCUCUGGUCUGCUGAGGUGCUACAAUGCGUGCAGGUGGCUGUUUGUUGUUGAUUUCUGGCCAGUUGGUGCUUAAAUCUGUGCUGUCAGGCUUGAGCGUGGGGAAGAGUAUUCCUUUCCUCUGCCGUUAGCGCACAUGGCGUCCACCAUUUUGGGCGAGGUGCCGAGGUCGCCGCUCUGGGUGGUCUCAUUGCUGGGCCUUGAUUGUGUUGCAGCGGUCGGUGUCCCAGGGCAAGGACCGGGAUCACCCCCCCGGUCCAGAGGGGGGGGGAGACAGGGCCAGUUCCACUCUGCUCUGGGCCUUCAGGUCAGGCAUUGUUAGGCGGGAUAGUGGGGCAGCGGCCGUCCGCCCCGCUCACCGCCGGAGUAGGCCCCAUCUGGGACUUCAAAGAUUCCUCCUCCAAGGGACUGAAGCUCGAGGAGCCAGCCUCUCCCUGGAUCCAGUGCCUCCCUUGGGCCGAUGGUCUUUGCUGUUGGUCAGCUUUUAAGUUGAAAUUUAUAGUUUUAGAGGCUUAAAGUUUAGAAAAUUGCAAGAGCUGUGCAUUCUUGUGACCGUCCAGCUCGGCGGUCCGGCCCCGCCCCCCUGCCUCAUUCCAUUUUAAACAUGGAUUCCUUUUAAUCUGUGUUUGCAGUAUACAACUGCUUGAAACACAAUUUAGGAAAAGAUGCAAAACCAGUGAACCAGUCAUGGACAGCUGUUUCGUUGUUAAUGCAACUCGUCAGCAUGAGGUUGGUUACUGGUUUGCUUAUUGAUGCUUGGUAGUGCUUGGGAAGCAAAAUCCAAAUAGGAUUCUUUGUUAAACUAAUUUGCAUAUGCCCACCCAGAAUCCUUUGCGGUUGUAACAUCGCUGCAGUUAUGGGAUUUCUGUGGGAAAAGCAAGUCUUAUGGCUUGACUGGUGUGCAGAUUUUUGUUUAACAUUGUACGAUUAUCCACAGACUUCAGGUGGAAGGGGUUUUCAAUCACAAUUGUUCCCCACCAUAACCUAUUUGGAUUUUGCUUCCCAAGCACUACCAAGCCUCAAUAAGCAAACCAGUAACCAACCUCAUGCUGACGAGUUGCAUUAACAACGAAACAGCUGUCCAUGAGUGGUUCACUGGUUUUGCAUCUUUUCCUAUAUUGUGUUUCAAGCAGUUGUAUACUGCAAACACAGAUUAAAAGGAAUCCAUGUUUAAAAUGGAAUGAGGCCUCAUAAAACUGUACCAACUCCUGAGGGUUGACGGAUCCUAAAACCAGACUUACCGCCCAAGCAGUGACCUUCUCUGUGAGGGUGUAAACUCAAUUGUAUAUACUCUGUGUGCUGCAGCAUCCAAAAUGUUGGGUCCCCUUCAAGCGGCUCCACUAUUUAACAAUCUCUAUUGCACGUUGGAUCAUUAUAGUGGUUAUGGUCAAUUACAAUUAAUGAGCUACUACAAAUCUAGCUGCAUGGCGGACAUGCAUGUUUAGCCUGAAUAGGCACUUUACUAUACUGUUAUUACCAUACAAUUGUGCCAUUACUCUAUGUGCCAUACUACAGUCUUACCAUGUGAAUGAUGAACCAGCUUGUUAUUGCUGUUGUGGCAUUGCAAGCAUGUUUGAUAUACUAUGUACAACAAAAAUAAAGAAUUAUUAAAAUGGAAUGAGGCAAAAAUGUGAGUCUUUGUUAAACUAAUUUGCAUAUGCCCACCCAGAAUCCUUUGCGGUUGUAACAUCACUGCAGUUAUGGGAUUUCUGUAGGAAAAGCAAGUCUUAUGGCUUGACUGGUGUGCAGAUUUUUGUUUAACAUUUUAUUAAUUAUCCACAUACUUCAGGUGGAAGGGGCUUUCAAUCACAAUUUUUCCCCGCCAUAACCUUUUUGGAUUUUGAUAUAUAUACUCUGGUAUUUUGGAGAUAUAUAUCUCCAAAAUACCAGAGUAUUGCAUUAUGCAAUGAUACGUUUUUUACUGGACUAACAUAAUAAUUUAAAGACAAGCUUUUGAGAGUUUCCUCUCUUCCUCAGAUCUGAAGCUUCAUACCAAAGGAGGAGAGGUAACUCUUGAAACUUGUCUUUGAAAUAUUAUGUUAGUCCAGUAAAAAAGGUAUCAUUGCAUACUGCAAUACUCUGGUAUUUUGGCCUCUUGUCUACUGGACUAAUACGGCUAAUCCAAUCUACACUAUAUAUAAUAGACACACACACACACACACACACACACACACGUACAUUCUACCACAUUUGGAAGUCCUACAGCUGGCAACCACUUACAUACUGAUGAAAGAGCUGGGGUUUUCUGUUUUUUAAUGAUUAGCUACAAGAAAAAUCUGCAGUCAGAAGUACUUUCAGACUAAGAUUACAAAGCCGUUAAAUGAAAUUGCACUAUGACAUCGAUAUACCUACAGAUCUAGGAAUGUUUAAGGUCUUGCAAGCUCACAAUUGGUCUGUAAUCCAAUAUUCCUGGUAAAUAUUCCCGUUCAGGUGUUAGACUGUGUUAUGAGGCUGCCUUAUAAUAAAAGUUUGGUCUUUGUCCUCAUAUUACCUUCCUUUUAGUCUGUUUUCAUUUUAGAACUGCAUGUGAGAUGUUUAAAGCUGUGACACAGCUGUGGGACCUUUUUUGUCCCUUCGAAAGAAUGUCCUAUUGCAAGUAUUCUGUUUCAAUUGUGGUUUUCAAGCAUUAAUUAUGCUGGAGGAAUGUGCAUAGUAAUUCACAUAUAGCUAAUAUUUUCAUAUUUUUUAUUAAGGAAUAAUAGUCUGUAGAGAUUAUUAAAGGGGGGACUCCAAGUGCCUCAAAGCAUUUGGUUGGCAAUGGUAGACUGUGCUGGGAGCUCUGUGCUCUAAAAAAUGUUUCAUAUGCUGCCUGCUGUCUAGAAAUUAGACAUCUCAAACUAUGCCCCCCCUCCCACCCCCCCAAAUGUUGCUGAACUAAGACUUGCCGAUUCUAUAGUCCUCUAUUGCAUUGAAAGAAUUCCGUGAGUUGUAGACCAUUACCAUCAAUAUCCAUUAGACCAUCCCUAAUGUUAUGGCUUUAUAAAACUAGAAGUAAAUAGAAUCUUUGAUAUUCUUGUAAUUGUCCUAUUUAUUGUUACAUCCCCCCUCUCAAAAUAUUGUAAAGCGCUACGGAAUCUGUUGGCGCUAUAUAAAUGAUAAUAAUAAUAAUAUUGUGUUUUAAAUGUGGACUAGUAGUGCUUUAACCCGUCCAGGACAUGGAAUGUAUCAAAUCCUAUGUCAUGACAGUUCAUGUAUGUCAUCUGUUAUGAAGGGGUUGAAUAAAAUUAUUAAGAAUGUUUCUAGCUGUUAAGUAGUAAUUUCUUUUUUUUUUUUUUUUUUUUAACCAGUCUCUGGUGAAGCUUCCAGCCCACAUAUCACAGUGUGAAGAAGUCCUGAGAUUUUUUGAGGCUCGUCCUGAAGAUCUGGACCCUCCUAAAGAGUAA